AUGGAUUUCAGGACUACAUGUGAAGAGGUAAUGCCAAAUACAGACACAAUUAUUGUGUUUUAUUUUGAUGAUAAAUGUGAUAUGAGCUGUUACAAGGAAGGUUAAACUGUAUUUUCCAGUAAGUCUCACAGGGCAGAGGGAGUUAUUCCAACCAUUUUAGGGACUCCACUCCGGAUUUGAGUAGAAUUUACUCCCUAUACUUUUCUUCUCCUGAAGAAAAGGCAGCAGAGAUUUAGGAUAAGAGUUUCCCUUCUCCUACAUGGGCUACCUUCCCAGGUUGACAAGCUCCAUCUGCCCCUCCCUUACCUCUACAUCCUGUGCAGAAACCAUCUUCUUGGCCAUUGGACCCACUAUUGGUUUCAUCCACUCAAUCUGCCAGAGCCUGUCUUCUCAUGCAGUGGAAGACCCUAACUCACUGAGGGUUUGAGGCCCAUUGGCUAACCUCACCUGGUUUAGCUGGCCAGUGAAAGCCAUUCCUGAGUUGUGGCUGCUGAUAGCUUCUAAGAGCUGAGUGCUGUGCAGGGGGGCAGGCGGGGAACCAAAGGUGUGCAAAGCACUCCAGAAUGAACACAACGUGUUCCCCACCAGAAGUCCUACCCUCCCCUAACACCCCCAAAACCCCACAUAAACAAUGAAAUAGUUAUAACUAACCCACUGCAAUUUGAGUGGACUUAUCUCAAAGGAAAUUACACAAUAAUACAAUAAGUACACUUAUUCUUGCAUUGAAAGGAAUUGGAUUAGUUGAACCUCCCUUCCAUCCUUACAAUUCUAUGAUAGUGCUGCUCAGGGAGCAGAAGAAAAUGGAGCACAAUUCUUGAGUGUAUAAAACUGGGGAUACAUAGCACAGGAGCAGAAUAAGUUGUUUUCCUCUGUUGGCAGAAAAGUACUGGGCAAGGGAAAUGCAGCUUUCCCCAUCAUUGCAGUGCUAUGACGAGAACAAUGUGUGGUUGUUUAAGUUCUCCCUUCCAUGCAGUUCUUAGAGGGGCAAUAAGGCCAAGUGGCAGGUAGGGAGGUGUGUGUGAAAACAGAGGUUUCAAAUUGAUUUGAAUUAGCCUGCAACCUCAGAAGAUGGGGGGAGAAGUAAACCUUGAUCUGUGAAAAUAAAAUACAACAUCAAAACAUUACGCAGAGUGUAUUUCAGGCCAGCAUAUAUUUGCUUGGCUUUAUGAAAUCUGAAAUAAUUUAACCUUCUUCUGGUGCUAAAGAAUGCCCUAUUUUUGUGUAUCAGUGCUGCACUGGCAUAAGAAAGGAUGGUAUUUAAAUGAAGAUAUCAUCUCAAGAUGUAUUGUACAACUGUGGCUUCUAAAAGGCAAAGACUAUUACAUUUUAAAAGUUUUCCAUGUAAAUUAGGUUAUUCUGCUCAUGUGCUAUCAGUCAGUCCAUUGCCGUAAAUGGUUUGCUUUUUUCAUGCUUGACUUCUUUGUUCAAACUGUGAAUAAACUCUGCCCAUGUGCAUUACAAUGCCGGCUUCUAUUUUAAUUUCGUUGUGAUGUUUAAUUAUGUCUACUGUAUAGUUACAUGCCGCUUAAUUCUUGCCCUAAGCUCUCUUUAUAAAAUUUCUCAAGAGAUUUUAUAGAGUAAUCAGCCAAGUCAGAAGUGUGCAGUCAAGUAAAGCAAAAUGACUGUAUAAACAAUUCAGCAUUUCUUUAAAAAAAUAAAAAUCUCAGGCAGCCCUCAAAUUAAUUGGGAGCUAUUGGGACACUCCUAGGUAUGAAUCAAUAGGUGUGUUAAUGCUCACUCUCCAACCUUGCUUGGCUGAAAGAAGUUAUAACAAUAGAAUUAAAAUGUGGUUAUUAGCAUGGUUCUCCCACCUUCCCCUUUAUUCCCUACUUGCCCACGCCUGUGAUUUUAAGCAGUGAAGAUGUUCUUAUUCCACAAGUCAGGAAGCCAAAAUGCAAAGAAACAACUUUUUUAGGAUAACUCAUUUGGAUUUUGUCUGCUGCCCAGUUUUUCUGCUUGAGCUCCAUUAACAGAGCAAAGGGUCUGUUCGAACGAUGGAAAUUCACCUAGCUGCCCAGAGUGACUGGGGAGACCCAGCCGGAUGGGCGGAGUAGAAAUAAAUUAUUAUUAUUAUUAUUAGCAGGGCUGGUACACCCAUGAGGCACAAUGAGGUGACUGCCUCAGGUGACAGGAUUCACAGAGGCAGCACAUUCAAAUGUAAUUGGUCAAGGCUGGAAAGGAACCAGGGAAAAGCAACUUGUUUGUGGUAAAUUAAGAGUCUUCCCUGACAUUUCUCAGUCACCACAUCAGCUGAAAGGCCGCUUUCAGGGCAAUCAGGGGAAGCAGUGCCAAGAGAGAUGCAAUGUUUGUGCCUCCCCCUCAGCCUGCAUCCUGGCCAACCUUAGCUAUGCCCCUGGGUUUGGAAAGUAUGAAUGGAUAUUAGAGGCAAAGAUAUACUGAGAAGGAAAAUAACUGAAACCAGAGAUCUUUGCAGGGUAUCAAAUGGAUACGCUACCACUGUCUAAACUGCAUAUGAACUGCCACACAAGGAAGAAAUGUGCCCAUGUAAUAAUUACCCAUUACUCUUCUCAAACAGGAAAAAGAUAUGAACAGAAGGGACAUAAUGUCUGGACAUUAAAAGGUAGUCUUUAGGGACAUUAGACAUCAUCCAUUUCAGAUUGUCACAGUACACCUCUUGCCAUUUUUUUAGUUCAAGCUGACCAGCUGGAUUUAGACAUCCUUUAGUUAACCAAUCUGCAGACACAAGCCAUGAUCUCAAAAGCACUUGGAAUGGAUUUGCUUUUCUGCAUAGAGGAGCUAUUGGAUUAUAACCAUAAAGCAGGAUGAUUGGAAUCCUUCAUGGUGUUUCAGUGCUCUACUGUGAUCCUAGUUAAGCUCCUGGCUCAUGAGUAAUCCUAAUUAGGAUUAAUCAGAGGCUGUAAGCUUCACAUAGGCUUGCCGGGGUGACACCUUCCAUUAAGCAAUGUGUAAGGUUCAGUCCCAUAUGCGUUGUGACACUAGAUAAUGAAAUAAGUGUCUUGAUACUGUGAAGGGGGAUUUUUGCUUGCAGCAUUUGUUGACAUAUCCAUACUGAGCACAGAUAUGCAAAUAUGUGUUAUUAAGUGGAUCAAUCUCCACAAUCCAGACAUGUUGCUAGUAAUCAGUUUUGUAAUGUCAUUGUCUCAAUAUAUCUAUUUGCAACUAAUAACCAUAGACAUUUCCAGAGAUAUUUUGGAAUAUGCUGGCCUUUGUUAAAGCUUUUCCAAAAGACUAUCAGAGAAAAAGUAUCCUUUUGAUCCUCUAACAUGAACAAUCAGCGUGCAGCUUGGAAACUAAGGAAACCUUUUUCUCUGUUCAUCCUUUGAAGACAAAGACAGGGAUUUGUUUGCUGCAGGAUGGUAACCAGGAGCCUUUCAAAGUGCGGCUGCACUUAGCCAAAGAUAUUUUGACGAUUCAAGAGCAAGACGUGAUCUGUGUGUCUGGCGAACCUUUCUAUUCUGGUGUAAGUAUCAUUUUCUUCAGCAGUUUUCAAAAUGAAAUCAUUGUGUAUGUUGAGCAUUCCCCACUCACAUUUGCCUUCCAUUGGAGGGUGUUGAAAUGAAGAAAAGUUGCAAUUUUUUUAAAUGAUGCAAUCAAAUCUAGAUAGAAGUCAUGAAAUGCUAUGGUAUGGUACUUCUUGGUGUUGUUUUAGUACAGUGUAAAUAAUAUGAGCAGCGUUCUGGAGAUCACUGCAGUGAAUGGUCCUAAGAAGCAUUCAAUUAAUAUAAUUCACAGUCAUGAUUCAAGUGGGAUGAGAUAGCUUACUUAAUGGGAUUUAACUUUACUAGGUUCUAUGUUGGUCUCAGAUUAAACCCAGGACUCCUGAGACAAAACCAAAACCAAAACCUCACAGUGGCCAUAAGUCUCCCCUAAAAGUCCAUGAUUGGGCAGGGAUAUAAAGGAUCCAAGUUCUUAGGGACCUUGUAAAUUAAUACAACAACCUUGGACCUGGGCUGGUAGUGUCCAGGCACUCAGUGCAAGCUUUUGAGCUCUGGAGUUAUGUGCUGAUAAUAGUUCUGUCCUCAUCAACAGUCUAGUCACAACAUUUUGCUCAUGCUGGAGCCUCUGCACCAGGCUCAAAGAUAUCCCUAUGUAGAGCGCAUUGCAAUAAUCAAGUAUUAAGGUUGCUUAAGAACUCUGAAGCCAAGAGCAGAGUGUUAUGGAGAUAUAAAAAGAGCUUUGCUUGAUCUGACCAAAGACUUGUCUAAUCUAGCAUCCUGUUUCCUACAGGGGCCAACCACAUGCCCGUUGGAAGUCCACAAGCUAGACAUGAGAGAAUAGCCUUUUCCCACUGUUGUUCCCUAGUCACUGGUAUUCAGAGCCUGUUCUUUCUGAUCCAGUAUCUAACUUUAUGUUGAUGCUGAGUUACCCAUUGGCUCUACCCAAAGAGAAUUUAAGAGUUGCUUAAGAUCAUCAAACCAUAUCCCUGCAAUUCUACCAGAUCAUAUCCAGUUUUUGUGUUUUUUAACAUGGAUUUAUCAUUCCCAUUUGCAUUUCCUUAGUAUGUCAGAACACAUAUUACUUAUAUCUAGAUGACAUUUAAAUAAUGCCUUGGCAUAAAUGCAUGAUAUUUUUAAUUUCCCGUAGUGUUACAGCCUACAUUUCCAGAAUAUUGUUUUAGAAGGUAACGAAUGAUGUGCUCCGCUUGGUUAGCCUGGCUGCAUGUUAUCUGAAGAUUAAAUGCACAACCCAUUAGAUAACAUAUCAAUGUGAAGAUGGGAUUUACUUUUCCUGCUAGAACAAUUGUCACAGUUGACACUUCUGAGCCCUUUCCUUUAUUUCCUCAGGAACUGAGAUGAGAUUAUAAAUGACUAGGUUCAUCCCAAAAGACUCUUUGUUCAAAGUAUUGUCUAUUUCUGCUGUAUGCUAUUUAAAUAAUUGUCUAGUGAUUACAGUAGAUAUGGAGGGUCUGAUUCAACCAACCUGGUGUGUGCUAGAGGAAGCCGGUGCAAGGACUCCUGCUACUGCAAUGGGGCCUUCCUCCUCCUCCUCCUCCUCCUCCUCUGCACUUUCUGUGCCUCCCCACAUCUAACAUGGGGUUGAAAGAACCCCCAGAACAGUCCAUGAUGGCAGAAGAGGGGAGCCCAUUUGGCGAGCAGAAAUGCUUGCACUGAUGGAUCAAUUGUUCUAGCACUACACAUUUCUACCCUUAUAGCUGAACUUUGCUUCUCCCACAUUUAUUGGAUAACUGCCUCCCAGACAUGUAUUGUGAGCCCUUGCUCUUGAAGGAUCAAUUUCACUGAAGGUCAGACCACACGGUACUGGGAGCAAUUUGUUGAAGUUAUGAGUUUAAUGUAGAUAAAAUGUUACAUGUGUUUGAAUAUGUUGGACUGCCUGUUGCAGAGGACUGGUGGUUUUCCACUCUAGGGUGGGCAGGCUGAGUCUUGCGACUGGUUUAUGAGGUAUUUUUCCUAACUCAUACCCUGAGCUUCUUUGUGUUUGGUGCUAUGUGCAGGGAAACAGUCUGCGCUGUUGUUUUUUGAGUGGUGUCUCUCUCUGUGUUACAGCAGAGAGAGACACAACCUUUGCUUUUAAGCAGCAUGGACUUACUGUGGGAUCCGGGGAAGGAACUUACUGGACUUUAAAAGAUGGGAACUCAUUACUAAUACGCAAUGUAGCAUUUUGUUGUUCUGCAAGAGUUACUGUUUUGUAACUAAAUGUUUAAAAACCAAGUGUUAGGUAUAGUGUCAGUGAAAAGUAUCUGAUCAGACUCGUGUAGAAAGAAACCCUCUUCACCAGAAGUAAAGCUUUAAAACUUAUUUCUUGUGGUGAAGAUGGUUUCUUUCUACACGAGUCUGAUCAGAGACUUUUUGUUGACACUAUAUCUAACACAAUUAUCCUAACCAUACAGCAUCUCCAGAUGUAGUAUUUUCUGUUCCUUUCAUGGGAAUAAAUGACAACCAUCCACACAUAUGGAGAGAGUAAAAUGGUCCACUCAGGGAUGAUUUUGAGAUGGAGUUAACCCACUGCCGUUUGUCACUGUAUCCAUGACUCAAUAUUCAUUUUAGGUCAGGAAACGUUUGGUGUAAUUGUGGGUAGUCUUUGUGCUGCACACAGUGGCAGCUGGUGACAUUUUGACUUGGUAGGGCUGCAUUUUCUAAACUUGCUGUUUUCAUCACGGUAGGACUUGCACAGCACAUAUUUAGGAAAGUGUGCCAUUUCACGUGUGCAGAGUGCCAUUAUCACCUUCUUUCUUAAAAAAACCACACACCCCAAAAGAUAUUAAUCAUCAGUGAACAGGGAAAGAACUUCCAUGUAAGAGGAUCAAAGUAUGAUUUUCUUGUUUAGAAAUUUAGCUAUACUUUUUGAAUCCAUGUGUUGUUUUCAGCUACACAUCUGUUCCUAUUUUCAGUGGGAGGGCUGUGAUCCAGCAGCUCCAGUGGAUCAGCCCCCACUGUAUAUGUGUCAGGAUUGUUUUAGUGUUCUGGUGAUACAGGUGAGGUAUUAGUAUUGUAUUGUGUAUUUUUUCUGCAUGCAAAUGGUCCGGUUAUUAUUGUGACCCCCUUAGGUGUAUAAUAGCAGGUACCACUAGAUAAAUAAGGAUGGAUUUUCACCCCCACUUCAUGGGAACAUAUGAGGGGCUCAUUUCUGAAAAUACUCCUAUAUGCUAUUGAAAAGUGACUGCAGGUUUAUCGCUGUGUUAUAUUAGAUACCUGGACACAUAUUUUAGAAGAAUUGCCUAGCAGUAACUGUUUGCAUGUGGCAACUCAUUGGCAUUUGUUUUAUGUAACUAAUUUGUCACUUUACAAUUAGAAAAAACCCAAAAGAGCAGUUCCUUCUUUUUUAAUGUUGAAAUUCAAAACUCCAAAAUGAAGAUAUAGUGUGCAAGCCUAUUUUUAGAAGAAAUAUUACAUCUGAAUAGAACUGAACUUGGCUUACUCUUUCAGGAAAGGACUGUAACAAUUAGAAGACAAGCCGUAGGAGGAUUUGGAUUAAGUAUAAAGGUAGGUUGCAUUUCCCCAACUGUUUCCUACGUUCAAUCAGAAAUGCCAUUUGGCUUGUGAAUAAUGCAUUUAAUGAGAUCAAAAGGUGCUUGAUUGUAACCUGCAGUUCCAAUGAAAGGUCUGUAUUGGCUGAUCUUUACAAUAGAUAAUCAGUUGAAAAAAUUUUCCCCAUAUUUAAUGGAGGAACAAUAGAGGCAAUAUCCAAUUAAUUUUCAUUUGUGCUUAUAAGGUUUGGUAUAUAUUUAAAAAGUAUAUUUCAUCUGUGUAGUCUUGUCUUUUGUUCAGUGGUCCUUUAAUUUUAAUUACUUGUUAAUGAACACAAUGGCAGGCUCUCUAAAUAGCCAGUGAGUUCCCAUAAACUAUUUAUUAAUUUCAUAGUUGCUUGCUAAUAAGAUUGAAAAUAGUCCUAUUUCUCCACUGUAUUCAUUGUAUUACAGAUGGAAUGAUUAAUCCACAUGAGGAUUGGUUUCUCUCUCCCCCCCCCCCCCCAUAUCUACCUUAGAAAAGCUUAGGAAACAUAAAAAGGGAGAUAAUUUUAAAUGGUACAUCAUAGCUCUGAAACACCAUAUAAAGCAACAAAUCUCUUUUGAACAGAGCUUUUAAAAAAAUCUCUUUAGUACAGAAAUCUUAGCUGUUAUCUAUGAAUGCAAAACAACAUUGGUAUAUGUUUCCCAAAAAUGAACUUAUGAAAUAUGAUUUGAGGGGAAAAUAAAAUGUAGUUCUCUUGCAUUCUCAUUGAGUAGGAACUUGAAAAAAACAAAACUUUCCAGUUCUUAAAAUGAGUCUGGUGUGUUUAUUUUAGCAGAACUACCUAAUUAAACCAAAUGCUAAUUAGUGCACUAUGGCUACAAUCCCAUAAGAAUGAAAAUGGGAACAAGAUUUUUUGUUGUUGUUUAAAGUCAUUACAUGCUGUUAUUUUUUUCAUGUCUAGAAACACAAAAGAGAGUAAGUUGUGUAAGCGUGCCUGAACUAAGAAUUUAAACAUUGGAACACUGGUAGAUUUUUCUUUUCUUUUUUAAAGCUACUAUAUAAUUUAUGAUGAUGCUGAAGAAAGUUCAGAAUGCUAGGGACUGGAAUACAAUUAACUUCUUUUUUGCAACACAGAUUUCGGCUGGUUUAUUGCAUAAGAAAAUUAUUACUCUGGACAAAAUCCAAAAAUUAUAUUCACCUUUCAUACAUUCAGUUAAUUUCAGAUAGCUUGCUCAGUCUACCAUCAUGAUAUUAAUUGCCUCAAAUUACUGUUCAUGCUUUUAAUUGGGGUUCUGAAACAAAAUCCUUGGCUGUAUUUUAAAAAGAGCUAACAACAGACGUAAUGACAUACAAUACCAGAUAUAGGAGAACAGAAGGAAUUCACAUGAAAUGACAGUAGGAAUUUAGGGUCAACUUCUACUUUCUCAAAAUCUAUGUUGGUACAUUCAUGCACUUCAAAAGAUGUUGACUGUGUUUAUAAAAAAACCAAACGCAUAACCUGGUACUAAUACUCAACAAGCCUAAAAAUAUCUCUAUAUCCUAAAAAGAGGGGCAGGGAUUGUCAUUACUACGCUCUUAGCUUCCAGAGACCUACUUUUUGACCCUUUCCUGUGUUCUUAGUAGCUAGUCAAAGCGGAAAUAGAAGUUAAGAGCCCUGCGAGUCCUGAUAUUUUUCUGAUGCCCUUCUGUUUCAUUAGCAUUUCUCUUUCUCUCCUUGUUCAUUUUCCCAUAUCAACUAAGCAUUUACAAGUUGCAUCCCUCAUGCUGUAGGAAAAUCCCCACAAACCUCUCAAUAUCUGCAUUUCAUUUUUAUGCUUUUGCCCAAUUCCUCAUGGUCUCCUCACUCACAGGAUCAGGAUGGACCUCCAGAUGCUGUUGAACUCCCUUCCACCUGAUCAAGGAUUAUGGGAGUUGUAGUUCAGCAACAUCUGUCCCAAUCCCAAACAUAAGGGAUAGAGGGGUGGGCUUGGAUCAGGCUAACUCAUUUAUGGGACUCCAAACCUUUCCAUAGAUCAGAACCGCAGCUAAGGAAGGGGGAGAGACUUGCCAGGUUUUUUGCCCUGGGUGAAGCCUCCAGAGGGGCUCUAUUGAGGCUCCCCACCUGUGUGUAUAUAUGCGCAAAUACACAUGGGGUGUGUGUGCUAAAUCGGGUCUUUGACCUGGGUGAAAUAAAGCCCAGAUUCACCCCUGCUUAAAUACCCACUGAGUCCAACAACUAACUCUGACUUCCUGACCAGCUUCAAAAUCACCACAAUACAGUGGUGCCUCGCAAGACGAAAAGAAUCCGUUCCGCGAGUCUCUUCGUCUUGCGGGUUUUUUCGUCUUGUGAAGCAAGCCCAUUAGCGGAUUAGUGCUACAGUAUUAGCGGCUUAGCGGGCUUAGUGGAUCAGCUGAUAAGCGGCUUAACGAUAAGCUGAUAAGCGGCUUAACGAUCAGCUGUUAAGCGGCUUAGCCAUCAGCUGAUAAGCGGUUUAGCGGCUUGGGAAAAAGGGGAAAAGGAAAAAAACCCCGCAGGAACUCGCAAGACAUUUUCGUCUUGCGAAGCAAGCACAUAGGAAAUUCGUUUUGCGAAGCACCUCCAAAACGGAAAACCCUUUCGUCUAGCGAGUUUUCCGUCUUGCGAGGCAUUCGUCUUGCGGGGCACCACUGUAGUUCCCACUAUGCUACUGUCAGUUCCUAGCAUUCCUUGUAUUUCUCCUCCCGAAGUUGCUGACUGGCCAUUGCUUUGGACUUCCCACUAAUCUGUGUUCUCCUUUCUCUGUGUGCAUGAAGUCCUAACCACUAACCUUUGCUCUGUGAAGGGAGAGUAUCUGCACCCUACCCUUCUCACCCCAAACAUAAAGUUAACAAUGCUCUACCAGUCAGGUGAAAACUAGUUCAGGGAUAGUUAACUUUCUGUCCAACAGAGUCUGCAACCAAAGAUUAUUGCCAAAACAGUAUCUCUUGCCUUAUGAAUGUUGGUGAUGUGUAUUGGUGUGCCAAUAUGAACCAACUAUCAUUUGCUGCACUUGAUGUCACUUGGGGUUGUAAGAGUUGCUUGAUGAAGUCAUUGUGUGAAUUGAACAGUGCAACCUUGGUUUGAAAAAGGUGAACAAGGCUAGAGAUUUGAAUCUUUCUGCAGUAAUCCGAUUUAUACUUUCAAAGUCUGGAAAGGCUAAAAAUAUAAAGGCAUUGUUUGAAGAAUAUGAGAUAUGACAUUAACAUUAACGUUUCAGAAUUGCUUCUAGGAUAAGAAAGCAUAAGGACUAAAACUAUGCUUAAUCAUAUUUAGUUGAAGAGUUUGUGAGUUUUUUUAUUCUGUUUAUUUUUCUAUAUAAAAAACCCAGCACAGAAAUUGAGCAGCUUAUUUUGAUUUCCACUUCCAUUUCUCCCCCGCUUUUAAGGACAACCUGUUACUUUUCUUAGAAUUCUCCUUUUCAUCUCUUAUUUCUUAUUCAUUUUCCUACUGACUUUUUGUGCUGUGUUACAAUGAGAAAAAGAAAAUGGAAAGCAGCAAAGAAAACCUUCACAUUCAUUUUAAUCAAAUGUCCAAUAUUCUUGCUUUCUAUUGUAUGGCUUUGUUUAUCUGUUCCUUGUCAGCACGACAAAAUGAUCACAGCAUGGCUACUGUUUCAGAACUGGGCCUAUUUUUCUUAUUAUAAAGUGGGCUCCAUAUGGUAAUCUCUGGAGAAUCUGGGGGAACCUGCAGUGAGUUUGCUUUCUUUUGUCAACAGUUCCACAUUGUUCCAUUCACACCCCGGUCUGCUGAUGCUUCCAACAAACAUUUUUUCCCUCCCUAACAAUGGAGCUGAUUGCAUUCAUAUGCCUAUUAUCAAACAGAAUUGUGAAACAGAAAAUCUUUACCCCUUUGAAUAAAACAAACUUAAAAUGAAGUAAAAACUUCAAAGAAAUGUAAUAAUAUUUAUAAACUGACAACAGGCUCAGUAAAAUGUGGUUAUUUUCAUCUCAUAGGGCGGAGCGGAGCAUAAUAUUCCAGUGGUUGUUUCCAAAAUUUCAAAAGAACAACGAGGUAAGUAUCUGUGCCAGGCUAUUUGCUCAGGGGAUUCAGCAAAGCAUCACCAGGUUUAUACAUUUCAGACUGGGGAGGAAUAACUGAAUAGUUAAGAAAAAAAAAAUGAAAUCUGGGCCAUAAAUAUGCAUGGCAGGAUAUUUUUAAGGAACAUAUGAAGCUGCUUCAUGCUGGGUAAAAUCCAUUGGUUCAUCUAGUAUUGAUUACAAUGGCAGAGCAAGCCGAUUGGGUGCCUGGGGCAGCGGCGCCCUGGGGCAUGGCGAGCCAGGGCAGGAUGCCCCGUGGGGCCUCCAAGGCGUCUGCCUGCCUCCUCCCACUCAGUUGCCCUACAGCUGAGGGGGAGGUGGCAGGCGGACCAUUUGGGGCAGUGGGAGUCUGUGGGCACCCAAGCCACCGUCACUCCCAGGAGAGAUGUGUGGCUCGGGCACGCUGCAGGCCCCGCGGUGAGUGCCACCUGGCAUUUUGUCACCCCCCUCAGUGGUGACACCCAGGGCAGACCGCCCCCACUGCCCCUUCCUCCACCCCUGAUUGUUUACUGUAACAGGAAGCGGCCAUCCAGGAUUUCAGACAGGGUUCUCUCCCUGCCAUAUGUGGAAAUGCUGGAGACACAAGGCAGAUGCGGGGAACACUGGCCUGCAACCCUUCCUCACACUUUGCACAUUUAAAGUAAAAUAGAAUUUCCUUUGUGAAUUUUAGCCUCACGUGCUUUAAAACCCUCUUCAAUACAAGCCUAAUUAUUGUCCCUGAACCGUUUUAUAUGUACAGCACAGAUUAUUGUAGCUGUGGUGCGCGUGCAGUGUGCCAAGCAUUCCCAAAAUGCAUGAGAAGCUUCUGUUUUCAUGGAGCGCCAUCUGCACAACAAAACACCCCAGAAGCCUAGGGUGCACUAAUAUGUAUCCAAUUAGGUUUCAGUCAAGUUGUGCAUAAGGUUGAGGAGGAGGUGGACUGUGGCCAGCAAGAGCAAAUUCCAUAGCGGUUCCCUUCUUUGGCUGUAGUUAUCAGGUAGAAGACUGGUUGCAUGCACAUCACAGACUAAUGUGCAGAUUGGAACCUAACUGUCCAUCUGAGUUUGUACUUCUGUGAGAGUUGUGAUGCUCUUCUUAGCUCAAAAAACAAAACAAAAAAUCCAUUUAAAAUGUUUAGUUUGAGAUCAGAGAUUUAUAUUUAAAUGUAUUUUGGGCAGAUUUUUUAAAGCACAGAAACUGGAUGGAAAGUGACCGGGACAAGAAAUAGACACAUAUCCCUACAAAAUGUCACUCAGAUCACAAGAUCCACUUCAGCCUUGAAGCCUGAUAACUGUAUUUAGAAACAAGAGCUGCAGCUGUUCUUUACAUUUUCAGGGUUCAAGACUAGAAACAUGUCCUAGAUGCAAAAGGGGAAAUAAAUUUCCUCAAUAAUACUUUCAGAAAAUUUUAAUUAUCUAUGUAAAUGUGAAAUAUGAAACCUGUCAUGGAUUUGUUUUCUUUUGUCACCUAUUUCUGAUUGUCCUGCUCACAUCCUGCUCCAUUGAUGCAGCUAAUGGAAAAAUAUAGAGGAAAGGUUGAAAUGAAAAGCACACCUUUCCUUUAUUUUCUCUUUCUUUUUAGCGGAACUCUCAGGCUUGCUGUUCAUAGGAGAUGCAAUUCUACAGGUAGGCAAACCCAUUCACUUUUGCCAGCUUUUAGUCCCAAGUAUAAUGUGAAGUCUAACCUAAGUGAAGCCAAUGCUCAAAACUGUCUUUUCUUUUUUUUAAACUCAACAGAUUAAUGGAAUUAAUGUAAGAAAAUGCAGGCAUGAAGAAGUGGUGAGCUUAUACUCCUUUCCUAAAAACCAUUGCGGUUCUUAAUAUAAGUCAGCAUAGCUGCACUUCUGUCACAGUGUUCAUCGUUAUGCUCUGUAAGUAGAUCAAUGAUCCCAAGAUUGCUAAAUGAUCUAACCUUUGAAUAUUGUAACUUCACCAUAGAAAUGGUUUACUGACCUCAAUUGUGUUACAGCCUAAGGGAGCCUCUGCUUUCUUAGGAUUUGUAGGUCCUUUAUUUCUGGUGUGCUGUGUGUACCUCUUUAAGCAAUACUAUUAUGUCUGGUUAAGUAGCGCUCCCUGUACAUACCAGAUGUGUGGAAAGCUCUCGUGUAUAAAUGGAGAAGUGAGGGUCAAGGUACUGGGCCCACCCCCAACAUCAUGCACCCACAUGUUGAGCACAGAUGUCUACAGUGGAACCCCUUAAUGUGAACAGCUCAGUAUGGUUGAGGUGCCAGUGGAAGCACUUACCCUAGUGCAUAUUUGUGUGUGGGUGUGGCUAAUCUGGAUUGGGACUGUAGCAUGGAGUAAGGAGUUAAAUAUCCUCCCCCCUACAAGGUCUCAGUUUAGACUGGGCUUCCUCACAUUUCCUAUUUCCUUUUUUAAAGCUGUUCGCACAAUUGCUAAUUGCAUGAAUAGUUUCUCACUCAGUUUGGUCUGGGGAACCUGUGGCCAUUGAGAUGUUUCUCCCAUGAGCGCCAGCCAGCAUGUCCAAUAGUCAGAGAUGAUAGGAGUUGUAGUGUAGCCACAUUUGGAGGGCUACAGGUUCCCCAGCUCUGCUCUAAAAGAUAAGAUGUCUUGCAUAGUUGAGUGAUUUAAGAAUGCUUUGAAGAUGUAAAUUCAAGGGAAUUAUAGCUCUUUUAAAAAGAAGAGUUAUUGACUCUUACAAAAUUGUGCAUCAAACAGUAAAGGAGCUACUGAUUUCCUAAAGAAACUCUUUUCUUUUUAAUUGUAUGUUGCAUUAUAUGAGGUUCAAUAACGAAUUAAGUUAUUUUCCUAAUCCCAUUUCUUGGAGCUGUACUUCCUUUUUAGUUUUGUGCUUAUUUCAUAUAUGGCUCAUCAACUUUCAGAGUCUGAUUUGUUUGCAAAAGCAGCUUAAUCCUUUGCUAGGCUUCUGUAUACUAAAACUGAGAUUUUUAUUUACUGUGUCUUCGAGCCUUGGUGUUCCAGCAGUGAUCAGAUUACUUUAGUCAGUAGUUAAGCUAAUGCAGAAAAUCUCUCUGUGGGAGCAAAAUGAGAUAUUGGGGCUUCAGGAAAAGGUUUGGUUGUAUUUUUGAGUGCAGUGCCAUACAGCUAUGCUAGUAAGUCAUUGUUUUGUGUUCAGAGUCAAUGAAGCAAGAUAUGAAAUGUUUGUGAAAUUAUGCCGGCACCCUUGUUAACCUGAUUAUGCUUUCUAAGAUUAAUAUUUCUUUUCAGUUAUAAUUUGCACAGCCAGCCAUGCUUAUAUUUUAGCACCUGGCAUGCUUAACCAAAACCUUAGGCAGAGAUGUAAAGUGGGUACUUGUUUGCAAACCUUCAGCCAUAGAAUCAUAGAAUGGUAGAGUUGGAAGGGACCCUGAGGAUCAUCUAGUCCAACCCUCUGUAAUACAUGACUGGAUACUUUUAUAGAUGACUCUUCUCCUGCAACAAUCAAAACAAAGCAGAUAUAAAUGAAUCAGUAAUGACUGGACUGAGAAACGUCUUUAGAAAAUUGAGAGGGGCACUUCAGUAAAAGGACUGUGGCAAUAUUCAAGGAACAGGACAUCCUAAGCAGAAUAUUAUGAUUGAGCCCUUCACUCCUCCACUGUGGUGCUUAUCAGAUCCCAGAGCUAUUCUUCUUCUCUCUUCUGCCUUCAACUAGGCAGCUAUUCCUGUUCUAUCUUACAGAGCUACAGAGCUCAUGUCCUACACAGCCCAAAUGCCCACUCCCCCAUCUGGCAUCUCUAAUCUGUGGGCAUCAAAUUGUUCACCUCUGUGCCUGGUCCCAGAUUCCCAUCACUUGCUGCUUCUGGCUUGCCACAAGUGUUUCACAUCUGGUAUGUAUACAUUGCAGCAGCCUGCUUAGAGGUGAGUAGAAAGAGGCUCACCCCAAAAUCAAUUGGGAUCCAUUGAGUGACCCAUUUGCUCUUCACUGGCUGCAUUCACGACAGUUUAUUCAAUUCUCACGACAUAUCCUUAACUGUUAAACUGAGCUUUCAUGCAACACAAAAAAACACUUUUGGAAGUAUAGCAGAAUAUAUUUUAGUGCUCAUUUCAGUGUUAUUGGCUUCAAGGGGGGGAAAAAACACCAUUUGCAAAGAACACAGAAAUGAGCACUAAACUUGAUCUAAGUCUUGUCAAAGCUUAAAUAUAAUGCAGAAAAUAACAGUUAGGAAAACAAUGGGAAAAUGGAAUAAACUGUCCCGUGAAUUGUGGGGGAUUGGGUGUAUGUUUAGGCCAGGCACUGAAUGGGCUGGAUUUCUCCAUUUCCCAUCUCAUGUUCCCAAUGGGGAAACCUUGCUUUGGCAUUUCUUGAUGAGUCACUGCCUAUGGUCCCUUUCCUGUUGCCUGACCAUCACACCUUACCCUCCUAUAGAAGCAGGCCGUCUGUCUUUCUUGUGCACCUGGUUCCUCAGGCUGGCCUGGCCUUGGGGGAGUGUGGAGACAAGUUGUUUCUAGCUACUGCCCUAAUAUUGUUGCAAGACAUUUCCCUAGUUAGUCAUUUAUAUUUAUAUAUUAAAGCUGGGAAUUUUAAAAGUGGUGGUGGAAGGAGAAGAUGUGGUGACAGAACCAUUAUUUCUUUGUAGAAGGCCCAUAUUCAUUUGUUAUUGUUGUUGUUUAGUCGUUUAGUCGUGUCCAACUCUUCAUGACCCCAUGAACCAGAGCACGCCAGGCACCCCUGUCUUCCACUGCCUCCCGCAGCUUGGUCAGACUCAUGUUUGUCGCUUCAAGAACACUGUCCAACCAUCUUGUCCUCUGUCGUCCCCUUCUCCUUGUGCCCUCCAUCUUUCCCAACAUCAGGGUCUUUUCCAGGGAGUCUUCUCUUCUCAUGAGGUGCCCAAAGUAUUGGAGCCUCAGCUUCACGAUCUGUCCUUCCAGUGAGCACCCAGGGCUGAUUUCCUUAAGAAUGGAUGUGUUUGAUCUUCUUGCAGUCCAUGGGACUCUCAAGAGUCUCCUCCAGCACCAUAAUUCAAAAGCAUCAAUUCUUAGAAAGAUCUCAGGUAUUUGGGCUGAAAGAGGCUGUGAUAGAUCUUGCUGUGUGGCUCAAUCAUGAAGGGAUAGAAUUACACACACACACACACACACACACACACACGCCAAUGUUUUAAAUAUUUCUUAAGCUAUACAAAUCCACAAAUGUUUUUCCUCCCACAAUGAGUUCAUGUCACUUCUUGACUCCCACCUUCCUUGGUGCCUGAGACAGGCACCAUGCGACUCAACAGACAGGCUGGCCUGUGGCCAUAGCCACCUCCUUCCUGGGAAACAAACACAUUUUUCUCCCUUUCAUGUAUUAUCCCGGAGCUCUGCUAUUUGUGAGUUCAAAGAAAAGUGCAUGAAAGAAAAAUAAACAAAAACCUAAUUAUAAAUCUGGUGCAAACAGAUAUUUGAUGCGUGCAAAGGCAGGUCAUCUCACUGCCUCUCUGUCUUAAUUUCCCUGUCCAAGAGAGCUUUGGCCCAUAUCUAAUGAGUGUAUGUUAAAAUGGAAAGUGCUGUUGUUUGGAGUGCUUCACAAGCUGUUGUUUUCAGUUCUUCACAGAAUAUGAACUUUCCCCAAGUAUGUUAAAUGGAUGGCAAUGCAAAAAUAUGCUGUGUUUUAAUGUGCUGUAUUAGUAUCAAAUGCAAAGUUUUGUGGACUUCUUUUUUAUUUUUUCAAAAAACCUUCUAAUGCCUUGAAACUUCUUGUCACAUUUAGAUAGGACCCUCAGUCCACAUCUACACAGUAUACAGUGGUGCCUCGCAAGACGAAAAGAAUCCGUUCUGCGAGUCUCUUCGUCUUGCGGUUUUUUCGUCUUGAGAAGCAAGCCCAUUAGCGGCUUAGCGAAUUAGCGCUAUUAGCGGCUUAGCGGGCUUAGCGGAUCAGCUGAUAAGCGGCUUAGCGGAUCAGCUGAUAAGCGGCUUAGUGGCUUGGGAAAAAGGGGGGGGGAAGGAAAAAAAACCCGCAGGAACUCGCAAGACAUUUGCGAGGCACCUCCAAAACGGAAAACCCUUUCGUCUAGCGGGUUUUCCGUCUUGCGAGGCAUUCGUCUUGCGGGGCACCACUGUAUUUACUUAUAGGCAGUGCUUUUUUCUGGGGGUAUGCAGGGGCAUGCAUACCCCUAAACAUUUUGUGAAUCUAAGUUUGGCCUCAUUGAGGGGCAGUCUUUCAAUAUGAGUAGGAAAAUAAGAGUACCCCUAAACAUUUUUUUUUUAGAAAAAGAGCACUGCUUACAGGCAAGGACUGUUUCUUAGGGCCAAAUCAGAGUUGAUGUCAGCUAAUUGUGUUGUUGUUGUUAGGAUUUUGUUGGGGUUUCUUUUGCUUUACCAUUUAUUUAGAAGAUUUAUAAACCUUUUGAGAAAACAACAAGAAGAAAGUGGUGCACAAAUGAAACUGGAGAUAAAACGCAGCUGAAAUCCAGUGUCCAAUUAAAAACAAAUAUACAUAAAACCAUCACAAUUAAAAGCAAGUGUGUGUAUGUAUAUCUGUAUAUAAACAUGCACUCACACACAAAAAAUAUACAAAGAUAAAAUUAUUAAAACUUUUAAAACAGGUAUAGGUAACGAAAUUAUAUAUCUGGGUGGUCCUGCUGAAAUAAGUUAUUAGCAGGUGUCUAAAACAGAAUUGUGAGGGUGUCUGCCUAACAUCAAUAGGCAGCGCAUUCCAAAGUGCAGGCGCUGCACUUUGCAACCUCUGGCAAAUGUGGAACAGACACGGUGUGGCACUUGUAAAAGUGCAAGUCACACAAAUGGAAGCCUUCAAAUAGGCUUCUGUAGGGCAAGGUAACACACUAAGUUAACUGGUCUCAAGCCCCAUGAGGCUGAAUCUGCUGCCUUCACCCAGAUCCUCCAAUUGUCCCUAUUUUCCAGGGAUGUCCCUGGUUUAGAGAAGCUUUCCUGGUUUUUGAUUCGAUCUCGGAAUUUCCCACGUUCUUAGGAUGUCCCUGUUUUCACUGGAGAAAUGUUGGAGGCUAUGGAGUUACCUAACCCCAAAGCUAUCUGAAGGAAAUCCUGUAUAAGGAAGGGUUUUUAAAAUGUUCAAUGUUUAAUUAUGUUUUAUAUAUAUUGAAAUCUGCCCAGAAGGCUGGAUCAAUCCAAUCGGAUGCGUGGAGUAUAAAUAGUAACAUUAUUAUUAUAGAAUGGGACGUCCUUAUUUUCAUCGGAGAAAUGUGGAGGGUAUGUUCACCCAGUGAAACAAAUCUUUAAUUUUUUUUUUUUAAAAAAAAGACUUGUCCCCUGUAAAUUGUGCAAUGUAGUUUUACCCUGCCAUCAAUUUAACAGACUUGGGUAAAGGUUUUUCCUCUCCCUGUGGAGAUAACAACAGGGUUUGGUUUUUGGGCGAAGUGGAUUCAGAUUGCAGAAGGAGCAUGGAAGGAAAUGGUUAAGAUCAUCUCUCAGAGCAUCGCUCCCCCCACUCAGCAAGGCAGUCCUUUAGGAGCUGCUAAGUACUAAAAUGAAAAUCAUUGUGCCUAGUUUGGCCUUUAAUUGCUGUCACUGGCCUAUUUUUGAGACAAGCAAUCUUGGAUACCGAGUCCUAAAAUAGGCCUUUUUCAAGGAAGCAUUUAACCAACCACUUUAGCUAGUCUCUUUUGUAAAAUAUGAGUGAAAAACUGAUACCCACAGAGAGACUUCCUAUUAGACAGAAAAAGCAGGCAGAAAUAGCAUAAGAAGAGCAAAAUAAAUAGGUUUGGACAAGUUUGGCCUUUCUUCACCCAUUGGCUAAGUUCUGUUUCCAAAAGCCCUUUGUUUGGGCCACUUAUCAGUACUGGAGGGCUGCUUGGGUCAGAGCCUGUUGGAUCAGACCAGUGGCCCAUCUAGUCCAGCACCCUGUUCUCACAGUGGCCAACUAGAUGCCUAUGAGAAGCACAAAACUGGACCUGAGCAGAAUAGCACUCUUACUGACUUGGGAUUCCCAGCAAUUGGUAUUCAGAGGCAUGAAUUACUGUAUUUUUAGCUCUAUAAGAUGCACAGGACGCACCUAGUUUUUGGAGGAGGAAAACAAGAAAAAAAAUAUUCUGAAUCUCAGAGGCCAGAACAGCAAGAGGGAUCGCUGCGCAGUGAAAGCAGUGAUCCCUCUUGCUGUUCUGGCUUCUGGGAUAGCUGCGCAGCCUGCAUUAGCUCCAUAACACACACACACAUUUUCCCCUUACUUUUUAGGAGGGGAAAAGUGAAUCUUAUAGAGCAAAAAAGACGGUAUUUCAUAUUUCUGGAGCAUGUGUCUCUUGUAAAGCUAUAAGGCAGAGCCAGCCCAGAGAGAGGUGGGGAGAGAGAGAAGGUGAGAGGGAUGGAGGGUACUACUGGUCCACUUUACUCUCAAACCAAAAGGAUCACACAUUUUCAAAGUUUCAGCUGCAUCUCGGCAAGUCAUGAACGAGCUGAAUCACACACCCCUGAUAAGUAAUAAGUGAAUAUCUAUGUUUGUACAAACACCAUCUGCUGUGUGUGCCAGACUUAGAUAACAUAUUGGAAAUUUAACAUAUCCACACACUAACCACCAGCAUAGAUAAAUAUAUACAUUUUAUAUUUGUAUUAUGUGGAUAAUGAUAAAAUCGCAGACCCUCUGAUUGUCCCUAUUUUCCGGGGAUGUCCCUGAUUAAGAGAAGCCAUCUCAGUUUCUGAUUUGAUCCUGGAAUGUCCCACUUUCCCUUCGAAUGUCCCUAUUUUCAUUGGAGAAAUGUUGGAGGGUAUGGCGUUAUCAGACUCCCGAGCCAUCUGAAGGCAAUCCUGUAUAUGGAAGGUUUUUUAAAAAAUGUUUAAUGCUUUAUUAUGUUUUUAUAUAUGUUGGAAUCUGCCCAGAGAGCUGGGGCAAUUCACUCAGAUGUGUGGGGUAUAAAUAGUAAAAUUAUCAUUAUGGAACGGGACGUUCCUAUUUUCACUGAAAACUGAACUUCUCAAUACUGUGUUUUUACCUGUCUGUACUUGUCAUAACUGAUUUGUAGCCAAUACUGCUACUCAGAGUAGACCCAUUGAAAUUAAUGAACACAGCUAACUUGGGUCUGUUAAUUUGCAUAAGUCUAUUUGAGUAAAACUUAGUUGGAUGCAACCCAUUAUGCUGCAGAACACUCUGGGAUCAAAAAAUGAAUGAAGGGCAGACUAAAAAUAGACAUAUUAAACAAACAAUAAUAAACAAACAAUUAAGACUCACUGUUUAGCAGAGGUUGUUGAUAGACUGCCAAGAUGACGGCUAAGCCAAAUGAUCACUAGCAAAAACUUUUGGGGCAAAAUGCACUCCCCCUGCCCCAAGUCAUGUCACCUUCUUUUAUGACUAUCAUUUUCCUUCUCCUCAGGCAUCAUGUUAUCAUCUCCCUUGCUGCCUGAUCCUAACUAGCCAGUGAUCAUGUAGCCAUGGAAGUAUCAUGCCACUCUGUGACCAUGCAGUGAAGAGGGUGAAAAUUACCAAGAUUUUCAGGCAACUAAGUGGAACACUUCUGUUCUGGCAAUGUACUUUGUGGGUCGACAUUAAAACUGUCACUGUUCAAGUGUGCUAAGAAAGGAAGUACACUCCUUAGCCAGAAGCACAUUCUCCUUUGUCCUGUGCUGUAGAAGAUUCAUUGUCUGUCGUUACCUUUGAGCACUGGAAGAGAGAAUGUGUUACCUAGACAACAUAGGAAUAUGCUCCCUUCCACAUGUAGCUCUAGAUUUUGGGCUGCCUCAGCAAUUGCAAGGCCCGGUAAAGUCUUGCGAAGCCCCAGAUCUUCCUGAAUGUACUCUAUGGGCUGUUGCACCCUGCAGGCAUUGCAGUGAGCAGCAGAAAGCUCCUGUUUUCAAAUGUGCACUCAGUCUCCUUAUUCAGCCUAUCAUUUUUUCACAGCCAUAGGUGUGUGUGUCAACAGAGCGCCUAAGUCUGAGGUCAACUUCUGAUUUCACCUUGAGCAUAAUUCCAAAAGUAGCGGGGGUAGGCUAUUAUCUGAGCAAAGAUAAUGCCAGUAUUGUGUGAUUGUUGCAAGAUUGGUACUAACUGCAGUUUUCCACCCACUAAUUCAUGUCAAUAAGCAAAUUAUAAUUACCAGCAACUAAAUGACCAAAUUAUGAUUGACCUAGUGGUGUAUUGUAAACAAGAUGUACUUUAAUAAUGGUUUUUCUGAACUGUAUUGCUAAGUACCUAUUUUCUCAAAAGAUUGUGGGGGGGGGGGGCUUUUGAAAGGAAGGGUCAAAUUGUAAUAGUGUGGAAGAGUGCAAAUAGAUACUUGGCAAUUUUGUUUUAUCACAGUUUUAUCAUUUUAUGUCAACUAUGAUUGGAAAAAAUAUUUGACCUGCUCUCUUCUGAGUCUAGCAUGAAAAAGGAAAGCUAUAAUUAUCAGGUGGUAGUUUUGCAAGGUAGGCAACAAUCUGUUUUCCUUGUGACCCAGUUUCCACUGAUGUUCAGUACCAUCCUCUGUUAUUCACCACUUCUCACCCUCAGAGGCUCCUAAGAGCACCAAUGGUACCUUGGAAGCCAAAUGCCUUACAACCUGAACGUUUUGGCUCCCAAACGACGCAAACCCAGAAUUGAGUGAUUCAGUUUGCAAACGUUUAUCGGAAGCUGAAUGUCUGACACGUCUUCAGCUUCUGAUUGAGUUCAGGAAGCUCCUGCAGCCAAUUGGAAGCCGUGCCUUGCUUAUUGAACAUUUUUGGAAGUCGAACGGAUUUCCAGAAUGGAUUCCGUUCAACAAACAGGGUACGUCUGUAUCCUUUUUCUUCAGAGUACAUUGGGUGGGACAAUUGCUGCAAGAGCACAGACACCCUUCUCAUCAUUGGACUGCUUCUAGGGCCUUUUCCUUUAUCCUGUUCACUUUCCUUAUGUUCCACUAAUUUCCUGACUCCAAAGUUUCUCUCUCUCUCUCUCUCUCUCUCUCUCUCUCUCUCUCUCUCUACUCGUUCUAAGCAUGAGGGCUCCCCUCUCCAAAUCUCUCUUUUUACAUUUCUUUGGAUGUUGCUUUAGAGAGUGUUCCCUCUUAUCUCUGUUUCCGUAAGCUGCUCAUUCUGCAUAAACUUGUUUAGCAGCUUUUUAGUUUCAUCUCUUAACAGCAAAUAAAACAGAUUCUGUUUUUCAAUACUAUUUAGUUAUGACCUGUUCAAAACAGAAUUGCCACACAACUGUGAUCUUGUGUUUCACUUUGCUCUUCCAAACAAGUGUCUGGUGCUUCCAGAAGGGAGAUUGGCAAGCCUGGGCUUGAUCUUUAGCUCUUUCCAGGUUAACUUGAGCAGCAACAAAGACUUGUCGAAUGGUUUACAGUUGGUGGUUUGCCCAGGAGAGCUAAAUCAUGGACCUGAGUUCUGAGGACAUCCUAAGGCAAACUAUGCUUAGAUCAGUGCAGACUAGCAGCAGAACAACUGGGGAGGAUCAAAGCAGCUGUGAUCUCCUCUUCCAAAGGUCAUACACUUGCUUGCUUGCCCUAAGCCAUUGCUUGACAUAGCUUGACUUGUGAACGAAGCCAGUGACACUUUAAAUAUCAUGUUAGUGUUUCUUUUGUUGUUGAUAUUGCAGAUUCGUGUCCAAGGGAGAAAGAGCCAUUCAGAUAUUUCCAUCUAUAAAACCAUGGCUAGAAUAGAAGUUGUACUCUGAAUGUCAAUUAACCACUGGCAAGAAUGGAUUUCUCUGGGAUUAUUGCCUAAUUAGGAAUAUGAAAUGGAAAUGAAGUAAAAGCUGCAAUGGGACAAAAUUAAAGAUGAAUUGUGAUAAGCAUUAUUGUUUCCAAUGCAUUCAAGCCAUCACCAUUACGCUCAUCAGUGAACACCCUGAACAAUUUAAGCUAGUUGCUUUCUUUUUUUUUCAGCACUUUGCUAGAAUGCUGACCUAGCAUUUUUUUCAUUUUAGAGUUGUUUAUCAACCUACAGAUGUAAAAUCAUCUCACUUGCUCAAAGUAUUUGGAGAAAAUAGGGGAGCCCUUUGUUUUUAGAAAAAUCUAUGAAGCUCUCUGUGGUAUGGGCUGUAGCUCAAUAGCCUAGCACAACCUUUACAGGCAGAAGGUCCCAUGUUCAAUCUUUGGUAUUUCCAAGGUGGGCCUGAGGAGGAAAACCCUACCUGGAACACCUGAGGACUCACUGCCAGUCAGAGCAGAAAAUACUGAUCUCGAUAGACUAAUGGGUUGUCUUGAUAUAAGGCUGUUUCCUGUCAUCCAAAUAUGAGAAAGAGCUCCCGAGGGCAAGUUCUUAUUUUCAGUUCAGGUCUAGAGAAUAAGAUAGGGACACAAGAAGCUUCUGAGAAAGAACAGAUUAGAUGACAGAAGAUUCAGUAGCUGCAGGUAUCCUAUAAACCAGUUUUCGAUACCCUGGAGCCCAUGACCAAACCAGCUGGAGCUGAUUAAUGUUAUAGUUGAAAAAUAAUCUGCAGGGCACCAGGUUGGGGAAGAUGCAAUUGAAACAAUGGAGUGUGUAACCUGUGCCGGAUACUAAUCUUAAAUCAGGCUUAACACCUGUUUUUUAAAAACAUAUUGUUGUGUAUAUGGUUUUUUUUAAGGUAUGGAGAAGAAAAAUUAAGGCCUGUAGGUUGUGUCUAGCCUGCCCAUGGCUUAACUUCAGUUUGCACUUCCCAUGAAAGAUAAUUUCAGGGGAAACGGGGAAGCUGAACUAUUAUAUAGGACUUUAUUUCAUUGCCUAUCUAUUCCUCUUGUUGGGAGCUUAAUAUUUUAGUAUAGGUUUCAGAUUUUGCAAAAUAGGGAUGGGACAAAAAUGUGUUUAUAUGUUUCCCUGUAUUGCUGAAUCAGUGGCAUGGAUGAUUGCAAAAAAAAUGUGUAUGGGAGAAAGCAAAAACUACUUUCAGAGGUUUUACAAGUUAUGUCUCACAGAUGCAGUGCAAUUAUUCAUCUGUGUAUGAAAGGCUAUCAUUAUGUGGAUGGGCUGAAGCAGGCAAGAAAGGAAGUUUUCACAUGGUUUGCAGGUGACAAGACUAAUUUUGUCAUUUGCUGCAGUACAAAAAUAUCUUUCUCAACAGAGAUUGGAGGCAGAGCAGCCUACGUACUAAGCUGAGAGAGCUGCAAGUAUUGAUCAAAAGCAUUACUUCAAAAACAGAUUUGUCAAAGGAUUUUGUUUUAUGCCACUGUCAAGGUUCUGGAGAGCUCAGCUAGUAGGGGGGAAAGCUUGCAAAAGUUCAUUUGAGUUCUUUAAAAGAUUUUCUUCUAUCCAUUUAGUUACCUUUCUUUUGUUAAUAAUAUUUUUAGUAUGCAAAACUGAAUUUAAAAUUAUUUUUCAAGGGUGAUUUAUAAAUAAAGCUGGGUAAUAGAAAUAAAUCUGUCUAACAAAUCCUAUAUUAAAAAGAGUGUGCCCAGCAUCAAUGUGUGUUCAGUAACAUGUACUGAGGCUCAUUUUUCAAGUGUGAUCACACGUAGGUCAGAUACAAAGAACAAAGAAACCAAUUUCCUUACUCCAAAGGGGUUUGCUAAUCAACCAUGCCAGCCCUGCCCAUUCCAUGAGGGGAGUUUGGGAUAGAGAAUGGAAGUCUGCUAUUGAAAGAAAUAAAAGAAAAACAGUUUGAGAGCUUAAGCCAUUCUUUGGAUCUCUCCUAUAAAAUCUGGAAGCAGUGGCCAAAAUUACAACAGCACAAACCCUUUUCUGUUGGAUAUAGGAAGGAGGUGUGCUGAAUAACAACUCCCAUCAUCACUGGCCAUUGACCAUGCUUUGGGGACAGAUAUGAGUUGUUGUUUAGCAACAUCUGGAGAGCCAAAAGUUCCCCACAUCUGGCAUUGUGGACACAGAUUAGUUGCUGACACAGAGUUGUUCAGUGUGGGACUGUGUUUGACAUACCCAUCUGAAAAAUUUCUUCUCUCUAGAUUAGCAAUACAUAAUGAAUCCAGCUCGCAGACACUUCCACUCUCCCUUAUUCCACAUCUUACUGACAUUCUUACAAAGCCGGCUGUGUAGAGUAGGGCUGGUGACCCAAAAUAGGUUCAUGCUUCUGAGCAGGCAAAAGUAAUUCAUCUGGCUGAGAAAUGGCUCAAGUGCAGCAUUUGUGAAUGCAAUUCCAAUUCCCCUUCCCCAACAGAAAUGCAGAGAGAAGUUGCAUGUGACUGAUUUGCUCAAAAGUGUUGUUGCCUUCAUUCCUCCGCUAUAUAAAUCCCAUCAUUCGCUCAGAUAUGUAUGAACUGGGCCACAACAUUAGGACAAAAUAUGCCUCCCUUUUUAUGUUACAUUACAAAGCUCAUGUGUCAGCCCUUUCUGUCAAUUUUCAACCACCAUGUUUUCGUGUUCACCCAAGCAGUUUCUGAAUAACCAUCCCCAUCCUUUUUGCUGUUGGAGUUAGACAAAAGACUGCUCAGCAUAAAUAAGAUUACUGAGUUCUAAGGAGCUGAACCACAAUGUAUCUUGCACAACACAUGUGAAAUUAGACUACUGUAUUCAUAGUACUUUGUGUCUUCUGCCAUGUCUGAAAAUACUUUUAAUAAACUAUUAUUGCAACUCCGAGGGAUAUGGAGGAAUCUAUAUAGAGUCUUCAGCAAUUCAGAGCUUUCAGUCAUAGUGGAUGACCUGAGAAUACAAAUACUGUAAAGUAAGAUGCCCGAUUAGAGUACUUCAUCUCUGGCUGACAUUUAUUAAUGAUGUUGAGCAUUAUUUAGAAGAAAUAUUGAAAAAGCUAUAGUAACAUUUCUAGUCUUUUAUUUAUUAAGCUUUUAUUCUUAUUUUUGUGCGUUCUCUGAGGUCUCUCUAACCAAAUUUCAAUAACAAAAGCACCCCACAUUUAAAUCAGCUCAUAAAGGUCUACUUUGAUUGUGAUUUAAAAUUUAAAUUUAAAUUAUUAAAAAUAUAUGGAGCAGUUUUGAAGGGCAUGGCAUUUAGAAUAUUAAAGAGCUGCUUAAAAUAUGUGACUCCAGUGUUUUAAGGUAUUUGAGAAAUCUCAUGCCAGUUUGUAUCUUAGUAUCUUAACCACAAGUAGCCAGAAGAUAGAAAUGAAGUCUGUUUCAAAAGGGAGAAGAGGGCAUCAUGGAGAGAAUAAAGAGGAAGGGGAGUGGUCAGAUCUUCUGCAGGGCCAAAGGGCACCUUUCUGUCAGUAGUAUAGACCAAGACAUUUACCCUAGAUAUUCCUGGGACCACCAUAACUCCUUCCCAUGGUGGGAGCUUAACGUGGAUUAAAACUUGCGUGCACCUUGAUUUUUUUGGAUGUUGUCUACAUCACAUUCUCCCCAUCCCACUAGCAACCCAUUGUUUUACAACAGUAAACUCUGAUUUUUGCCAGUGACAUUUUAGUCCCUGGUUUGGUGUUCUGGUCACUGCUAGACUCCGGGGUCAUGAUUCUUAGGAGUCUAAAAGGUUCCUGUGUUCUGAAACCCACUAUUUAAACAUAAAGUGGUAUGCAUUCCAUCAACCAGGAUUUUUCAAAAAACACCACCAAUGUGCCUUUCUUCACCAUAUGCACCAACAUGGUGAAGCAGUGUAUUUUUAAGGUCUGUAGCAGCAAAAAUAAAAAUUACUGUGGUAUACUUUUUAAAGAGACUAUCCAGUUAGUGAGCAAUGAGCUUUUGCUGGCAACUGUAUGCUUUAGCAGAUGUAUGAAGUAGAAUGUGAAUGUAUAUAUUCAGCAGCAAAAGCGUUUAAAGUGUUGGGUUAGAAUAGGACAGUUUUAAUAUUGUAAACUGAAGGACUCGGUGAUCAUUUUCAAUGGACCUGAGAUAGCAAGAUUAUUAACAGUACAAAUUGAAGUUCAGUUUUGUAUACCUAUUUUAACAUUUCCUUACAUCUUAUAUUUGUGAGAUAGGUGUCUUCUCUUAAAUUUCUGCAUGUUGCUGGUGAUACCUUUUUUCCUACCUUUUUCUUUCAGUUGUGCAUUGCUCGCUACAACCUUCUAAGUAGCAUCAUCUUUGAUAUUUUCUGUGAUCAAGUGUGUCCCACUUUCAGAAAGGGAUGCUCAGCAAAGUUUACAUGACUUCCACUGUGUCAAAUUACUGUGAAACAUUUGCUCAUAUCUGUGAGAGCAGCACAGGGACAGACAAUUCAGUUCUUGAUAGAUGGUCUGGCUGUUACACUAGUGAGAACAGUUUUGAUAAUCUGGAUGAAGUGACUCUGGGUAAUUCAUGUAACAGAAGAGAAGGGGAAGCACACAUUUCUUUUAAAUCACCAAGGAAAAAUUCAGGGGUUGUUUUUUUAGUCCAAAGUGAGAGGCAAAACAGACAGAUUCCACCAAUAUGCAUUUAUUUACUAGAGAAUUUUAUUUACUAGAGUUUUUUUCUGUGAGACUAGAAAGGUUUAGCUACCCAUGCACUAUAUUUUUUACAUGGGAUGUCUUCAUACUGAAUUAUCCCAUGAGGCUGCCUUGUUCUAGGUAGAAAGGGAGAAGAAGACUGCUCAUGGUGUGCAGAUCAGAGGGGAAAUGAUAUUAUCCAAGCCCCUCUUGCACAAUUUCAAUGGAACGUCAUUCCUUCCUCCUGGAAAUAAUCAUGUUUUAGAAUGCUAAUCACAACUGUGCAAGGUUUAGCCUGACCAGGCAGGCACUUUUCACAACCUUGUGAGUCUACUGGUUGAAGGGUGAUUGAGUGUACAGCUGUGGGUUCAUCCGUUUUGGUAUCCACAGAAUUCCCUCCUCUCGCUGGAUUUUGCACCAAAGUCAACUUUCUCAUAAGAGAGGCAGUUCUGCUCACAGGUGGGAGGCUUAUGUGUUCUGCUUGGUGAUAGUUCCAACAUCUGGCCACCUGCAGGUUUCACAGUCCCUUGCAAUAUAAGGCUCAGCUUUUGCUAGAUGUCUGAUUCAGUCCCAACUUUUACCAGAAUGCUUACCUCAGACCUCUGUGCACUGAAAUCCUUUUGUAAAACAAGAGAAGGGAUUGGAAAAUCUGUGAAGAAUUUUAAGGAAACCAGAAUAUAACCUUAAAGCUUAAAAAUUCACAUUUGCCUUUAUUGUUCAUUUCUUUUUAUGUUGUACAGUAAGCAACUGUGCAAUUGUGUGUGAAGGGUGGAAUGUAAUUUUGGCUUGUAUGUGUGUGUUACAUCUACAUCUUUAAUCCUCAGGUCCAGGUUCUUCGGAAUGCUGGAGAAGAGGUGACCCUAACUGUAUCCUUUCUCAAAAGAGCACCUGCGUUUCUCAAACUGCCCCUCAACGAAGACUGUGCAUGUAAGUAUUAACUGUUUUUUUUAUAAAAACAACAAUAACAACAACCCAAAGAAACCUUGAAUCUAUCAUAGGAGCCCCAGAGCCACUUCACAUUACUACUUUUAAAGCCUGCUUCUGUGAAUUGCCCUGCCUUUGUUAAGUUACAAAUCAUAGUUUGGUUUUUGUUUGCUUAUUUUUGCUGAGAAUUGUAUGAGUUUCUCCCUAGAGCUGAUUUUGAGUGUUCCAUUUUAAACCUUUGCUUUAGAGAUGAUGUUAUGCUCUCAACUGAUUACAACUUGCUUUGAGUGCUAUUAAAGUUCUUUGACUUAACGAUAAUUUGUCCAGAGUAUUUGCAUUUCAUUUCUAGAUUAAUACAUAAUGGCAGAGAUUUGGAGAAGGGUUGGCAUUUCCCCCCGAACUUGGCAAUUGAGAGUGAAUAUAUCUGUCUUGAGGACUUUUCAUUUUAAAUUGCAGUCAUGGGCUUGAACAGAUUGCUCUGCUUAAGUGAAGAUUAAUGGAGUCCAUAGUGAUCAGUAUUUUGUUUUUGUUCAACCAUUUAAACUGAUUAGUCUUAUUGGGAAAUAGCAGAAAUGGAGAGACAGCUGUCUUCCUUCUAUAAUUUUAAUAAAUUGUAAGGACUAGUGCAUAGUCUGAGAUGGCUCUGUCUGUAGUUGCCCUGUGAAGAUUAUUACCAGGGUUUCCCUCAGCCUUUUAAUUAAGAAAAGGAAAAUAUUGUUUUAAAAAAACUUCUGAAAUGAAUUCAAAUAGCCUCCUACCCAUUAAAUAAUUCCCAUUGCAUUAUAUUCAUUUAUUUUCAAAUGUUGAUUAACUUGUUGAAAGUGUUCUCAUUUCUAUCAUUAUACCAGUUUCUCCUUUAUUCAUACUAAUGAAGAUAUUUUAUAUUCUACACAGUAGAAUUCGCACACCUACUUUAUUUUUUACAGGCAGAAGACUAUUUGGGGGUGGUGAAGUAAUGUAGGAUCACCACAGUUAUUUGCUUCAGAAUUUAUAAAUCGCUCUACUUUCAUAGAAUACCUGGGUGGUGUAUCGAAAUAGAAUGUAAAAGAUAAUGCAGAUCAUAAAACAGUGUUGACAUUUAUAAAUCUGUACCCUGAUGGCAAUGCAGAUUUUUUUUUCAAAUAGGGAAAACAUCUGGUUAUCACAAGUCUGUAAGAUUACUUUGCAUGGCAAAGAACUCCCCAUCCCUUCAGUCAUCUUUGAUGAUCUUCAUAUGCAUGGUGGUUUUUGAGAGCUGAUGCAUUUAGUAUCCCUGUAAUACACAUUAAAACACCCUCUGUAGCAGAGGCAACAGCUGUGCCCUAUGUGUGGCUGAAUUGUAACUACUGUAUGACAAAACCAAUGUCAGUUUUGAUUAUGAAGUGUGCGUAGUUCAGUAAGCUGUGAUACACUUUUGUAUGUAUUUAUGUUUUUAUUAGGCAUUCCUAGUGAUCAAAGCAGUGGUACUUCAUCGCCUCUGUGUGAUAGUGGUUUACAUCUUAACUACCAUCCCAAUAAUACGGUAAGAAAUGUUUUUUUUACCUUGCUGCCAAAAAUAUGAAAAUUUACCACACAUGACUGUUAACUGAGAAGUUUACACAAUCUAUGAGCAUGCUGGGAAUAUGCCAGUUUCAAUGUUAGGUAGACUCCAUAGAAGCAAAGUGUACUGUAAAAACCCUUUUCUCAUUAUGCAGCUAUAGGUGGGGGAACUUUAUGCUAACUCCUGGUUUAGUAAUGGAAUGAAAUCAGACAAAGACCACAACUGACAAGUGGAUUUAGAUACUCCAUUAUUUUUGCUUCCUUUAAGUCUUAUUAAAAUGGAAUAAAAAUUCUAUAAAGAACCUAUGGAUCCCAGUAUGAUUUUGUCAUAAAUUACCUGGAAACCUAGAGAGCUUGGAACCUGCCACAAACCUCUUGGCAUUAAGUACGUUUUCCCCAAUGUCCAUGUUCCCUCAGUGGUGGUGGGUUCAGUAAGGACUGACCACAUCGCUGAGCUGUGCUUCUGAAGCAUCUGAACUUCUAGGGAACUAUAACUGGCAUUGCUACCUACCUGUGCCCCAUCACAACCUGGAUAGGAUGCUGAGUACAGUCACUUUCUUAAAGAAAGUAACGCAGAGUGAAAUGAUGGUGGGGGUCCCAUCCAGUGUGUUCUCUGUUAUGUCACUACGAGAAUGCCAGGACCUAAUAAUUUAUUUUGGACAUACAGCAUUUAUUUGGCUUUCUUUCCCCCCUCAGAAUUAAUUCUAAAUUGGAUGUGGGUUGGAGGAGUGUUCGCUCAUCGCUAUUUUGGCUUGCAAUUCAAAUUAUCUUAGUGAACCCACACUAAAUUUUAAUUAUGUUUUCCCCUGGACAAUUCAAUUUUACUACUACAUCCAAACCGGAACAAGGUCUGAUUUCAAAAAACUGCCAAACAAAUUGGAAACAAAGGUAAGUUUGUGUGUUGUAAAAAAAGGUAUCAGCACCGACUCUCAUGGAAGAAGCUUUUUUGUUCUUUGUUUGAACAUCACUUAGCAAUACAUCAUAGGUGCUGACAGACCCAGAGGCUCAAAUAAACACCUGAAAUGUUGCAGCAUUAUUCUGUAGUCUCCUGUCUCUGGAACCAGCUAGAAAGAUUCCAUCAAGAACAUUUUGACACUUCUUGCUUCUGCGGAGGCUACAAAUACUUCACUAUUAGUGUUUCUUACAACCCUUGUAAUAUUUCCCCCCUUUCAUGUCUGCAUGACCUCAAAAUGUUUGAAAGAAAAUGUUGUUUUAAAUGUCAGCAUAUCCUGUUGGGGUGCUUGUUUUUCUUACCACAAGUUUGCCUCUUUUGCCACUAUAAUAUCCAUAGAAAUGAACACAUGAAGAAAGGUAAAAGCACCUUCUGGAUAGAGGGGCAUGAGAGUUAUUCCCUUUAUCGGUGAUGUGAGCCAGAGCUCUGUUGCAUGAAUGGUUUGUUUUUCUUUACUUCCAUUGGCAAUAACAAUGGUGAAGGCUUCUUCUAUUCAUUGCAGAUUCUAGGAUAGGUCUAUCCUCAACAACUGAAGUCCUUAGGAAGGAUAUAGAUAUAAUGCUCAUUACACUGGUGUCUCUAGAAACACCCCUUCACUUUCUCCUUUUUGAGUAUAUGGUGCCCAUUGAAUAAAACCAGCCCUCUCUUCCUUAUAUUUGAUGGCUUCACUUACAAGCAUCCUGCAGGAUGUGGUAUACUAUAUAGUUCUCUCUUUGUAUAGAAGGUAGAGAUUAAUGUUACCCUUCCCAGAGAACCUUACAAAAUAAAACCUUUCCUGCUAUACAUAUCCCACUUGUUGUAGUGAUGAGCAUUUUGCAACUAGCUAGUUCAGAAGAUUUUCACUGAGUGAUCUUGGACCAACCACAGACUCUCAGCCUAUCUCACAGGGUUGUUUUCAUGAUAAAAUGGGGAGAAAGAGGACCAUGAAACCACCUCAAGCUCUGUGGUGGAAAGAUGGCAGAGAAGUGUAAUGUAAUAUAUAAAUGAGGUACUGUUUAUUGUAGCUGCUGAUGGUAACACCAAAACAUCAAAGGUGUUUGAAAUAUUUUUCAGGACACACUUUCAUGUUCUUCAUGGCCUACUUCUCCAGGGCUUAGGUGGGAGAAGAGGUGGUGUGAUCUCCGAUUAAUCCCGCUGCUUCACUCCCGGUUUUCCCAGUAUCUCCCAGGGUCAGAUAUGUGCAGGUAAGUAGAUAAAGGAUAUAUUUUCUCCAUAUACUGGAGAAUGCUAGUUGUAAUUUUUGAAGUGAAGGGUCUGAGAAGGAGAGGUGCCCUCAAACUUACUAGAUCAUUUUUUUUACCAUCGUUAGAGAAAGAAAGGCAUUUUUUUACUAAUAAGGAAAAAUAGAUGUUAUGUUAGCUGGGGCUGUAAAACACAGUUAGUGCUAGAAACUAAUAUGAUUAAUACUCUAAGGUAUAACUUUCCCCGAAGUUCUAGCUAUCACAGAAUGAGAGAGAGUCUUACUAUUUACAAAAGGAAAAAUAAAAAAACCCCUCAGCAAUAUUAAGCAGAAUGGGAUUUUUUUCCUAAGUCAUAGAGUAGAGCUAUUGAGUAUGACUUAGUUGGUCAAAAUCCAAUUUUAGCUAAGUAAAUUAAAACCUGUUGGUACUCAGGCGGAGCAUGUUGAUUACUUCUAGCUGGAAAUGUAGCUCUUUCUCAAGUUGUGCAUAAGGCAAAGAAUAUAACUAAGAGACUUUUUGCAUGACUACAAAACCCUUAUAAGGCAUGUAGAGGCACUGAUUGCUUGAAGGAAUUUCACAUCCAAAUCUCCAUGCCUAGAGAAGCUAACAAUCAGUUAAAAUGCCUAGUAUCAGUCAGCCAUGAUCUUUUCCUCAAAAGCUAGACUCGACACUAGGACUAGAGUCUCCAUGACAAACUAUUCAGUGUUUUCCUGUGCUCUAACCCAGGAAUACUUUAUUAGGAGUAGUGGCACUGUGUACCUAGCUUCCUGGAGGUGGUAUCUCUGCCACUUAAUGAGACAGGGAAGGACAAGGCUGUGUGGAGGUUGACAUGAUAAAAGCACCCCUAUGUAUCCAAACCUGUGGUCCCAGCAGGGCACCUGCCCAGCACCAAUCCUCCUGCCAGGUGUGUGACACUGCCCUUCCUGCUUUGUUCUAUGUCGCUAGGCUGGAAAAUGUUUUUAGUUGACUCUGGUUAGACAAAGGAAGGUAGGGUGGGAUGGGCCAAAUUCAUAUUGGUAAAGGUAUGUGUUUAUUUGCAGGCUUCUAAUGGACAAGGAAAUCAGAAAUCAAUAUGCUGAUCUCUUUUUCUCAACCUGCAAAUCCCUAUGAAAAAAUCUGUGUGGUCCACCCUCUACCCCACAGUGUUAAAGUGGAAGGAUUGUUACAGCUAAUGCAAAACGCACUGGACCAACCUGAACCAGAGAAUAAUAUUCCCUGUGCUGAAAUUUUUCUUUAAAAAAAAUAAAUCAGAUCAACCUUCUAUCAAAUUUUUUCUGUCUUUAAGUGACCCAGAUGUAAUGGAUAGAAGAUUGAUUUCGAACGAACUGCAGCUACAAUUCCCACAUUUCUCAUGUCUAAUCUCAGUCAUAUAUUCAUCAUGAAUAAAUAGACCUGUUGUACAAUUUCCAGUCCACAGUCAGGAGAUGGUUUUAGGGCAUGAAAUAUCAUCGUGCUCCCGUGUUUCUAAAGCCACUCAGACCCAUGUACUUUCUGGAGGAAAUUGGGCCCUUACUGCUUCAGCAUUUCAAAGGUUUUUAUAGGCUUGAUAAUUAUCUGUCAUUUGGAUGUAGUAAAUCAGUCCACAGAGCAUUACGGCAGAUAAGUCAGCUGUGCAGAAUAGCAGACACAGAAUGCUUGGAUGCCCUCCGCUCAUAUUGAUAAAUACAUUGCACACAUUCAUUGUGUUUAGGUUAUGUCCAUAUGUUGGGAAAGUGCAAUGUGAAAAUCAUUAAAGUUAUGUGGAUCAAUUCUGAGUUCUCAACCCUUCACCUAAUUAGUUUUUGAAGCAGAUCAUAUUUGAAUUUUCAUUAAAAAUCUAUAAUUUAGUGGAGCAUGCCAAUAUAGAAUAUUCUGCUUUAGUGCUUUUAUAGAAUAUGAGGAGGGGGGACUCUUAAGAAAGUUAUGAUAGAUUUUAUUACAAAGUCUUGUUCUUUAUUUUAUUAUUUUAAAAGUUCCAAAAUAUCUUUUUAGUCUUCUCAUUGAAAGUAUUUUCCCUUUUAUUUAUUCUAGCUCUGCAAAUUUAGUGUUGAUGUAGCUUCUGUAGUUAUAAACCUGGGUUACUAGUGAUCUAUUCCACAAUUAGGGAGGAUGUAUAUGCUGCGUCCAGAUCUGUAGAACCUUUCUUUGUUUUUUUGCACAGAUUCCUUCCAAUAAGUCACCCAUUGCUUUUGGAAUUGCAGAUGUGAAGCCACUGUUGUCUUCUUCCACAAUAAUUGUCCUUCAUAAUGCACUUAGGCUGCCGUUCUAUUCACACAUACCUGGGGCGUAAAUCUAUUUGAACUCAAUGGGGUUUGCAUUUGAGUAGAUGCUUAGGAAUGCUUUGUUGCACCAAUGGUGUGAAUUUGCCAGUGCCUCCAUUCUUUUAGUGCAUUAAAUCAGGGAAGGAGAACCUAUGGCACUCCAAAUGUUGUUGAAGUCCAAAACCCAUCAGCCUCAAAUAGCAUGGGAUGAUGGAAGCUGUAGUUCAACAAUACUGGGAGGGACGCAGGUUCCCCAAUGUAUAAUGCAGGUUCCCCAUUAAGAAUAAUGUUUACAUUUAUUUAAUCAGUCAGUCAAUCAAUAAAUCAAUCAGUCAAUCACCCUUCAAUUAUGUUCCUAGGGCAGUUUAUAUAAAAAUACAAUUAAAAAUGUAGCAAGAUACGGAUAAGCUCCUUACCAACUAUAUAUCAUUCUUGUCUAAUGAGCAAUUCCAUAUGGUGGGAGGUUGCCAAAAUGAAUUCUUUGCUUCUGAAAACACACCAAUUAUUAUCCUAGCUCCUGUAGAAGCUAAAUGAUGCAUCUGUUCUUGGUUUUGGGGAUAUAGUGGAUGCCAUAUUGAAAUAAUGAAAUUCUCCAAGGUGGAGAUGAAUGACUUCGAUCCAGAAUCAGCGUGGUCAAAAUAUGUGGGGGGUAAAGCUGAAGAGCUAUGUGCCACAAAUUGCAAAUUGCAGCUUGUGCAAUCUGCCAGGCUACUACCUUUUCAAGCUUUGCGCCCUGAGCAGAUAGCCCAGUGUGAGCAAUCUGUAUUCAGUUGUUCUGUGGGUUUUGCCAAGAUUUAUCUGGAGAUGUGCCAUAUACAAAAGCUAAAUAUAGAAGAGAAUGACUCAUAAAAUAGGGAAAUCAGUAGCAGUUCAAUGGCUGACUUUUAUUGUGGGGCAAGGGUAGGUAGAGGGGAGUGAUUUCAAAGCCUUUUGACAAGUAUUAUUAAGUUGGUAAUGUCGGAGUAGGUGCACUUGUCUCCUGACCUAAUCUAUUACGAUGUGUCCAUAGGCAAAAUGCAUUUCAAGUAAUCGCUGUGGAUGGCAUUUGUAGUGGAAUAAUUCAGUGUCUCUCAGCUGAAGACUGCAUUGACUGGCUACAAGCAAUAGCAACGAAUAUUUCCAACCUCACAAAGCACAAUGUAAGUAUGCCUCUAAGUUAGUUCAUCAGAUUUCCCAGUUACAUUUGAUCUUGACUGUCAUAAAGGCCUCUUGGGUUUACGCACAGAAUUAUCUGUGCAUAAACUCUGCUUGAAGCUUCCCCAGAGAAGUGAACUCAAGUCUGUCAUCAGCUCAGAAUUUUGAAAGCUUCUUGAAAGGGGAAUUAUUUUUUCCUUGUGGCUACAUAGUCCACUUCAUGGCUGUCAGUAUUAUUUCCUUUUUUUCCUGAUAUCCACCGACAGAACUAGAAAGAAAAGUAGAGAAGGUAUAGUGCUUCCAAGAUAUGCAGGCUUUCAGCAUUCCUAUUCUGAUACCCAAGAUCAUGAAAAAGCUCUGUGUUGCCCCACUCCCAACCGCCUACCCCAUGCACAUAGUAACACAGUUAGAUAUCAGGUUCAAAUCCCAUCUUCUCCAGAGAGCUCAUAUGGUCACCUUAAGCCAGGGGUCAGCAAACUUUUUCAGGAGGGGCUGGUCCACUGUCCCUCAGACCUUGUGGGGGGCUGGACCCACUGCCUCCCGAAAGACACCCCCCCCCGCCUAUGCCAAUUACACUGCAGCCACCGACACAGCCUUAUCUUCGGCAGUGUCAGCGUCCUCUGUCUCGGCGGGGCAGAGAGCCCAAACCGCUGGCCUGGGCAGCGGAGGCAGCCUCCACGCUGCUGCCACUUCCUUCCCGCUCGGCUGCUUCCUCCUGCUCGGCUGCCUCAGCAGUAAGGAAGGGGCAGCACCCAGAUGCCUCUGGCCUAGGCAGCCUCCGUGCCACUGCUACUUCCUCCGCCACUUCCUCCUGCUCGGCUGCCUCAGCAGGAACGAACAGGUGGCGCCCAGAGACGUCUGUGGCUUCUGAUUGGCUGCAGGAGCUUCUGUCGCGGAAGUAAGUCUGUAUGCAGUGAGGUCUUUGCACCACGUCUGUUUAGCAUGGGGACUGACCGAGUGGGCAGCAGGGUCCGCAAGGUUCGCGGGCCAGAUAAACGUGUCCAGUGGGCCGUAGUUUGACGACCUCUGCCUUAAGCCAAUUACAGUCUCUCAGCCUUAUCUGCCUACCUUCCUCACAGGCUUGUUGUGAGGGUGAAAAUAUGCAGGAGAAGGGAUCAUGUAAACACUUUUAUCUUCAACCGAUAAAUGGCCCUUUAAAUUGUGUUGUAAAUACAAACCCUGCCAGGGUUAGUUUCAUUUGAGUGCAGCUGAUGCUUGCUGCAAGUGGGGCUUGCUUUCAGCACUGAAUGUCAGCCCAGCUUUUGGCGGGGAAAGUUGCAUCAGAUUCUUCUUUUGCAGCCAUGGUUUGAAAGGAUCAGAGCUACAGUUAAGUGCUCUCCUAAUGCUUCCUGUGGAAUGUGAUCAUGUGGCAUCAGGUGACGUGACAGCAUGCUCACCUAUUAAAAAUGGCCCGUGGAAAGUUGGCCAGUUCUGAAUCUAGAAGAUGUUCAAAAUAAAAAAGCAUUUCGCGGAAUGUUCAUUCAUGCUCUAAUGGCUACAAUUCCUCCUCCUACUUCCAACCUCACUGCAAUAUCUGGGGUCUUCCUUCUCCCAAACUGCCUUCUGUGUUUUGCCUUCUGCCCCAGUUGGACUUGUCCCAGAUUUAAAAAGCUGAAUCUUAGAGACCGAACAACUUGUGUGAAGUAUUUAUAUGCUGCAGUUCCUUCUGAGUAUAUAAUCUCAGUGGCGAUGUGAUGAUGAUUUUAGGCAACCUUGCAUAUCAUUCUAUAAUAUUCCUAGCUGGAAUUCCUGACUGAUAUUAUUCUGUGUCUGUUCCCACCAGCACCAAUUACUCUCUCUCCUCCCCUCCCUCUCAACUUUUAAAUAUUGCCCUACUUUAGUUUAGUUUUGGUAUCAUAUUGAGUUAUCUGAAUCUUGCAAUAUCCUCCACAGGCUUCUAAAAUUAAUUUUGUUUCUAAUGCCGGGAACAUACUGAAGAAUUUUGUAUCUUGUGGAGAUUUAUAUCCAGCUACAGAACCAUUCCAGCUGGUGGCAAUACUGAAUUGGUAUUGCAGACUUGAAUCUGUCUGCCAUCUGUAAUGUUCUGUGCCGCACUCGCCAAUUCCCUCACUAUUUAUUCAUCUUGAUAGUGCUGUCACUGCGUAUGGCUGUCAGUCUCAUGACAACCUUGACAAAUGGGACUAUUGCUAACCUUUGUGCUUACUCUAUAACUAUUUUCUAUUACUAAUUUUAGCUUGUGCUUGGGAAUAUUUUCGGUAUUUCAAGGAGCAAUGUUCUUACAGUUGCAGCAAACAUUUUAAAGCCAAAUUUCAAUUGCCUCUGAUUAAUUGCUUCUGAUUAGCACUGUAAUUAUUGCCACAGAAAUAAUGAUGUUUUAACACAUUGCUAUUACGUGGCAUGUUUUUACAAGAUUGUAAUGUAUACAGCAAAUUCACAGGCAGUUAAAGUUCCCCAUAGUCCAGGAGGGGAGAGGAGUUUAAUCUGGUAAUGUAUGGCUUGGCUUAAGCUUCAGCAAUCCAUGGAAUGAUUUGAAGUAUGGAGUAAGAUCCUGUGUUCUGCACUUCUGUGAUGUGUGCUGAAUGCCCCAAUCCCUCUGCAAUGGACCAUGUUGGCUCUUGUAUGGCACACAAUGCAAUGGUCCAUAAGCAAGUGUAAAGAGAUGCACAAUGGGGCAAGAACUCCGAACUUCACAUAAACACUGAUGGUGUCUGAACUGGUAUUGACUGACCAGGAAAGGGAACCUGAGUUUGUGUAGCUCAAUGAAAGCUGCUGCAAAUUCCAUGUCAGAAAUUGUUAGAAGAGGAGUAGUAAAUAAAACUGUCAUAUAAUGAUAUCAUUUUUAAAAAUCUAUGACAGUUCUGGUCACUGCAUCUCAAAAAGGAUAUUGUAGAUCUGGAAAAGGUACAGAAAACAACAAUAAAAUGCAUCUCUCCAUCAUGAAAGGUUAUAAUAUUUGUAGUUUUUUAGGGUAAGAAUAUGAAAAUGUAAAAAUAGCCUCAUGGGUCAAGCCAAUGGCCUAUCUAGUCCAGCAUUCUGUUCUCGCAGUAGCCAAUCAGAAUCCCAUAAGCAGGAUUCAAGCACAAGAGCCCUCUCCUCUCCUUUGGCUUCUCGCAACUGGUAGAAGAAGAAAAAGCAAUUAUGGGAAGAAGGAUAUGAUGAAGGCUUAUAAAAUAUAGAUGAUGUAGAGAAAGUUGAUGGGUGAAAAGGUGUUCUUCCUCCUGAUGCUAGAACCUGAGGCCAUCCAAUGAAGUUGAACAGUAGGAGAUUCAGAAGAGACACUUGAUUACCAGUUGCUGGGGAGAAGCAGCGGGAGAGCACAGUUGUGCUCAUGUCCCGCUUGUGAGCUUUCCAUAGGCAUUGUUUUGGAUACUAUGGGAACAGAAGUCUGGGCUAGGUGGGAUCCAUCAUGGCUCUUCUUAUGUUAUUAUGACUCUACUCCUUGUUUCCAAUAAGACUGUAAUACUGUAUGCAUUACAGAGCCAAAAUUAGACUCCGAAGCCAGGGCUGGGUUGUUGUCCUAACACCAGGGAAUUGCUUCAUACCCCCCCCCCCCCGGAUGAAGGGCUGGGACUCUUGUGCACCUCUGCUAGUGCAUCAUCUCAUACAACUCAGUGAUAAGAAAGGAGUAUCAAGUAGUUCUUAUAUGGCCAAUUAUUGCGAAAUGUCAUAAAGCUAAAUGCUCAUAGUUAAUGUCUUGCCAGAAUGAAAUUACCUCUUCUUUUCUGCGACUGAGUCCCCUAGCUCCCUUAAUGUAUUUUUUGUCUGAUGGGGAAUUGAUCUGUAAUCUAAUCAUAAUGUUCUUUUAAAUGUUAGUCGACAGGAAGAAUUGAAUAUUUGACAGCAUAAGCAGGAAUUGAGCGUUCCGCUAUACAGGGACAUUUGAGGACGAAGAAAAGGACAUUUAGCCACAGAGUCACAAGAAAAUAUAAUGUUUAUCAACAAAAGAAUGCUGCUGGAAAUGUCUGUGAUUCAACUAACUGAAACAAGACGGCUUCUGGCAUACAUUAAACUGAGGUUAACAAUUUUUGUGCCACCUCAGUGCAGUGUAUAAUUUUGCUUGGGUUGCCAAUGAUUGCAGUGUCACUUGACAAGCUGUGUCAGAAUGGCAAAACAGUUAUUGAGGAUAUCUGCAAACAUUUAAACAAGCUGAAGUACAGCAUAUUUUCUGAUCUGUAUUUGAAAUGCGUUCUUAUUUGCUCUUGGCAAGCGUGUCAAGAUAUCUGUCUCUCAGAAAGUAAGUAUAAGCUCACUGAGAUGCAAAGAUGGACUCGCCAUGCCUUUGUGGAGCACAGAGAAAACAAAUCAAGAUAAAGCGGGAUAAGAAGAGCCUCAGCUGGUGUGAAAAGUAUUACUUGAAAGCCUUAUGGGCCAGCUAAUCCAAGGUUAAGCUCUGUAAAUCACAGUUUAGUUUGUGUCAGAGAAUACUUGUAGCUUGCUGCACAGUCAUAUCAAGAGAUUCUGGCACCAGUUAAUGUUGCUCUAAGGUGGUAGCUCUUUGAUCCUUGCAGCACAAAGAUUGCCAGAAAACAACACAAGGAGCCAGGUGGAAUUUUCCUUCCCCUUUCUACACUUUGCAGCUGAUUGGCUUCCGAAGAUCCUGUUGAGUUUCUGAGAGGUUAACCCUGGAGAUGCCUGUCGCUGUGCUUUAUAUAGCCUGAAAAACUGAAGCCCCGUGCAAGUUGGCAAGAGGAUGGGUGACUUGAAACAGCUGCUUUUGGAUAUGGAGAAGAGGUUGUAAAGAGGGCAGUGGGAUGGCAGUAACCACAGAAAACAUAAGAGGGUGGGCAAAAAGAAGAGGUACUUGCUCUUUGUAUUGGAGGGAUACUGCUCUGGUCUAAAGUUCUGCUUUUACAUAGCAUUUCAUGAUCACAGCCAUUUAAAGGGCAUCUUAGGGCCCCGUUGCCAGUGGGAGCACCCACAGAGGGUCUUUUCAUCAAUGUUUGGACCCCAGUGUAGGUACCAUAAUGAUCACAGAAGAUGUCAUGAGUGUGCCUCUCUUAGUGACUUCUCAUUGUUCCACAUGGAAGACCAUUGGAUGAUUUGGUGGUGACUCAGUUCUUCCAGAUUUCCUUGCAUGGGAUUCUGUUUACUGUUUUGGCUUACAGUAACUCUGGGCUGAAACAACAUUUGCAGCAUUGUUUCCCAGUAGGAACUGCGAAACUUUCAGCACACCUUGUGCUCCCCAGUGAGAAAAAUAUGCUGCCUUUGUGUCACUUCUCUUAAGCAGAGGAGGCCUCAUCUCUCUUUUCAGAGUUGCACUUUCUCCCACCAUCUGUUGAGAUAUUGGGACAGAAUAGCCAUGACAGAAGCCUGGCCCUUCCUCAGUUUAUUUUGAACACUGAAAAGCCCCACACAUUGCAGGUCAUUCAAAAUGAAAGAUUGGCUAGAUUUUUUUAAAAAAAACCACAAUUGUUAUUAAAGAUUUCUUAGUUUACAAAAAUACGUGCAUAGUCUCUUUUUUCAAGUUGCGUUUUCUACAGAUCACUUUCAUUUGUUGUGAGACAUUACUGUUGCAUACAGUGUUAGGUUAGGAAGAAGAGAGGGGGAAAGAAGGGAAGGGUGAGUGGGGUGGGGUCGGGUGGCAAUGCUUCUAUUCUUCUACUUAGUGUAUGUGUGGGGUUUUGUGUUGGCGUCACUUUUAUGGGACUAUUCACUUGUUGUAUUUCCUUGGUAGUGAGAGAGGUUGGGGUGGCUUAGGGUGCAGUUGGUUGUCUUUGGUUGGCUGUAGUGAGAUUUGUUUUUGUGUGUGAAUGGGGUAUGUGUAUGUAUGUUUUUGGAUCAGGUUAGCUAGAUUGAUUCGUAUGCUGUCGGCAGAUUCUUCUUGUUGUCUUGUUGAGCUGUGUAUGUGAUAAAGGGGAACCAUACCAGGGUGAAGGCAUCUUCUAUUUGUCCCCAUGUCAGUUUCAGUUUAUUGCUUAGUUUUUCUAAUAAGGCUGUUUUCCAUACUAUUUGAUACCAUUGGUCCAUGCUUACUCCUGACAGGUCUCUCCAGUGUCUGGCUAUGAUGCUUCUGGCUGCUGAGAGUAGGUGGGUUAUCAGCUCUUUAUGAUGUGAGUGGGCAUUAUUAUCUUGGAAGUUGUUUAGUGGAGCCAGUUCUGGGGUGACUUCUAAUACUUGCUUAGUUAUUUUGCAUAUUUCUUGUAUGAUUGAUGUCCGAAUCCAAGCAGCCAAAGAUUGGCUUGAUUGAAGGCUGCAGCCCAUGCACUGGUAAACUAGAGAUUUGAUUACUGCAACACACUCUACAUGGGGCUUCCCUUGGGUCUGAUCCAGACACUUCAGUCCAUGCAAAAUGCUGUGGCUAGACUGGUGAUGGGAACAGACUACCACAAACACAUAACACUGGUGUCAGGGAUCUUUAGCUGAGAUUCCUGCAUUGCAGGGGGUAGAUUAGAUGAUCCCUUCCAACUCUACAAUUCUGUUAUUCUGAAAGUUUUUAAAGAAUGCACACACACAUAUAUAGACACACACAGUAUACAGUCAAACCUCGGUUUUCGAACGUCUCGGCUGUCGAACAUUUCAGAAACCGAAUGUCAAAAACCUGGAAGUGAAUGCUUCCAUUUUUGAACAUGCCUCAGAAGUUGAACGGCUUCCAAGGCGUGUUUCUCCAUUUUUUCAAUUGAUUUUGUUGACCGGCAAUUGCACCUCGGUUGUCGACUGUUUCGAAAGUCGAACGGUCUUCCGGAACAGAUUACUUUCGACAACUGAGGUUCCACUGUACACACAAAAAUAUAAUCUGUCUCCAUAUCCCAGCUAAUCUUGGAGUAACUCACAAUUUAAAUUCAUAAACUUGCAAGCAGGGAAGAAGCAACCAACUCAACUCCAUUAACUGCAACAGUUCAAAUUGGUGCCUGUGCUGCAGCAGCUAUAAGCUUGACCUGUGUGGGUCAAGUCAUAGGGGGAGCUCUAAUGUUUCACAGUUGUUUAAUAAUUAAGGACACUAUUACCAUUGGGCUCAAUCUCAAGCAACACUGGAUUUAAUUGAAAGAAAAUGGGCCUUAACAGCUUGAAGCAGUUCAGUCUCUCAGAUCAAAAGUGUGUGUGUUAAGAUCUGGUUGAAUUCCCAGUUAAAUACUAGCUAGUUUAAAUAGUUCUCUCUGAUAGUGAUAUGUAUUCAUGAAACCAGGCAAUAUAGUCAGAUUAGUGACACUGGGAAUCUUGCCCAGGUAAGGUUCUGAAGCUCCUUUCUCCCAUAUUGAACAAGUGUUCAAAGAGAACCUUGCUGUGCAUUGCCUGUACUGCCUACUUCUGUUCUGGUUUUAGGGUUCCUUGUAAAAGAACUUUGCUUAAGGGAAUGACUUCACCUUUCUAUCUUGUUUGUAAGUUGUUCAAUAUGCCUAACAAAUCCAUAAAAAAAAAUACUUGAAAACAACAAAGCAUAGAGGCACAGAAUGGUUCAAGCACUUGUAACUUGUAAAGAAAUCUGAAAUGCCUUUAAGAUUAAACAUUCAACUAUGAUAAAUUAUCAGUGCAGUGUGAAAAGUGCUGUCCUAGAAGCGAGAGGAAAGCAGUUUCAGAAAAUUAGAGGUAAACAGAUGUCCAUUUGAUCAGUCUAGUAGAUCAUCUAUGAAGCUCUCCAAGCUGCUUGCAUUGUUAACAUGCAGCAGUUUCUUCAUGAAAGUUCCACUUUCAUUACAGUGGAGAUACGGUAUGUAAUGAUGACAGAUGUUUCAGCAGACUGGGGACACUGGCUGCUAGGUGUAAUUUAUGCAGUGGAACUUUUGAGAGUGUUACUCGAAAUUCUAUUUUUAAUUUACAGUUGCAGUGGGUUGAAGCACAUUUUUUUAAAAAAACAUAUGCCAGUUUUGUUGUCGUUUCCCUUUUCAAAGGAGCAAAUGCAUCAGUGGGAUGUGUUGGCCUCACAGCUAUUACAAUACAAUCAACUUAACUUUAUGUUAAAUGCUGCUGCUCAUGCAGCUCUAAAUUAUGCAUCCCAGGAUUUGGAGAAGAUGAGUCGUGUUGAUGUGUGUGUGUGUGUGUGUGUGUGUGUGUGUGUUUAAAAAAAAUUAAAUAUUUCUCAGCACAGAAUUGCUUUGAUUCUUCAAUCAUUUAGCUUAAGGAAAGUGAGCUAUUGCAAGCCAGCGGCAUUACAGUGUGGGAGGUGAGUAUCUUCUUAAUUCUCUGUGAGAUAUUUCAGUCUAAUUUCCAGCAAUAGCUAAAGUUUACCCAGUAGUCAAAAAUAAGGGGUGGUAUCUAAUUGGUGUCCGUCUACUGACAGAAGGUAUCUGUUUAGCUUGAACAGGAAUUGAAUCAAGUUUUGAUCACUCCUUGCAGCUCCAAAAUCUGCUGUUGAAGUACUUUGACCCUCUGGAGCAAAUCUGGGCAGAUUAGCAGGCAGUGAAAUCUUUGAAAAUUGCCUCCCUCCUAGGGAGGCAAGAUGCCUUGAGUCAGCAAAGGGUCACCAAUUGGAUAAUUCCCAAUGAUGGGUGUCUUGGGAAAGUAAAAAUACUGCUCACACAUGCUAAACCUCAGAAUCAGAGUUAGGACUUGAUUUUAGGGAAUAUUUGCCAUGCUCAUUAUGCUGACUGGCAUAGAAAGCAUUACAACUGAAAAAAAUAAUUAUGACGACUACUUUUUAAUUUUAAGACGUCUUUUCAGCAACACUUUGGUGACUGAUAGCCACUUCACUCCAGGUGCUGCUGUGAUGGGAACUCCAGGUAGCUCAUUCAGGACUUAUCCAUACCUACUUUUUGCCCUGUGCUUUCUAGGCACAAGUUCAUGCUUUCAAGCUCUGUGUCCAGACUCUCUUUUAUCCCUCGGAGCUUUCCCCAUGAAAACCUGUUCUUUGAAAUUGAAGUGCAACAAAUGGGAAUUUUGGUUUUUUGUGGAUUGCAGUUUGCUCCAGUUCAGCGGUUUUCUCAGGGAAAGCUCCAGAACAAAAAAAGAGCACUUGGACACAGAGCUUGGAAGUGUAGACAGUAGAAAACUUACCUGGAAAACACAGAGGAAAGGUAAGUGUGGAUAAGACCUCCAUUUAUCAACACUGUCAGGGCAGGUAGUCACAGACCCUCAGAGAGAGACAAAAGCACUUUACAGCUGCUGUUGAAAGAAACUAAGCAUUUGUCACUUGCAGUUGCCACAUAGCCUGAUAAAGAAAGGUCUCCUCACUUUAUCAUCGGGCAAAAAUAGUAGCAUGAUAUUUUCAGGGUCAUUUUAAUGGCAGCCGCUAGAAACAGAAAGGAAAAGAUUGUCAAAAAAUUGUACAGUGGUACCUUGGGUUAAGAACUUAAUUAGUUCUGGAGGUCUGUUCUUAACCUGAAACUGUUCUUAACUUGAAGACCACUUUAGCUAAUGGGGCCUCCUGCUGCCGCUGCACCGCUGCUGCAUGAUUUCUGUUCUCAUCCUGAAACAAAGUUCUUAACCCGAAGUAAUAUUUCUGGGUUACGGGAGUCUGUAACCUGAAGCUUAUGUAACCCGAGGUACCACUGUACAAUUUUUUGACAAUCUUUUCCUUUCUGUUUCUAGCGGCUGCCAUUAAAAUGACCCUGAAAAUAUCAUUUGUUUUAUUUCAUCAUUUGUUUCAUCAUUUGUUUUAUUUCAAGCUUUUAAGAGACACAUUUUCACACACACACACACACACACACACACACACACACACACCCCACAUGCAUAUAUUGGCAUUAGUCUGUUUAAUUAAAAAGGAAUUACAGGAGAUUUGCUCAUUUUACCCCCUCAUUUAAUCUAUUACAGAACACAAGCAGCAGCUUUUUGUGUAGUUUUCUGAAAAGUGAAGAUAUUCCCAUCUUUGGGAAUUUUAAAGAAAAAAUAAGCUGCUGUUGUUUUUAUUGCCAUGAUAGGGCCUGAAAUGUGUUCUUUAAAAACUUUUGCUAUAUCUUUGUGAAUAAAACCACCAAUACAAUAGAUUUUUAUCAUUCCUUUUUUCUGCUUCUUGAUGCUUCUUGCUUUUGUGAAAUACUUAACUUCUGCCAUCCUGUUGUUAUUUUUUUCCCUCUUUUGUGAGUACUAAAAGUUUUCAAAUGUACUUGAAGAAGAACAAAUAAUAUGGUGAUAUGUUCACUACUGGUUAUUAGCCAGAGAGUAAUCUUGAACUGAGGAGGUUGCUGAUGUGAAACAACCAUAAUAAUGCUAUCGACUUAAUCCUGCUGGUGCCUAAGGUCUUUCUAAUAGGAUAAUAAAACUGGAAAGGUGCUUUGGUUUCACUUUAUACCUUCAUUCUGGCACAAUAAAACCCGUGUUGCAACUCAGCACCAAAUCACAGGGCAGAUGCCCUUAAUGUGGAAUUCCAGUCAUGGUAGCAGGUAUACUAACAACUCCAACAAGAGAGGCACCCAUCUCCUUUGCUUCUUAUUUACAGGGCUCUCCAGCAUCUCAGCAGAUCCUCAGUGCUGUACACAAAUACCAAGAAGUCAGAGACCUUAGAGAUGUGCACUCCAGCCAACUUGGCAGCAUUUUGAUUGUCCUCAUUAGAUGACUAGUACUUCUAAUCGCAGAUGUUGUAAGAACUCUACCGGUCCUAUAGGAGGUGAUAGUUAGGCCAACAUACCUUGCCCUAUAUCAGCACCAUUAUUUGUUGCACCUGCUUAUUACACUUGCCACACACAAACCUCAGCAGGGCUCAGAACUUCAGGGCAGCCACUGUAGCCAUCUGAAGCUUUGAAUUGUCCCAAACUUUCCCUCUCAGUAGACUGUUAAUCAGCAACAAUGACCAGGUGGGUCACUGAAGUGUAAUACAAGCUACCGGUAAUACCUGGGAUAGUUAGCUUGUACAUCAGAAGAUAAAAUCAGAAUUCAACAUGUCCGUAACAGAUUGGAGAACUUGACCAAAACUAACAAAUGUAAGGUACUACACUUAGGCAGGAAUAACCAUAGUUGUGUGCAUGACAACUGUUGUUGGAUUUUAAAGUAAAGUCCUUUUACUUCAGUGUGGAAAAGUGGUGGUGGUGUUUUUUUAGAGGGUCCCUUAAAAACAGAACCAGUGAGUGAACCAAUUUUUGGUGCUUAGUAGCCAGCUUUCUGCACUUCAGUUACACCUCAGGGGAAGACAUCAUGAAGCAUCUUCCCUCAUGGGGCUUUUUCAGAUGAAGAAGCUCAGGCAAACUCCAGAGUCCAGGAGACAUUCUUAAUGGAAAAGUGGGGCACGCAGCCAGCUGCACCCGCCAUCAUUUAAGAUAAAUUUUAAAGUGGUCUGCAGAUGUUCAGAAUAACUGAACCUCUUUUGCAAGAGAAGAAAACUAACAUGAAAUUGAAGAAUGGUUCUUUGUGUAGCACUAAUACUAUUUGUUUGUUAUAAGAAGUCAGUUAACCUUGGUCCCAGGGCCUGAAGGAACAUUAUGCUAUACCAUGUGCUUUGUCAGUGUCUGGAUAGGAGAUUGACUGGGCACCCUGGGUAAAUUUUCUUGAGUUACUAAUGGAAGAAAGAGAAUAGAAAUCUAAUAGGUAAAUAAUAAUAUUUCCAUACCACAUGAAGUAACUGAGCUAUCAUGAACCUCCUUUUAUGUCCAUCUCCCCUUUUUAAUAAUUUUAUUGCAUUUUUCAAAAAAAGAAAACUCCAUCCGGUUAAGUGUUUACAAAAUAUAUCAUAGACAUGCACAUGUAACAGUAUAAUAAAACAUAUGUUAUUUCCUUACUUCAAGCCAUGAAUAAUGGUUACAAGAAUACAAAAAUACUUGGUUUAAAAGUUAAUUUGUAAUAUGUGAUUAAUCUACUACCUGAAUGGAGAAGCUAACUAGCAUAGCUUCUGAGUUGCUGAAUUGAAAAAACAAAACAAAAACAAAAAACAUUUAGAGGAGACAAAAUGCCCUUAGCGCCAUUGCAGUGUCACGACCUGUGGCAGUUCUCUGGCUCUUUGCCAGUGCUGCAAGCUGACGUAGGUCAUUGCAGUGACACAACAUCAUGGACUGGCACUGCUAUGCUGGAAAAUAUCCACCAUCUCACUUGACAUAUAUCACAAGGUAGCAGAAUCAUUACUCUGCUUUAUGGUUACUGUCUAGUUGUUGUUUUUUUAACCAAAAAUUAUCUCUGUGCCUAUACGCACUCAGUUUGCAUUAUGUUUUCUUGAAGAAAAAUACCUGCACAUUGUAGGCUGUUUUGGUAAUGAUUGCUUUAAGCAGCAAUCCUAUACCCACUCACUCAAGAGUAAGCCAUGCUACACUCAGUGGGAUUUAACUUGUGCUUCGUCAUGUUCGGGAUCGCACAGUUAAAGUGCAUUGCAGAUAAUUGCACAGGAAGAGGAAUUGGUACUGGACUGUGGAAAUGAAUGUACAGUGCCUAUCUAAUAAAUCAAUGAAAUUUUGUUGCUUUUUUCUGCAGAGCCAGAAAUCUUUUUCCUUUAUAGUAGCCCUGGAAUUUCCAGACUGAAUGCCAUCUAUGAAUAGUCAGACAAAUUACUGUAAAAAUUAUUUACCAUAUGUCAAAGAGAUAUGAUCCAUAUUGCUUUAGUGCAUGUUCAGUAAAACUUUUUGUCAGAAUGGUAGCUCCUUUGCAAGUGAAAAGCAGCAUUAUGAGAGCAACAUUGGACCUAUAUUUACAAUGAGAGUGGGAAAUCUAAAUAAAAACAUCACUGGAAACUAUUCUUGAUCAUUACAGAGUCACAUGUUUAGUACUUUAAAGUUUGCUUCCUUAGCAUGCUGCUUAUGCAAAAUAGUGUUCCGUAGGUGACUUGCCAAAUGAUAAUAUGGUUUCGAAAAGUGGCUUGUCAGUUGGGAUUUUACAAUUUUAUGUCUGCAUCUCAAACAAAGGUAAAUUUUGGGUAGUAAACAUGAUAUUAUAGUUCCCAGAACUAGAAGUUUCUAUAUAUAGAUGCUCCUGACUGAAAGCUCCCAGAGGAAAUUAUACUGGCUAUAAUACAGUUAAAAUGUGUUAGAUUUGCACACUAUUAUCUCUACAUUUCCUCAGUAUUCAUCCUGCCUUCAUCAAAAUAUUUCUUAUUUUUUUUAAAAAAAACCAAAGUGAAAAUCAUUUGAGUUUAUGUCAUUCUUGACAGUCUUGGGUCAAGCUGUAUCUUGUUAAAUGUGUUUUCAUUUUACUGACAAGUGAGAGAUGCCUAGAGAGAGUGGGUGUUUCGUUCCAGUUCAUCCCUUUGUUUACAGCUGAUGGUGCUGCUAGCACUCUUGGCACACCUCUGGAAGAAUGUCACAGAGUCUUUGUCACUUCUGGAUAUUGCUGCAAAAAGCUUUCCCAUAUUCGCUUUCUCCAUACGUGCAGAAACCUUUUAUCUCCAAGAUGCAAAGCCUAAGAGCGGUAGUCUCGUAAUCUGGGGAACCGGGUUCGCGUCUCCGCUCCUCCACAUGCAGCUGCUGGGUGACCUUGGGCCAGUCACACUUCUUUGAAGUCUCUCAGCCCCACUCACCUCACAGAGUGUUUGUUGUGAGGGAGGAAGGGAAAGGAGAAUGUUAGCCGCUUUGAGACUCCUUAAAGGGAGUGAAAGGCGGGAUAUCAAAUCCAAACUCCUCUUCUCUUCUUCUUCUUCUUGAUCUCCAGGAGUAGCUUGCUUGUUUGACUGGGUAACUGAGGCCACACAGUGGCAGGGGCCUCCAAAAAGCUGUAAGGAUGAAAUAAUUUGCAUGCCGUUGGCUUACCAAGUAGUUUACAGAUUGGUAGAGUGUUGUGAGCCAUCUUCUCUGUACUAGUCCAUUAAUCCAGGCAGACUAACACAUCAUUAUCAAAACCUCUGUUUAUGUUGCCUUAAAUAAAAGUAUUAGGCUAACGUAUAUGGGUUGUGGGACGCGGGUGGCGCUGUGGGUAAAACCUCAGUGCCUAGGACUUGCCGAUCGUAUGGUCGGCGGUUUGAAUCCCCGCAGCGGGGUGAGCUCCCGUCGUUCGGUCCCAGCUCCUGCCCACCUAGCAGUUCGAAAGCACCCCUAAGUGCAAGUAGAUACAUAGGUACCACUUUAUAGCGGGAAGGUAAGGCGUUUCCGUGCACUGCACUGGUGCUGGCUCGCCAGAGCAGCUUCGUCAUGCUGGCCACGUGACCCGGAAGUGUCUUCGGACAGCGCUGGCUCCUGGCUUCUUAAGCGAGAUGAGCACGCAACCCCAGAGUCGGUCACGACUGGCCCAUAUGGGCAGGGGUACCUUUACCUUUACCUUUAUAUGGGUUUUGCUGCACAUAGGAGGGUUUCUGAUCUCUUGGGAAAUACCUCAUGAAAUACCAUCAUGAGAUACUGCUUGCGUACAGGCAGCAAAAUAUAUUUUGAUUAUAUCAGGUGUAAUAAAAGGUUCACACAUGUUCCAUGCAGGUAACAUAAGUUAGAACCUGACGUCUUAUUAAUUUCCACUUUCACAUAUUUGGAAAGGAAGCCAUAUCCAUCUUUCAAAGCCAAAUGACAUUGUGUAUUUUGUACAUGAGUAUCCUGACCUGAGACCAAAAUGCCAUCAGGAAUUAGCCCAGACAACCAGUGGCUAAGAUUUAUGGUUGUAACCAGCUAAAUUCCACUCAGAUCAGACACAUUGUAAUGAAUGGACCUGAGUCCAUUAGUUUCAAUGGAUCUACUCUGAGUUGGAUUACAUUGGGAUAGAGCCUCUAGCUUUUAAUGGCUCUUCAGGUUAUGUUGUUAAAUAUGCCAUGUUUCGCAUUUUGUGAGUUCUGACAUUAUUUAACAAUCUAGAGUUGUGGUGCUUUGGCUCCAUGUAGGUAGAACACAUGUAGGUAUGAAAAAGAGCCUAUUUUUGUAUGCUGUCAUAAAGAAGUACCUAUGUCACAGGCAUGUUUAUAUGUGAUAUCCUUUUAUUUCAGAGCCUUGUAUACUAUACCAAAAGUGUUUGAAGUAUCCUUCCUAUAAAGCUUGCCUUACUUACAUUUUGUUCACUUUCCGCUGAGACACAAAAUCAAUUGAUUUAGGUUAGAGUUAGCUCUAGAAAUUGUAUGUAAAGCCUUGUCCAAAUAAAUCUACUGAAUGUUAUCCUUAUUUCUUGGAACUCAUAUGAGCUUGGUUAAUAACGAUGAUCUACUACUACCUGUGCAAUGUUGCUAUCUGAAUGUAUAACUUGAUUCAUUAUAGAAUAGAUGCAUGUGAAACCUGAUUAUAGAUCAGGGGUCGGCAAAGUAUACAGGCCAUGGGCUGGAUCACUCCCACAGAGAUCGUCCGUGGGUCGGACUGGCAUAGUGCAGCACCGGAAAUUGCUUCUGUGCAUGUCCGCAGUGCGGGAAAUUGCUUCUGCACAUGCCCAGAUGCAGAAAAUUGCACCUGCGCAGAAGCGAUUUUCGGCGUCUGGACAUGCGCAGAUUUGAUUUCUGGUAUCUGUGCAUGCGCAGCCUCGAUUUCCAGCGCCGCUUGGUGAGUCCUCGCGCCUUGCUGCGCCAGUUAAGCACAGUGUGCAGGGGACUCGCUGAGCAAGCAGCUCGGUUCGGGGGCGGCUCGUGGACCAGUAGAACAGUCUUCGUGGGAUGCAUGGGCCUCACGUUGCCGACCCCUGUUAUAGAUCAUUCACUUUGUGUUUCAGGCUUCAUCUGUAAUUAUGGUUCACUUUUCUCUUGAAUACAAACAUAUAUUUUAUGCUUAGUAAAUUUUAGCAGUUCAAGCUCUGAAAUGUUUUCAGGUUUACAAGAACACCAGCCCUAAUGUGCAACAAAAUGAAAUGUAUAGAGUAAAAGUAAAUCAAAGGAAAGCAGUGGUUUGCAGAACACUUAGGCAUACAUUGGGCACAGUUCACUUAAUGAACCAUAGUAGUAGAAGCCCUGCACAAUGCACUUGCACAAUGGGACUUCUCCCCCCUGCUCCUCCCAUGUACCCCCAUAAUUGGGGAAGACCUUUAGAACAGUGUGCAGGGGAAGCUGGGCUCAUUCCAUUGGCAAGCUGAUGUGCUUGCACAGAUGGAACGUUUGUAAUGGCACAGUGUUAAAUUCCACCCAUUGUCACAUUCAGAAAUGUACUACAUUCAGAAAUAUGGAAUCCCUAAAAAUCUGCACAAACCAACUCUGUAAGCAUCUUUUGGUAGGCUUUGAAUCGCUUCACAAAGUAAAUCUAUCACAAUGCCAAUGGACGUGUAAUGUGCCUGAUUUUCAUAGUUGAAUAUGCAUGUUUAUUAAUCAAUUUCUGUAUUCACUUUCAUAGAUUAAAAAAAUCAACAGGAAUUUCCCCGUAAACCAGCAGGUAAGAGAAGAAAAAAUAUGUUUUGAAACCUUAAUAUCCAAUUGUACUGUCUCUGGCGAAAUAAGCCUUCAAUAAUCAUCUGAAGCCCUUCUUCAUGUGUUCCCCUCCACUAGAGGUCUGGAGGAUGGCAACAUGAGAAUGGGCCUUUUCUGCAGUGGCUCCCAGUUUGUGGAAUGCUCUCCCCAGGGGGGCUGAUCUAGUGCCAUCAUUAUAUAUCUUUAGGCACCAGGCUGACUCUUUCAAUAGUGUGUCCCAUUUCACAAAAUUAACAGCCAGAAAGACUAUAGACAACACAACAUUCAGAGAUGCUUCUGAAUUUCACACUGGGUUUUGGAGUCCUAAAUUAUUUGGUGGCAUUUCCAAAGUUGUACACUGCAAUAAAGGGAAACUUGAUCGCAUGCAUGAUAGUUUCAAGUUUUGUGUGUGUUGUGUUUUAAUUAUGCAAACUGAUAAAACACCUCAAAAAAGGAAAGUCAAGUUGAUUGUAAAUACGGCUGCAUAAAUACAUAAAUGCCUUAGUAAAAAACUAUACAAAAAGCACAUCGAUGCACUCUUACAUACCAUUGCUUCAAGAUUGCUCUUUUGCAGUCAUAGAAAAUGUGUAUGCAUUGGUAAUGUAGGGAGAGGAAAAGACACAAAUAAAUUGAAUGGAAAGAAAGCCACAGAAAAUUGCAUAUGGCCUUCAAGUUCCUGGUUUCUUUUAAGAAAUUAUCAUUGUCAAAUCAAAAUCCUAAUUAGACCAGAGUGAACCAGAGGAACAAAAAAGCUACUGAAGAAUGCCUCUAAUACAUUUUUUAAAAUUAUGUCAUUCAUAAAAUUAAAGCAGAUUGUUGUGAUCUAGACAUUGCAUAGUACUGGAUUCAGCAUGUAAGAUUGUUUCUUCCAUGAGCUGUUGCAUGGGUGAAAACAGGUGCCUGGUAGCUUCUGUUUUUGUAUGGAAGAGUGUAGGGUCAUGGAUUUUAAUUAUUGUCUAAGUGUUGCAUAUAAUUUGGAUUUAUAUCCAAAAUAACAGCAAAAAAAUAAUAAUAAUCAGAAUUGGGUGGUAUUUUAAAGGUGUUCAUAUUUUUAAAAAAUUACAUGGAUUGAAGGCAGGAAACUACAAGGCACCAUGAUGUCAUGUUGUGAUGUCGUAUGCUACAGAGGAGGAGUUAGAUGUGUGGCUGUUGUUUUCAAGGAAAGCUGCCAUUUAAAAUACUGCAAGGAUCCAAUGAAAGGUCUUUUGGUUCUUUUCUUUUUGUCUCUCUCUCUCUCUUUUAAAAAUGUCUAACCCUGAAACUCCUGAUAACCCAAUUCUGAAAGAAUUGCUGUUUCAAGUUGUUGUCUCCAUAAAAAGCUAUUGUCUCACUUGUUCUGGAUUUCUUUCAACUUAGCUUGUUUAUUCACAUGUUUUAUUUCAUUAAGUUAUAUAUGAGUCUUCUUUUAGCCCCUCAAACGCCUCCUCAGUUAUUAUUAUAAACACCUUGUGAUUCAUUCUAUAGCAUGAAUUUUCAAGCUUGGUAAUAGAUCUCCAGACACUGUCCUGAGGCAGAAGGAGCUCACCAUCUGAAAGCAUUACAGCACUAGAGGGAAAUGAUAGAGGGGGAGGGAAAUUUCCAUUCCUUUCCACGAAAGGAGGCUCCAAGAGCACUGCAAUUAGAAAAUGUCAAGGUGACAUAUAAGGGCUUCUAUAUUUGGUCUGCCAAGUUAGGACAGAGAAACGCAGGUGUGCUUCAUUUUCUUGGAAUUCAUCACUGCCGAGCAGCUGUUUAUCAGUGACAGAAAAUGUCAGUACCUGGGAGAGAUGGGAACAGUAAUAAGUGGUGGUGAAUUCAAAAAGUUAAUGUAAACAUUUUCUUAAAAAUAAACAGAUGCACAAUUUAAUUUCCUCCAGGUUUCCAGAUCCUUUUUGCGUUGUCCGUCCCCUUCCUGUUCCUUGUUAUUUUCUGAACCAGAUACAAACAACACUCAAGCUGGUCAGGCAUGCUGGAUUUUUGCUUUUGCGUAGUGAGUUUUCAGUAUGGUAUCAUUUUUCUUUCAGAAGAUGACUUCUGUUAAUCUCAUAAUGCAGAGGUUUUUGAGUCCACGGCUCCCUCGACCAACUCCAUUCUUUCUUUGGCAGCCCUGUGGGGCUCAGGAGCCCAGUUAUGUCACCCCUUGCCUGCAUAGCUGGCAGCCUCUCACCCUUUUUCAAACACCCUCCCUUGUGGAGUCUUCCCUCAGCCUCUUCUCCUCUUCUCUUCUCUCCCCUCUCCUUGGCAGUCCUCCAGGUACCCACUGCUGACAUCCCUGGUCUCUGAGCUGCCCCACCCCACCCCAAAGAGAGGUGUCUCCUCACACUGCCCCAUAGGAGCAUGGGAAGCACCCCCAGGCCAGGCCCAGAGGCUCUUUCUGCCUGGGGAGCUUAUAGCCAGGGCUGGUGCAACAAGCAGCUGUGCAAGCUUUGGGAGGCAGAGGUGCAAGAGGGCAUCAGAGGAGGAGCUUCCCUGGAACUGAAUGGAAUGCGAAGCAGUAGGUCAGAAGCCAUUUACUCACAGGUGCCUCAUGGGUGCGUACCCUAAAUGCCACGUUGUAACAAAAUGACAGGCAGUUGGAAGCCAAAUUAUCCUCAUAUGGCCCAAAUCAAAUGGUAGAGAGUAGGCUGAAGGUGUACUCCAAGGACAAUGAAAGGUACUCUUAAAUUCCUACUAACCCCCCAGAGGUGGCUGGGUAAUCAUACACUGCUUAAAGGGUGGGUGGGUCAUUGCAAAAGCACAGGAUGAGGAAGAUGAGAUGAGCCAUAUAAAGAAGAGCAGCCACCCUCACCAAUGACAUGAUUCCCUCCCCACACUCCUCCUCACGCAAGGAGGAAGGCUAAAAACCCUCCUCUGAGCAAGAUAGGGUAAAUUUGCUCCUCCAUAAGAUGGUCACCUGGCAUUAGCAAUAAUUCCACCCACCCCCUAUGGGCAGUGGGUGGGGUGUAUGUGCUUUCUUGGGCUCGUUCUUUUGAACAAUUAGGACAGAGAUUUACUAAAGGUCUAGAGGCAGUCAUGUUUAUUAAAAUGCAGGCACUUGGGGUUACCAUUCCUAACUAGGCCCUUGUCACCGCAGCAGAUCACAUUUAUUGUCCCCCUUGUGUGUGUUUUGAGGAUCCAUUUGUAAAGAGGAGCAAAGCUAUCAGGGACAAGAUGAUAGGACAGUAUUUAUCUGACUAAUAGACAUCUGUGUUGAAGCUGACUACAUACAAAUAUUUUCACUGUGAAAUAAUAAGCGCCAAGUAGACAUCAUUCAUAUUAUAACUCUGCAGAGCGGUAAAAUUAAAAAUGAGCGCUGAAAUAAAUGUAUUAAUGUUAGGGUUUUAGGCAUUUAGUGGGAUCAGUUACAUAUUGAAACAAUUGUCUCCAUAUAUGUUUCUAAUACCUAAAGAAGAAGGAAAAUGUAUGGCCACAUGUGUGGGUGUCUCUCUGUGUGUACACUCACACUGCUUUGAGAUAUUUGACUCUAUAUGGAGAUAAUUGCUUCAAUUCUCCAUAGUUGUUUCUCAAAAACUUUUAACUUAGCAUCCCUUGACAGAAAUCAAUGGAAUUUUUUUAAUGUCUUAGAAUAUACUUGCCCCGUCACCAUCUGUUGUCACCAAACAUAUUUUUGAUCAGGCUCAUCACGACGAGGAAGGCACUAGGUUGAAACAACUAUUGCUAAGUGUGUAUAAAAACGCAUAGGGGAGCUGGGUUCUUGCUGUUAAAUUAAGCAGAAGUGCACACCAGGGUGUCAAUUACGCUGCGAUAAUUCCCUCAUAUUGCCCUGUCAGCUGUCUGUGCAACUAAGCAUUGAUUAUUUUCGCAACUAAUGUUUGAUUAUUUUUGCAUUGAUUUGAGCUGAGAAUGCCUUUGUUAUUACAUGUUUACUUGGUUUUAUUUAAAGGAAGAGAAUUCCCCAAAGAGAGUUGUAAAAGAAAAAGAGGUAAAAGAGAUGUAAUGUAAUUCAUUCUCAUUACUGCUUUAGAUUCUUCUGAGAAGCCUUAUUUCUUCAGUCUGGGAUUCUUUAGGCUUCUCAUGUUUUGAGAAUGUAUGCCUUUCUUGGUGUGCUUCUGCACUGUGUCCCAAGUUACGUGGCAAGUGUUUGAGAAGCUUUUAGGCCGAAUGUGUGUAGCAAUUCCCUUUCCUGGUUUUUUUUAAAAAAACACAGUGCAUGGUUCUCUGUCUGCAGGAACAGUGCAGGGUCCUGGUAGCCAGUUGGUUAACUGCGCAUUUGGCAAGUGGGCUUUCCUACAGAUGGUCAGCUUGAAUGCUUGCUGUGCACAUUGGCAUGCAAUGCAUGCUGUAUUCAUGCAAAGACGGUUAAGGUAAAUUAAGAGAGCUGCUGGAAAUGCCAGGUAGAAGGAAUGGGACAUUAGCCAGCUUCCCGAAUCCGAAGGAAACUCAAUAGGGAUUGGUGGAAAUCCAGAGAGAAAAGCAUGGUUUUGUUGCUGCUGUUGUUUGAAAUUUUAGAGUGUAACCUAGCAGUUCUGUCAAUAUCCACUUCCAUGUGAUAGUGAUACAUAGCAAAGUCGUGCUAUUGUGAGCCAUGCACUUGCGUCUAGAUCUCAUUGAAAUAUCCUUGAGAUGUGAGCAGCUUUCAUCUGCUACAGUGGAUGCAUAUUAGCAGCUUUGCAUUUCCUUGACCAUGAUUAUAUUUAGAGUUGGGUCUCAUAUACAUCCACUGUAAGGAUGAAGGAACAAAAUCCACUUGAAAAUUAGCCCGGCUGAAUUGAUUCAAAAUAAUUUUACUAGGCACAGUUUAGGCAUUCCCAGUACAAUUCUAUUCAUGGUUACAGAACUAAUAAUUCUUGUGUUUAGAAUGUGAAAACAUUGAGUAAGCCUAGAUGAAUGUUAUUCCUUAGGAAACUGUAUAAACUCCAUAAAUUAAUUGGAACUGAUGAUGUAGACAUUUUAAGUACAGCUAUGCAUAACACUUAACUUUUACAGAAGGACGUUAAAAUUUAGUUUAUAGAAAUCAUGAAAAAAUGUUUUAUUAUUGUCUGCUCUAUUUCUGGUCAAACAAUAUUUCUUAACAUGCCAUGGUAUCUUUAUCCCUAAAGUAUUUUGUGGAGUGUAGAUGUUCUAGCUGCACACUCACCCAAGAAGACAGUAUUUUGACAGUAUCCAUUUGAUAUUCACUCUUUAGAUUCACCGGCAGCAAAGUAGUUCAAACAAAUUCCAAAAAGAUGUAUCAUGUAUGCAUAGGAUGUUCCCUGCAAAUUUCUAAGAUGACAUUCUGUUGAUCUGGCACUGAUAUGUUGUCAGUUCUGCUGUUCAUCUCCAUAAGCAGAAUCUUCCAACAACCUAAGUAUAACUAUAUUUAUGCUUGAAGAUGAUAAUACCUGUAAAAGCAUUUUGGGCUUUACUCACUCAACACUCCCCCCCAUCCCCGAUUCAAAUAUUGUUAUCUUGUUAUGGCAGGUUUGUUGUCAUAGGAUAUUAUUCUUCUAUGCAAGAACAAAGAAAUCUAGGAUAUUUCAGACUCACACCCUCACUGAUCAUCUUGGACCAUUGAUAGGACAUUUAUCUAUGAAACUGCAUGCCAUGCUCUUCUGUAUUCCUUUAAUGUGAAAAGUUUCGGCACAUAGGCAGUAACCGUAGGGGUGGUGAUGCCAGGAUAAAACUGCCAUGGAAAUAGACUUCUUUGAAACCCUUCUUUGAAAAGCAUACAAUACUUGUCUCCUAGUUUUCCCGCUCCUGUUGUUUUUAUCUUAACAUCAAGAGCUGAAAUUCAGGAAGGCAUUUGAUUUUUAUACUUAUUUUAUUGCAGUAUGGUAAAGCUUUCAGCAUCAACUAGUAAAUGGAAAUAAUGUUAACUUUCAUAUUAUAAUUUACAGGGGAUCUGGCAUUAGUUUACUUUCUCAUUAUAUUAGAGUAUUGAAGAUCUGUCAGGUAAUAAUGAAUACAUUCAACCUAGUGCCCCAUACCUCCAAAUAUAUAGCCUAACAUAACAGUCAUGCUGUUUAUUAUGGGAGCUCGGGGAAAGAGAAACUAUCAGAGCCUUAAAUCAAUGCAAUUUAAAGUCUUUGUUAUUGAUCAGUUCAUGAAAUAUGGUGUACAUCCAUCUAUAGCUUCAUCUAGCUUAUAGAAGUUGUACUAGUCAAACUAGCUGCUCAUGUGAGCUUAGUCCAAAGCUCUCAAUAUGCCUCAGAUGUUAGGACUGUAUACUUAGGAAUAAAAAUAGGAAAUAUAAAUUAAAUAAUGAUAAAAGAUGAAUGAAUAAAGUACUGCCAAAUGUUUGUCUCUCUCAAAAGCCUUUCUUAAGAUAAUUUCUGUCCUCGGGUUUAGAUAGAUAGACAUGUUUUUGAAUUUCCAUCCUGGCAAAUCUUACCUCCCCCUGCCCCAGUCUCCCUUCCUCACAUUGCAGAGCAGCAUACAUACAUCUGCGACUAAGAUUUUGGAAAUUUCUAAGGCAAUGGAAAUGGCAAUGUGUAUGCCUAUUGUAUGAUUCCUGAAAAGUAUAUCUCCUUCCCUGUCUUUGAAAUAUUGUCUGAAAAUCUUAGAAGAACAUGCGUCCCAUAGCUAACAUUGAGAUUUUCAAAUUACCAUGUAUUCUGUUUAAGCAUACAGUUCACUCUUUCGUAGUGUGCAAUAGGGUAUAAACAUGCUUAUCUUCAUAUGGACUGUGCCCAUUGUUCAGUAGGUUUUUACAGCAAUCUCAUAUAAAUCAUUUAAUCCACCUGAGGAUUUGAUAGACUCUUUGAAAUCUGUUUUGAGCUGUGUUCUUAAGUGUAAUUAGCCUUCAAGCUCACAGUUUGGCCUUGAGUUGCAAGUCAUGAUCUCUCAUCCUGACUUAUCCCAGAAGGCAGUCGUGAGGAUAAAAAGCAGCUCAGAUGAAGUGCAGAAUACAAAUUCCACUAUGUCUUUAGUGCAUAAAAUAUGCAGGUAGUUAAGGAUGCUGCAUAAGAGACAGAAUGCAAAAAGAGAGGGGGGGCAAAAAAGAGAAUUCUCUUCCUUAAUUCUGUAGUGUAGGGAAGUUUUGUCAGUUUCAGUUUGGUGGGCAAGCUUGAAGCAAAGUGGAUGGGGAUGCAAAAUACGGAGAAGAGGGUUUGAGCACGCAGAAAGAGUGUUUCCCAGUAACCACAACCAGUCAAGAGGUAUCUGGGAUUAGAGGGCCAGUUUUGAUCUUCAGACAGAGCAUAUCUAUGUGGGGUUGCCAACUUUACUGGUAGGGUUUCUGUACGUUUCAAAAGAGGUGGAUCACCUGCAUCCCUCCCAGUUUUUCAGGACUCCCAAUUCAUAUCCAGUGGUCAGGGACCACAAGAGUUGUAGUCCAACAGCAUCUGGAGGGCCACCCCUUUUUAACAGUUGUCUGUAUCUAUACUAGGAAAAGCUCUGUCUUGCCUCCACUUCCAAAAUGGCAAUUAUGGUUGCAUCUCUUCUUUUACAAUUUAAGCUUUGCUUACUAAAUUAAUUUAAAUAUCUCUUGCUUCACAGCCCUACAUAGAAUCAUAGAAUCAUAGAGUUGGAAGAGACCACAAGGGCCAUCGAGUCCAACCCCCUGCCAAGCAGGAAACACCAUCAGAGCACUCCUGACAUAUGGUUGUCAAGCCUCUGCUUAAAGACCUCCAAAGAAGGAGACUCCACCACACUCCUUGGCAGCAAAUUCCACUGUCGAACAGCUCUUACUGUCAGGAAGUUCUUCCUAAUGUUUAGGUGGAAUCUUCUUUCUUGUAGUUUGGAUCCAUUGCUCCAUGUCCGCUUCUCUGGAGCAGCAGAAAACAACCUUUCUCCCUCCUCUAUGUGACAUCCUUUUAUAUAUUUGAACAUGGCUAUCAUAUCACCCCUUAACCUCCUCUUCUCCAGGCUAAACAUGCCCAGCUCCCUUAGCCGUUCCUCAUAAGGCAUCGUUUCCAGGCCUUUGACCAUUUUGGUUGCCCUCCUCUGGACACGUUCCAGUUUGUCAGUGUCCUUCUUGAACUGUGGUGCCCAGAACUGGACACAGUACUCCAGGUGAGCUCUGACCAGAGCAGAAUACAGUGGCACUAUUACUUCCCUUGAUCUAGAUGCUAUACUCCUAUUGAUGCAGCCCAGAAUUGCAUUGGCAUUUUUAGCUGCCGCGUCACACUGUUGGCUCAUGUCAAGUUUGUGGUCAACCAAGACUCCUAGAUCCUUUUCACAUGUACUGCUCUCAAGCCAGGUGUCACCCAUCUUGUAUUUGUGCCUCUCAUUUUUUUUGCCCAUGUGCAAUACUUUACAUUUCUCCCUGUUAAAAUUCAUCUUGUUUGUUUCUGCCCAGUUCCCUAAUCUGUCAAGGUCGUUUUGAAGUGUGAUCCUGUCCUCUGGGAUGUUAGCCGCCCCUCCCAGUUUGGUAUCAUCUGCAAAUUUGAUCAGGAUGCCCUUGAGUCCAUCAUCCAAGUCAUUGAUAAAGAUGUUGAAUAAGACCGGGCCCAAGACAGAACCCUGUGGCACCCCACUAGUCACUCUUCUCCAGGAUGAAGAGGAACCAUUGAUGAGCACCCUUUGGGUUCGGUCAGUCAGCCAGUUACAGUUCUACAUUGCCUCACUCUUGAGCAUAUUGAUUUGAAAAACUCAUUUCAAAUAUGAAAAUGCUGUAUUUCAUAUGGAUUUUUUUCCAAAUUUUACCAGUAGCAGCUUGGAAUAAUUAGAACUUAUGUACUAAAGGUGCAUAUGUAGGUGAAGUCACACUUAUUUCAAUGGAUUUGUACGUAAGCUCAGACAUAGGAGGUUGUUACAGCACAAUAGCACAAUGAAAUUAAGAUAAUAAGAAGUUCAGCUGCAAUUCUGUGCAGAUUUGUCUGAAAAUAAGCUAAAAAUAAAAUAUGCCUUCCUGGAUCAGACCAAAGGUCACACAAGACGCUUCUGGGAAACCCACAAUGAGAAUAUAAAGGAUGUUCCUAGCAACUCCUACUGAGAAUAAUACCGCCUCUGAUAUUUGAGGUGACAUAUAGCCAUAUGAUUUAAUUUGUCAUUGAUAGUUUUGCUCCAUGGAUUUAUCUAAUUGCCUGUUGGUCAUUGAGCUUCAUGUCCACCUGUUUGGGAGCCAUUUCCUUAUCUCAUAGCCAUCAACAGAUGGAAAAUCAGUUUGCAGUGUAAGCACUUUAACUUAAUCAGGUCACUAGGACUCUUAUUCUAUUUUGAAAUGAAUGUUAGAUUUUUGUGUGAAGUUUAAAGAAUCUGAAAGUCAUACUGCUGUAUAUGCACACAAACAGUUUAUUCAGUGCUACUGUAAAGAGGGGCUAGGCCACAUAGAUAAAUGAGAACAUAUAUUUUAAGCUGCAAAUGAUCUAGCAACAGCUUCUGUUCCAAAUCUACAGCUGCCCUCCCAUUUAUCUUCAACCCUUAAAUACUAAAUUUUACAGCCUGUGUAUGGCAGCCUCAUCUAUCUUUCACAUCAACCUUCUGGAAUCAUGAAAUGCAUUUCUGAGAAGGAUCCAUUGUGCGCUUUGCAGGAAGGAAAAUAUUAUCCCAUGUUCAGCUGCCAGGGAAGGUGCUUAGAAUUCAUCAAACUUUUUUUUUUUUUAAGUUGUUGGGAAAUCAGUAUAUGUUGCUUGUGGGUUGGCUGAACAAAAUUAUAGAAGACAGGAUAGGCCAAACUGGGAGUUCCUCUCUGCUUUAGUGGGCAUUUUGUCGGCUAUCUUUCCAGUACUACUGAGCCACAAACUGAAAUGUUCCGAACCACCUGCCUCUUUGUGAUCCCUCAAGCUUCCUGCUUUUAGUACCUCUCAGGUUGUCCCCUCCUCUGAGGUGUGGCCAGUUUCUCACUAACAGGAACCAAGAUCUAAGUAGUCUUCUGUGCCUUCCCUGGGGGACUCUUGGGCAGGCAGCUUCCACCACUCUUCCCCAUCCUGCCAGUCGCUGACACUAGCAGUUAUUGAUAGCCUUAUCCCCAUGAAUGUUUCUACUCGCUUUUGACAUGCAGAGUGACACCGCUUCCAGUACGUACUUCCCUGGCCUUCCUGUAUAGUUUUAAUCCAUGUAAUUGGUUUUAUUUCCUUUUAUGCAUUUUUAUUUUUGCAAAGUUUCUGAGUUUAUUUUAUAACAAGUGAGGCCUUUUGUUCUUUAUAGCAUAAAGAAAGCAAAAUCUUAUGACCAAAGCUUGAUUUAAUAAAACCAGUUCAGGACCUCAGCUAGUCUUAUAGCUGGGUUGCUUUAGACAAGUCAAUCUUCCCAUGGUGGUUAUUAGAAGGAAUGAAAUAAAUAAGAAAAUGCUUGUAAAUUGUAAUGCAUAUACCUACAGCAUACACACAGAUGUAAAGGAGCAUAGCCCCAUAUAGCAUAAAACCCACAAAGUUAAUCUGCCACUUUCUUAUUUGGGAAAUUUAUUUCAGUGUUGAUGCUUCUUCUGGGCAACAAUAAACUUCAUUUCUGGAAGUUCUGCUUGCUAAGUUACUUUAAAUGAGUUGCAUCAGAUAAUAUGUUUUUGGAAUCUGCCAACCAUGAAAAAUUCUUCAUUACUAAUCUAGUUUUGAUGAAGUAAUGAAAUGAGAUAUAAUCUGGAGAUCUUAAGAACUACAAUACAUUCUUUUCGGUUUCAGCUUUACAUUGAAAUUCAGCUGAUUUUACAUACGUUAUGAAUCCAUUUCACAUGUCCUCUUAUAUACAAUUGCUGUAAUAGAUUGUUAUAUCUAUCACAAUCACUUCAAGACUUGAAAUUGGAAUUAUAUACCUUGAUUAUUCUAUCCUCUUUCAAUUAUAGGCAUUGAUUUCUCUUGUAGAAGAUUAAUGGCCCUUUCUAUAAUGGUAUAAUUCUGCUAGCAAUUUAAUCUUAUGUCUACAUAUUAUCAAGUUUGAUUAUUUCUGAUGUUUGUGUUCCUAUAACUUUCUUUUAGACAAACCUGACUGCUGUGUAGUAAACUAUUUGGAGUGUGAUUAAAUGGAUCAGUUUGUAAUUUGUGAUUAAUUUUAUAGAAGCGCAUUCAAAAUCCAUGUGAUAGAAACAAAAAAAGGUGGAUUGACUGUAAAUACUGGGAAGAAAGACCAGUACACAAUGGUACUGGGGCUGGAGAUGGAUCAUGUAAGAGCAAUACUGUAUCUUUGGCUGAAAAUUGAGCUGAAAGUAGCUAUCUUGAGCCAUAAACCAUGAUAAGUCACAGCGGAGCAGCUUCAGAAGUCAGAAUGCAGGCAGUAUAGUAGGAAAUCAAGAUUGAAGAGUGGUCCAGAGAGACUAAAUAGCAACAACAAAAUGACUUACUGCCAAGGAAAGGGGAUAAGUAGAAUUAUCUUGCAAUAAAUUGGUCUCUCUCAAUUCUUAGCCACCCUGUAGUGCCUGAAUAUAAACGAGAAGCAAGCUCUUAGGGGGUGGGAGUAGGUCAUUUAGUUAUCCAGACAUUAGUGUUAUGCCUGUAAGUUAGUUCCACUGGAAAUUCAAUAUCCAAAAGACUUACCCAAAGCAUACUUUAUCCCCGCUGCCUCAACACUAUUAAGUUAAUCCAAGCCCACUAAGACUUCUGGACUUCUUUGCAGUCCCAGCUCAAUUUGUCUUUCACAGCUAUAAUUUUUAUAGUAGCAAACAGUCUGCUGUGGAUUUUCAGGGGGAAUGUGAAGCAGUACACAAGACUCUCUGAUGCAUGGUAAAUUCUUGGUCACAAUGUGUAGGAAACUCAUAUCAAAGAAUUUGUGGAGAACAGCUCUGUGGAGACUGUCAAUGAAUGUCCCUAGAUCCUUGAGCAAACCAUAGCAUUCCUUUGAAAAAAAGGACAGUAGGGUCCUUUUAGUGAUAAAUUUGACAGCUUAAUGGGAUUACAGAAUAAUGUUUCUAGGUGAGCAGGUGAGUGGCAUGGCAAGUAAACAAGACACAUUGAUGAUUUCUUACUGUAUAGAUAUGUUGGAUUGUAUAAAACUAGACAUGCAUCAACAACUAUAGACACUAACACGUAUAUGUUGCAGCUGCAGGGCCAUGUGCAGCGAGCCCCCAGGAGCCAGGAAGGGGUAGUGAAACAUAAGAAUAAACAGGCACAACAAUGUUCUGGAACUGAAAACAGCCACAACUUUAUUGAUCACAGAUGCUGGUAGGCUUUGGCUUAGGCACUGGGGAUGUCUCUGAGUCAGUCUCCUGACUGAUGGCUGACAUUGAACAGGGUUGUAUCUGGAUGAAGGGAUGCCUCACAAUGCAGGUCAGCCAAGCUGACCCCCAGGCCAGUUAAAUUUUCAGUUGCGCUAAUGUUUCCAAACUAACAAUAUAUAAAAUUAACAAACUGGAAUUUAACAGUGUAGAUCACAAAUAAAACUAUAUGGUAACACAAAGCAACUAACUUACUUUUCUGAACACUAUUCAAAGUCUUGGUGCUGAUCUUUAAAGCCCUAAAUGGCCUUGGCCCUGUAUACCUGAAGGAGCGUCUCCACCCCCUUUGUUCAGCCCGGACACUGAGAUCCAGUAUCAAGGGCCUUCUGGUGGUUCCCUCACUGCGAGAAGUGAGGUUACAGGAAACCAGGCAGAGUGGCAUCCACCCUGUGGAAUGCCCUUCAAUCAGAUGUCAAGGAGAUCAAUAUAUCUUUUAUGAGACAUCUGAAGGCAGCCCUGUAUAGGAAAGCUUUUUAAGGUUUAAGGUUUUAUUAUGUUUCUAUAUAUGCUGGAAGCCGCCCAGAGCAGCUGGGGCAACUCAGUCAGAUGGGCGGGCUGCUAUGAUGAUGAUGAUGAUGAUGAUGAUUUGAAAGACACAGGUAAAUAAAAAGGGUCUGAAGUUGCAUUUUGAAAUGGGAGUUUUGAAAGCCAGACUUGAAGGUCAGCUGUCAUUGAUGUUAUAUGCAUUAGGGCAGAUUAUGAAAAUUAGAGAGCCUUUCUUUCUUUCUUUCUUUCUUUCUUUCUUUCUUUCUUUAAAAACUUUGUAUAUUGAGGAAACAGAGUGUGAGAGUUAAAUAUAUUCCCAUUUCCAUGGAAUAUAGCCAGUGCUUUUUUUCUGGGGGGAUGCAGGGGUACGCAUACCCCUAAACAUUUUGUGAAUCUAAGUUUGGCCUCAUUGAGGGGCAGUCUUUCAAUUUAAGUAGGAAAAUGAGAGUACCCCUAAACAUUUUUUAAUGGAAAAAGCAUGGAAUAUAGCUUCGUGUGUGUGUGUGUGUGUGUGUGUGUGCGCGCGCGCAUGAGUGUGUGUGUUGUGUCUCUAACACCCUGUUAUAGUGUGUAUGUUGAGAGCAAGUGCUUAGAUGAGGGUCUGCCCACACCAUCUACUGGAAUGCACCCCCCUAGCAGCUUUCUAACCAGUUAAUAUGGCCCUUGGCUGAAAAAGAUUUCUCACCCCUGGACGUUUGGGUUGUAAAAUCCGAUAAGAUGGGUUUUUGACACAGGCUUUGGUGGCAUUUUGUAAGAGUAAAUGAGAAGCAUGGGGAAGGCUUUUAAGGCAAAAAGCCAUUUCAUAGAAUCAUAGAAUCAUAGAGUUGGAAGAGACCACAAGGGCCAUCGAGUCCAACCCCCUGCCAAGCAGGAAACACCAUCAGAGCACUCCUGACAUAUGGUUGUCAAGCCUCUGCUUAAAGGGUGGUUCAGAAUGGUAGAGCUGAAAAAAACAAAUGGCACGGGGGGAUAUAUAUUGGGCUAAAGCAGCAGAAAAAUUGGGGUGAACAUGGGAAGGUUUGAAAAUAUGGGCAAGGAGUUGCAUCUACUUUCCUGCUCUCUGAUCCCCACAACAUAGGUUUUUGCAUGCAGGGACUACUUAUUUGGUGAUCUAUGAGGUGUUUAUCCAACUAUGCUUCUCCCCCCCUUUUUUUGUAAGAUUUCUUUUAGGUAAGUGAGCAAAUCAGUAAUAUAAAUUACUUACAGUUCUGCUGAAACAAAGUUAUAGGGUCUCCCCCUUUCCCUGAUCAAUUUCAUAUCUUGCAAUGCAGCAAGAGAUGGUCUUGAAUAUUGCUUCUGAUAUCUUGUAGUCUUUUGAAUUAACAGUUUGACAGGUGCUGUACGGUCUGAAUCAAAAAUAUCCUUUUUAUGUUAAUAAAUCUUUAAUAAAAGAAAGGCCCAUCAGUGAAAUCAAUCUAAUUCAUUCACAUGAUGUAGAGAGACAAGGGAGCAAUAUAUCAAAGAGCAAUUGCUUUAAAUUUCCGGGACUGCUUUAAUACUGGGGGAAAAAAUCCAGUGUGAAAUAUCAAUGCAUCUAUAUAGAACAAAUGGCUUUAUCUGGGUUGAUAAAUGACAUCAGACAUUAUGAAAUAUUAUCAAGGUUUUCAGAGAGAAAAUCUGUUAAAUGAACAAAAUCCCUUGCUUAUAAAUUAAAUAUUCCCAGUUCUCACACAUACUUGAUUAACUUUAUUUAUGGGAACUAGCAGAUCAGAAUCUCAAGAUAUUGGACCUGCAAAUGUAGGAGCCAUCAUGUAAAUUUUCUUCCUUAUCUAUCAGUUGAAUAGCUUGCAGUGGCAGUAGCAAACUCCACAAAGGCAUUGUAGAAAUCAGUUGUGUCUAAAAGUCAUCAAGGGUAUAGACCAUUUUAGUUGGCCCUACAUCCUUCAAGGGUCGGUAACUCCUAUAAUAUUGGCACAAAGGUGACAAGCCUGGUAGCUGGAUCUAGUCUACUGAGCCAUUUCUGGUGGUCCUGUGACAAUUAGGUGCUUCUUGCCUUGAAAGAUGGCCUCUUCUCCCAGAUUCAAAAGCAGCGACUCUUUGAUGCAAAGGAAGUGCGCUUCCAAUUCUUCUUCAUUUUAUCCACAGCUUGAUUUUUUCCCCAAUUUCCAGUAAAAAGCUACAUUCAAAGUCACAAGUAGUUAGUAGAUGAGAUGUUUUUUCAAUAAAUCACAGCAACUCUUCCAUGCUGCUAGUUUUGAACUAAGUAGAAACUAGAGAAGGGAAAAUCUUUCGAUGCAUAAAAAUACAAUUGCUUAGGCCUAGUGUUUCAAUUACAGUUUUAAUCAGGGGCACUAAAAACAAAGACAUGCUAUAUUCUCCAUGUAGUCUACUGUCAAGUAAUUCAUUUUACAGUGAAUGCAGUUUAAAGAGACAGUAACAUUGUCCGAGUUAUGCUUUUCUUUUGCUUCUAAAAGAGGUUAAAAACAGGCACUUGGGUCACAAUAUUUUUUUUGCUCAACCCUAAGACUCAGGUUCAUGGUCCACUAGAAGAUGAGUAUCCUCACAAGUGAUUAUGACCAUCAUAUGAUACCAUGUUUUGGCAAUGUUAUGAAUGAUGUUUGGACAGCUGGUACAUCUCUCUCAGUAUAAUAUAAUAGAGUUUCCUGUAACAAAACUGUCACAUAAAGUUUGCAAACACGCUUGAAUGCAGUGUUAAGUAUAUUUGUUGCAACAUCAUUUUCACAUAAUAAUCUAAUGUGGGGAAGUGCAAUUAUAUUCUUUUAUGCAAUGCAGUGAAAAUUUAUUUCCAUCUUCUCCUUUUUAUUUCACACAGUUGCAAAGAAAACCAAAAAGAAGCAUUUCAUUAGGAAUUUUAAUUAACAGUGGGCUGUUUGCACAAUUGAAGGCUUGAAAUUAUGUAUGGGAUGAGUUGUGCAUGCCAUGUAUAUUGUUGAAUGACUUUCUGUGUGAAUAAAUCUUGAGUGACACGUAUGCACAAUUCAAGACGUGGAUUGUGUCAGCAGAAAUUUCGUGGGACUUCUAGAAACAGGCUGUUGAAAGUUGCAUAUUUUCAUAACAAAUGUUCAUCGUAUGUGUGUAGAAUUUGUCAAAACUAUUUGUAUUUUCUGCCAGAUAGUCUACACAGGCUGGACAGAAGAACGGGAACAAGAUUCUCUUCAGGACAGAAUGUAUACACCAAAGUUUCUAGCGUUGAGAGGUUCUUCACUUUAUAAAUUUAUAGCACCUCCAGUAAGUAUUAGUACCAUUUAUUGGCUGCCCAUUAAAUGGUUUUUAUGAAAUUGAUAUAAAGGUUUUAUGUUACUCCUAGGCAUUUCAUUCAGCUCUGUUGUAAUGAAAAGCAACAAUAGUGAUGGGAAAAUUUGAUUUAUUAAGACAAAAUUGCUAUGAAAAGAAAUGACCAUACAACUAAUUUUGUCCAUUCCCAGUACUGAGAUUUCUCUGUAAACUUAGAAACUCUCAGAUCUUUACACAGCAUGUUUUCAGAAACUACCUUCUCUGUUGAUGCCAUAAUCAUGAGGAAAUAUCUAAUAAGUAUGAGGAGGGAAAUUCUUGAUAGAAUUUUCUUCUAGUGUACAAUUUUGUUUCUGACCAUGUAACAAAAGAAUGAGGUUGGGGAGAUACCCUGGUUCUUUUCCUUAGAUUACUGCAAUACAUUCUACAUGAGGAAAAGGUAAAGGACCCCUGGACGGUUAAGUUCAGUCAAACGUGCCUAUGGGGUGCAGCACUCAUCUUGCUUCAGGCCGAGGGAGCCAGCAUUAGACCACACUACAGAGGACUGCCUGAUUCUUUCCCUAUGGUGGAGCAGAUCUGAUAAGGAAGAAGAAAGGGAAAACUUUUCAGUGCAUAGAAAUAUAACUCUUUAGGCCCAAAGUUUGAUUGAGCUCUUAAACAGGAUGCUAAAACAAAAAAAGACACUUCAGUCGGUCCAGAAGGCUGAGGUCAGGCUCUUCAUACAGGCCACAUAUAAGGAGUGUAUGAAUCCCUUAGCUACACAGGCUUCCAUUUUGUGUCCAGGCUCAAUCCAAUAUUCUAGUGAUGACCUUUGAAACCCUUUAUAGUUUGACACCUGGAUAUCUGAAGGACUGUCUACUCCCAUGUGAACAAACUCGGCUGCCUUCUGAGAUCAUUGUUAGAGGUCCUCCUCCGUGUGGCAUCCGUGCCAUGUAAAUAUGCUGUGUCCUAUUUGGCAUGUGUCCAAUAAAGAGAAUAUAUCACACUGAAACUGCUUUUGUAAGGAGCUUGCCCACAGAGAUUGGUUUUGCAGAGCUUUCAGGUUAUGCUUGUUGAAUCAUUCAGAUUAGAUUCCAGCCUUCUGAAGUGGUGCAGGGUUGGCAGGGCAGCAUGAACAACACCCCCUAGAAAAAUGCACCUGGGGACAUUGCCCCCCUCCAGCUAUGCCUCUGAUUUAACCCUUUCUAACCUCCACAGAGGUGAGUGGGAGUCAUUAUCAGAGCUCAAGGACACAUUCCAACCAGGCAAAAACACUCAAGAAGGAUUUGAGGGCAUAGCCUGCAGAAAAAGGGUGCAAGUGAGGAGGGGUGUGGCUUAAGGAGAGUCCCAAGGACCAUAUAUACCAGACUAGAGGGCCACAUUUGGCCCUCAGGCCUAAGGUUUCCCACCCCUGCUGUACACCAUAGUUUGACAUUACUUUCCAACCGAUAUAACUGGAUGAAAAAACAGUUCAAUUAAAUUUUGUUUAUUUUCACCCAAGGUUACUACGUGGGACUGGACACGAGCCGAAAGAACAUUUUCUGUAUAUGAGAUAAUGUACAAAAUUCUCAAGGUAUGAAGAAUAAAAAUGCAACUUCAUUGUACUGAGGGGAAGGAGGGAUGGCUGUAUUCACCAAACACAACCUUGUCAUUGACUACUGCUAGCAAAAUAUCCCAUGGAAGUCAAGUUGGUGGAGAAAAAUGAUCUGUGUGAAGAGUUUCAAAAUGAUAGAAAUAAUUUGGGGAAAGGAUUUAAUGUGGGCUAAGAUUUUGCCACGGGAUCUUGUAAGAAUAAGAAGGGUAGCUUUGUCAGGAACCUUUCUUUUAACACAGAACAAUCAAAGUCAUUCCACAGACACCAUAUACACCUUAGAGUAGAGUAGAGUUUCCAACUCUGAGGGCCUGAUUUUCAAGGAGGCCUGAGCUACAGCACCUCAUAUGACCAAUGUCAGCACCAGGCCACCUUUGACAGUGUCUGGUGCUUUGCCAUCUACCCACACAGAGCAUGACUGGCUACUGAUGCUUCCUCCACACCCCCGUUUCAGGAGUAUAGGAAGCUGCCUUAUACUAAGUUAGAACAAUAGUACACCUAGUUCAGUUCUGUUCGUGCUGACUGGCAGUUGCUCUUUGAGGUUCAGAUAGAGGGCAUGGUCAGUUCUACCUGGAGGUGCCAGGGAUUGAACCUGGAACUUUCUACAUGUAAAACAUUUGCUUUGCCCCUGAGCUGCAUCCCUUCAUCGCAGGCAUUCUAGUGAGCAUGAGGACAACUUGGAGCCACCAUUUAACUUUCCUACAAUGUCCCAAGCCAGUCACAAUGUAGCAUUGCUGAGAAAUUGUGAGACAUUUAAAUGGUUGAGACCUCCAUUACAUUGGGGGUGCUCCAGGGGUGUUCUUGUGCAUUGUAGAAGGUGUGACUUGUGACAAAGGAAUGGUGGCCCCAAGUUACCCUGGUGCUCGACUGUGCACAGUGGGUGAAGUAAGCACUCAUAUGGGAGAGACCCACCAGAGGGCAUUAUGCCAAAAGAGUCCCUUCAAACCUGGAACCAGCCCUAAAUGCUUUAUUGUUGAAUAGAUUAUGUGUUGGGUUCAUUAUUCAAUUUUAUUUAAUCUGCUUCCAAAUAUUAGGUGAGGUUUGUUAAUGAUACCACAGCUUGCACGAAACCAUAUUGUAAAUUUAGGGCAAUUUCACAAAUGACUCUAGGAAUCGUAACCAUAAAUGUUCCCACAUUUGCAAUAUGAAUGAAUGAAUCACCUUGAUCAGUACACACAAUCACUUUUUAAGUGACUUCCCCCCUCAUUUUUGUAUCAUAUAAACACCAUUGAGAAGUGACAAACUGGUAGCCAAAUUGUAUUUUUAAAGUAUUGAGUGUAAAAAUGCAAUUAUUCUUAUCUGAUGUUUAUCUUCACAUGCCAUCUGUGCUUUACAUUUAAUGAAACAUAAUAAGAUAGGGUUUAUGAUAGUCCAAUUUGUUUUAAAUGUAGAGCCCUAAAUGCCAAGCAGUAAAUGAAUGAUAACAAAUAAUUUUAAAGGGAGUUGUUAAAAAAGCUAAUGUACGCACAACAAUACUUCACAUUAUAUCGUGUCUGGGAUUAUAGAAGUAGAAAUGGCUAUUUGGCUAAUGCCUUGCAACAGGAGCUGAAUUUAAAACCAUCAUUUGCCCAACUUUACUAUACUCUGGCAUCUGGUGAACAGAAAAUAAAUUCAGCUUUAUCACAACAUUAUGGCAAGAAAUGAAGACUACUAGUUUCUACUGGAAGUGUUAAGAUAUGUUUGCCCGUUACACUUAGUUUGAAAAUUGUAAUUUAUCCUUAAGUGAUGAACCAUUUUUUUUCAGAAACUUAGUCAUUUCAGUCUUAAUUUAAUAUUGUCUCUAGGGAUUCAGUGUUGUAGCAUCUAGUCAGUGUCAUUUAGGCAUGAUAAGGCCCUGAGCCUGGAUAUACUGUGUGCAUAAGUAAUUCUUAGCACACAAAUGGCUGGACUCAAGGCAAUGAUUAGAACCAAGCCAGUCUUUCUGCAUCAUGUCCAUUUAUUGCACAAGGAAGAGGCAUCAUUUUAUCCUAAAUUCACUCCCUGUUUCUGCCUCUGGCAUUCUCUCUCCAAAUGUGCUUUCCAAUUUCUCAUUUUCAUUCUCCUUCCUCCCCUCAUUUAGCUCUUGCUCUCUCUCCCUCUCUAGCCCCAAUGGCUCCCCUUGGCAAUAGCCAUUUAAGCAACAAUCAACAAUUACUAAUGCUGAUACUCCUCUGCUUAACUGAACACGAUAAUGGGACUUCUAUAAAGGAAAAUUUCACACCAAAUGGUUUGGGGGACGGGACGGGCAGGGAAUGGGACAUGAAGCAAUUCUCUUCUGAAGCUUUCCCUAGCACUGCAUGUUAAGAAAAACAAGUAUCUGCAGUGUCUGUCGACAGGCUUGCAUUCCUGAGCAGAUAUUUUUCAAAAGUUACUAUUGAGCAUUGUGUCAACAUGUUGACUAUUCCUUGUGCUGUCCAACCAGAGCCAGGGCCCAUAAAUUAAGGGAGUGGGGCCACAAAACAAACAUUGUUCAGAGCAGGUCAUCUCCAGUCUCUUUCAGUUCCAUCAUCAAGAAGCUUGAGAAGCUGAACUACUUUGCAUCUAGUAUCAUACUUACAAGGUCCUUUUAAGGUACGCAGAGAGAGGAAUAGUCUGCAAAGCAGCAAACCAAAUAUAUAUAAUGCCAAGCCUUGGCAUUUGUUGAGUAUUUUUAAUUUGAAAUAAUUUAUUUUUAAGUCCUUGUCUCCCUUAGACAGAUGUAUUGCUCUCACUUAAUAUGAAAAUCAGUAUUAAUUAGGCCAGCAAGUGUUGCACUUUCCCAUUAGAAGAGAUGCUGGUUUAAACUCUUCUGGGAUAUGAGCCAAGUACUUGACAGUUGUGCUACAGGCUUUAUUACAUUUGCAUUCCCCUUACUCCCUACUUUCAACAACAACAACAAAAAGUAGAGCAAACUUUUUUGAGUACCUAGCUCAACAUAAAGUUCUUUUUAGGGUUCUGUCUCCAGACAUUAGAAACUGGAAUAAGUUAUGUAAAUCAGCUGAAUCUGAAAGUGCUUACAGGUUUGUGGAUGGAAAUUCCAUUGUGUCUAAUUUGACCAUGUAUUAGACAAGACAGCACCCUCAGUAGAUUUUAGGAAUCAGUUACAAUUGGUUAUUGAUGAUGCUUGAAGAUGAGUGAUUGGAUAAUUGCCUGAAUGUGCGUGUUGUGUGGCUGGUGAUCCAUUUUACAUGUAAUUUAUUUUUCUUUUCUUUUUUUAAAGUCAUAAUGAUUAUCAAGUUUUAUCUGGAAUUAUAUCUGUUCUUUUCCCCUCAACCUGAAUCGGUCACUAUGUCCAACUAUGAAAUAAACUGGAACUUCUUUUUUUAAUCAAUUUUUAUUACAAGUUUUCAACACAGAAUACAAUAAAAGCCAAACUAAUCUACAGAAGAGAAAUAAUAAAAAGGCAAGAAUAAGAAAGGAAUAAAAUAAAGAAGAAAGGAAACUCCUAUUAGCCCCAGCCAGCAUGGUCCAUGGUCAGGGGUGAGAGUAGUUAAAAGCCAACAUCUAGAGGGUCAUAUGCAGUUCCAGCAGCUGUACUGCCUUGGAAGCACAAGAAGUGGGACUGAGCCUUCCUCUGUUACAAUACAAAGGAGGAGUCAAAUGCCCAAAUACUAAUAUAUAGAAAGACACAUCAGCAGCUACUAUAUCAAACUUACCUGAGCUCAUUAUGAAAGAAGCAAACUAAUCAGUUCUGGCAUAUUUAUCCAAGAUAUGUGAAUCUCAAAAUACAAACCAGGAGGAUGACAGAAAGAAUAGUAGCACAGCACAGUUGAGCUAGGAGCAGAUGAGUUGGCACAGAGAUCUUUUGAUGGACAGGAAUCAGAAAACGGAGCAGGGAUUGAUAGCUUUUUCCAUUUCAUUUUCCAUCUUUUUCCCAUGGUUACAUGUUCUGCUCAGGCUCUCUUCCGUUAUUUUCCAUUUAAAAUUUAUAUAAUGUGUUUUCCUCAUGCAGCUAUCAGUUGCUACAAUUUCAAGUAAACCUUUUUUUCUUUUAUUGAUGCAUGUCAUCACAUCUAGAUUCUUUUCUUCAUUUUUGAUGGGUGCUUGAAUGUGCAUCAGUGUGUGGAUGCCAGUUUUCUUCACCGCUGCUUUUAAUGGUGUGUGCAUUUGGACGCUGCCUGCAAGAGGGAAAAGGAGAAGUCUUUCCCUUCAGUAAAGCCCAAUGAAUGAGGUGAAAUUGACAUUACUUUCGUCAGUUUCAUUUCUUGCUUUUGCCUCUAAUAACCUCAGAAAAUUCUGAUGUUUCAGCUCUGCGCCUAUUUACUCAGUAGAAUAUCAGCUUAAAUCAAUGAGAUGAUUUCACAAGCAUCCAUUAUGUACCGGUAAUUAAAAUAAAAAUCUAACCAUUCUUACCAUUCACUAGCAAAAUCUAAACUGAAUUGUCCUGUGUUUCUUUAUCACAUGUGCAAGGCACAAACAUCCUUAAUAAAGUUGUUCCCCAUUUAUUACAGAAAGCUCUAUAUCCUUAUUUAAGGGGGAGAGAUGCAGUUAGCUUUAUCUGCCAUGGAGAUGGGAGGGAAAAUUCACCUGCUAAAUGUGUACAUAUCAGGACACUGUUAAACAUUUAGAAAUCUUGUCAUAAUAUGUUGGCAUCCCUAAAUCUCAGGCCCACUUGAAAAUCACAGACUCUGAACCAUGUGCCCUCUCCCCCAAUCUCAGCUGUUUGAUUAUUGUUGAUGGGUUUCUUUAAAAAGGCAUUUUGUUCAUGUUUAAAUACAUUCUUGUCUUUGCUGUACACCCACCCCCACAGUCUCUAUUCUGAGUUGACCCACACAGGUGAAUUGGUAAAACUUUAUUGCACUACAGCACAGGUGGGGAACCUUUUCUGGCCUGUGGGGCUGGUCUUUAUUUCCCCACCCUAGAGGACUGCAGCUGACAGGUGGGCAGUUAAUCACCUGACAUCCCUAUGACAUCAGGUGAUUCUGUACUUUGAAGCCCUGGCUGUUGGGACUUCAAAGCACAACAAAGGGCUGUUUGAGAGACCUUUUGCAAACAGACCCACACCGUUCUUCAAACUUCUGAUGUCAGAUGUAAGGCAGAGAGAUGUGGCUUGCCCAUAAAUGCAUCACAUGCCAUGAUUGGCUAGAGAACAGUAAACAGUGGUACCUUGGGUUACAUGUGCUUCAGGUUACAGACUCCGCUAACUCAGAAAUAGUACCUCGGGUUAAGAACUUUGCUUAACCCAGCAGCAGCAGGAGGCCCCAUUAGCUAAAGUGGUGCUUCAGGUUAAGAACAGUUUCAGGUUAAGAACGGACCUCUGGAACGAAUUAAGUACUUAACCCGAGGUACCACUGUAAAGGGGAAAUAGGAUGAAAUUGAGUAAUCUCUUUUUUAUAUUUUAAAAAAACCUUUAAAAAUUAACUAUGCACUAUCAGCAGCUAUAGGACACUUUGUAUCCCACUCUUUCUCCAUGGAACAGAAACCUACACAUUAUCUUAACAGUCCCCUUGAUAUGAGACCAUGACUGGCAACUUAAGGCCAUGCAGUGAGCUUGAAGGCUAAUUACAUUUAGGAACAAAGCUCCAAGCAGACUCCAAGGACUCAGUGAAAUCCCCAGGUGGAUUAAAUGUGAUUUAAAUUAGAUGCAGGGAAAUGCAAACAUAUCCCAAUGGAGUUGUUCAGCUCAGAAGAAAUCAUUCAGUGUACAAUUGGGUCCAAAGGGCAAAGAAUCCUGGUGGCGGGUUAUGCAAAGAAGCAAGAUGUUGAAGUGUGUUUGUAUUUGAAGGCGAGGCCCCUAAUUGCGUAGGUUGUUGCUCAAGAAUCAGAGUAAUGAGAAUACCCUCCUUUUCAAUUGUGGAAGAGAAUGACAACAUUUCCCCAAGUACCUUUAAAUCUGGAUGCAUCACUUGUAAAUGUUAAUUCCACAUAGACGAUGGAGGGAAAACACUUUUAGUUAUAUGUGCAUGCCAGUCAGUGCAGUUUCCUUCAUUUAGUUUAUAGAACCAGCAAAUUGCAACUACAACAACAACAGCAACAAAACUAAUUAUACCACCACUUGUGGAAAAUAGCCUAAGACUGUUUGGAGGGCCUCGAUUCCUCAAGUAGGAUGCCUCAAAACCUCCAACGGGCCUAGAUUCAAGAGCCUGCAGCCCUUAUGACAGAUAACAUACAUUCACUGCUAAAGGAAUAGCAGAAAAGUCCAAUAAUUUGAGAACUGUUUGAAUGCAUUUGGUUUAUUUUCUUUAUCCGAAGCCUUGCCAAAAACAAAUUGUAGUGUUUUUCAGCAGUAAAUAAAUUGUUGAUGUAUAUUUCUGUGCAUGAAUACACAAAAUAUAUGACACACUUCUGAGGCAUUUUAUGACUGGUGACUUUGGGAACUAUUCAGAGAUUGGACACUGGCACCUGUGAAUCCUUGUAGCCAAACUGUCCUCUGCUACUUGGCGUGAAAACUCUAAAACAUUCUUUUAUUUCAAAUCCAUUUAAAUGCUGAGACUAAUGUGGGCUGAAUAAAAAUUACAUGGCACUUUGUUCUGCAUCUAACAUGUGGGUCUGUACUGUAAGAAAUAUUAAUUGAUGUAUGCAAGAUUAUAUAACUCCAGGUUUUCAUCAGGACAGUGAUCUACUGGAUCGUCGAAAACACUGCUUUGGUGUCCAGUCUGAAACGGGAGAGGAUCUCUACUUUUCUGUGGAAUUAGAAUGUGACCUCAUAUUAUGGGAAAAGGCCUUCCAAUCAGCAACUUUUUUAGAAGUGGAACGAAUACAGGUAAGAAACAUGUGGUGUCAAAUUCAUUUGGGGUUAUUAUUAUGCAAUACAUUUUAUGUGAUAGUCAGUGCUUUUUUCUGGGGGGACGCAGGGGUACGCAUACCCCUAAACAUUUUGUGAAUCUAAGUUUGGUCUCAUUGAGGGGCAGUAUUUCAAUAUGAGUAGGAAAAUGAGAGAACCCCUAAACAUUUUUUCUUUUUCUUUUUUUUUAAAAAAAGCACUGGUGAUAGUGAUAGUUAUUACCAAAUACUUUUUUGGGGGGGGGGGAGGGAGGUGGUUUGGAAUAUUAAAGGGAAAAAGAGUUAAUGAUAUACUACAAAUUGUUUCCAUACAGGAAAAAAAUCUCAUUUAAAAACAAAACAAGAUAGGGUUCUGUAUACACUUUUAGUUUUUGAAACCCAAACACUGAAAGUACUAAUGAGAUUAGGUGUGGUUGUUUGAUAUGUUCUUGGCCAAACCAAAAUGGCGGUUAAGCAGCUAGAAGCAUUGAGUUGUAGCCUUCUGUUAUUUUGCUUAUUUUCUUAGUUUUUGCUUUGAAAAUGAAAAAUAUCUGCUAAUGAGAUAAGGAUAAACAAUGGUGUGGCAGUACGGUGCAUCCCAAUAGUGGGGCUAGAAGCUUGAAUCUGAGAAACUUGGGCCCAGAUCAUCCAUGAAGCUUGUUGCAUGGCCUUGGGCUAGUCACUAUCAGCAUAGCGGUUCUGAUCUCAUGGUAGAAUUUAUUCAAGAAGACAACGAGAAAUUGGAAUUUUAUGGUAUGGUAAAGGAGAGACCAGAACUUGGUAACAUACAUUUCACUGUCAACCAGAAUGUUGUUGGUGUGAGUCCACUCAGGUACAACUGUGGGAAAGAUUCUUGUAUUGCAGGGGUUGAGCUAGAUCAGGCAUGGCCAAACUUGGCCCUCCAGCUGUUUUGGGACUACAACUCCCAUCAUCCCUAGCUAACAGGACCAGUGGUCAGGGAUGAUGGGAACUGUAGUCCCAAAACAACUGGAGGGCCAAGUUUUGCCAUGCCUGGACUAGAUGAAUACCUUCCAACCCUACAAGUCUGUGAUUCUAUAAGUGCAGAUGAUUUCAGGGUGGCAGAAGAACUUGGGAGUCACUAUGUUGUUACGUAAAUAUUUAUAAGAAUAGAACAUCUGUUAUUUUAUUAUACUUCAUCCUUUUGAAAUACAUAGGAUGUUUGGGUGGGUAUCUCUUAUAUUAAUGGGUAUAGUUUACAUCCAUUCCUGUUGUAGUAAGCCAGCUUUCUCCCCUCUCCCCAACUUAUCCAGGAUCACAAAUAGUGUCACGGAUCACAAAUAAUGCACUUUUAAUGCAAGCAUUAUGAUUUUGCAAUACUGAUUGAUGAAUGACUCCCCUCCCCUCUAACCCUGUAAACCUCUUAGCCCAUUUUCAAUUAAUUACAAUGUGUUUCAAGUUGAUAUGCAGCCACUGUUUGGCAGAUCAAUCAGAUUGAUUCAGUUGGCAGAGGCACAGAACCUGGUUACUAUUUUGAGUUUUUACAUAUACAGAAUAGCCAAAGCUCCUUCUUUUCACAUAGAAACCUGGGAAAAUCACCUAGUGUCUUGAGGGCAGGGAAUGCUUCUCUGUAAUAUAAUGGGGCAACCUUUACAAAAGAAAAUGCAUCUUGUUAGGAAAUGUAUGCAGUGGUGUGUUCUACAUGUUGAAUAAUGGAUUUGCAGAUAGUUCAUCUCACUCAGAUCAGUGGGAUAUCAGUAGGAUAUGUAUGCACUACAGCUUUGUUUAAACAACAGUCAUAAUGUACAACUAUUAAGGUUAAGGGGACCCCUGACCAUUAGGUCCAGUCGUGGCCGACUCUGGGGUGGCGGCGCUCGUCUCACUUUAUUGGCUGAGGGAGCCGGCGUACAGCUUCCAGGUCAUGUGGCCAGCAUGACUAGUUUAUCCUAAUUUGUACCUUUAUGAACUUUGUAAUAAUUCGAACUUGCAUUUAUGAUUUUGUUCCAACACUGAUUUUUGAAAACUGGAAUUCUGGCAUGAACUUAGUAGCCAAGAGUCUCUGAACCUUUUCCACUUUAGAAAUGGGCUUGGAUGAGCUUUUUCCUACAUUGAAUUCUCUCCCACUUUAAACAUCUCCUACUAAGCUAUAGUAUACUUCAGGUUUUGGGACCUGAGGAACAUAAUGCUUCGGUUUCUGCUCCUGAACUAGGGCAACUGAAUUAUUCACAGACCCAGUUUUAAGAUUCUGUACUUUUUGCACAUGGUAGAUUAAAUAUUGAGUUGCCUCCUAUAUGGGAAACUUUCAUUCCGAAUAGGGUUUUUUUCAUCUUUUUCAGCGUGUGAAAUCAAUAAUCAAAAGCAAAUAAUUCACUCUUUUUAUAGCAGGUGUAAUGUUUUAACAGUUUAUAUUAGAUCUGUACGAACUUUGACAUUAUGUGCUCUCUUGGCAGCAUUCUUCAAUUUAUUCUCUCCAAGUUCACAGCAAAGGGGAUUAAUUAAAGUAAGCUGAAAAGCUACAGGUGAAAUAAAACCUCUGAUUAGGAGCCAGAGAGUGAGAGGCUAGAGACUGACCCUUUACCACUCUAACCUGUGGUGCACAUUAAUAUCUCUUUACCAAUUUAUGACAGCUGCUCAAAGCCCGUUAUAAUCUUUCACCUUUCAAUAUUUCCUGCUAGGAGUUGUGCUUGUUACUCAUAGCUUUGUAGCUGGGGGAGUGGGGAGGGGAAGAUUGAUCCUUAGGUGAAGUGAUUGAUGGAGCAAAUCUAGCACUUGCAGAGGUAUUGAACUGCUAAAUUGGAACACUAAGGUGGAUGGCCAGUGUGUUUAGAACAGAACUUUCCUUCAGUCUAAAGUUACUUCCUCAUGCUUACCUGCCACACAGGUUAAAGCAGAUGUGGGGAACCUCUGGCUCGCCACGUGUUGAAAACGGCAGCUCCCAUCAGCCCCAGCCAGCAUGGCCGAUGGUCAGGGAUUAUGAGAGUUGUAGUUCAACGUCAUCCAGAGGGCCACAGGUUCAUCACACCUGUGUUUUAAAGUAACCCACAUCACUUCUUCAACACAAGGUGCCACUGCAGUCCUUUACAUAAAGAAGUUACUUUGCCCAGAAGUUUGAGAUAGGGAUACAUUUAUGAAUGUGUGUAAGAGUGAGCAUCCAAACCCUAAGUAAGGUAUCUGAGGGACUAAAAAGAAUUAUGAGGCUCUGUUUCCAGCCCAAUGAUCUCUGUGUUUUAAUCAUUUUUAUAACUGAAAGAUAUGACAAAAGGAAGCAAUUGUGGGUUUUUUUUUGCAAGUUAAUAAAAUUAAACAUUUAUGCCCAUAACAUUUAUUACUACAUAAUAUACUAAAUAUUAAUAAAACUUACAUGAAGUUGGUGAGCUUUAACAAGCAGUUGAGUCACAAAUAUGGCUGCUUAUGAGGCUUUCCAUUGAUUACUUCGUUUUUUAUUUUUCUCUGUGGAAUGAUUUGUUUCACUCACAAAAUCAAAAAUCAUUUAUUUUCUCCUAUUACUUUUACUGGAUGUUUUAUGUACUAGUUUUUGCUAAUCAUUUUAAGCCCAGUAUUUAAUUUUAUUUCUCUUACAAUAAACAUUUUCCGGAAAUCUUACAAAAAAAGAGACAGCAUCUAUGUACUCUGCUCUAAAUUUUCGAACUUUGAUAGGACUAAUAAUAAUUAACUGGAUGCAGGAAUGCUGCUGUUGUUGUUGUUUUAGCUGAGUGCAAUUCACAUAUACACAAAUGUGUAACCGUGUUUGCUAAGUUUGAUUCCAAUGGCAGACUUCAUUUUCUCUGGAUUGCAUUCAGAGGCUUGGAAUCAAAGUUCCCUGCACAUGAAUAUGAAAGGUGCUUCUACAUAUUGGGGGUGGGGGGAGCAAUGAUUCCUAGCAGCCGUCCCUCACAUACUGUUUCACCUCAGGAAGCCUCGUUCCACACCCAGUAAGCAUGGGGUGCCUUUGCCCAGCAGCGCUGGGGCCCAUAGACUGCAGCAAAAUGCAGUCUUACAAAGGGGAGAGGAAAGCCUUCCACUUGGCGCCCGCCCACCCUCUGGUUAAAACCUUCACUGAGCAAUUUUGAGUAGCUCGUUGACAGGGCGGGAAAUAAUUUUUUUCACUCAACCUGAUUGGCACUUCCCUCCCACCUUUCCCCCAGUGAAAUUAUGGUCUUCCUUUGUUAGGCGGAACAACAUUGUUUGUUGAAGGCAGAAAUGGCAUUGGGCAGGAUCCACAUAGGAUGGGAGAGCCCAUAAAGGGCCUGAGGGGACAAUUGACCAUGGUACCUCCAAGCUUGGGUUGAGGUGCCUGGUUGGAAUCUGCACCCUGGUCACCCAGUGAGACCUUGCUUGCUUGGCUUGCACUACACAAAGUUCAGCACUGGCUGACUCCCAUGAAAUGGGUUUGGGGUGGUCCAAACCCAGGAGACCCAUUCCAUCAUGGAAUGAUUUCAUAAUCCCUUACCCUGCCUUUUGCUGUCAAUAAAGAUUUUAUUCCAUCACUGUUCUACGGUCUGGUUAUUUUGCUGCUCUGAUGGGUCACAUAUUGUGCCUGCCUGGGCCUUACCUUUUGAGGGGAGGAACAAGUGCCUGUUGUGGCAGGAGAUAAUGAAAUCCCAUGGAUCAAUUCUUCAGAUCCAGGCCAGUAUUUAUACUUUGUUGAGCCAUGCCAUAUUCACCUGUGGAACACUUGGCUCCAACAUCUGAGCUAUAUCCAAUUUUUAUCAUGCUGUAUAGAAAAUAUGUCUCAGUGGUUUGAAUUAUAAAUGGUACUUUUUGAGGACUGCUGUGGCAAUGGCAGCUGAGAAAAUGAUUCAUACUAUCCAUUUUCUAGCAGAGCUUUUGUAAAAUGGACUCUUGCUCUUCUCAUUCCAUCUCUCCCCCCCCCCCCGACUUUCUUUGCUUCCCACCAAACUUUUGUGGUUGUCAUGGGAGAUAAUAAAGUCAUAAUCUAAAGUCAACAGCCCUGGAGACAAAUGCAGAAUCAAGAAAGCUUGUCUCCUCAGCUGGCUAUGGGCCAAAUUUCUGUGGCUCUUCUUCCAUUCAAUCCUACCUUUCCCCCUUUUUUCAGCCAUCUAUUUGGGAUGGGACAAUUCCUUUAGCAUCUGAAGAUACCACACUUUAGUUUGUCUUAUUUUUAUGCCUUUGCCAACAUCUAAACAUGGGCUGCCUAGAAUUGCUUGAAAAAGCUGUCCCUUAUCUCAAAAGACCACACGAAGGUGGUGCAUAUUGAAUAGCACUUGUUUCAAAACACUGCUGUUCCAAAGAGCUCUAGUAACCCUUUUGGUUUGAUAAGGGAAUUAGACACCUGACACAUACUUUGCAAACUGCAUAUGUUUACAAAAUGAUCACUUUUAAAGAUGUGGAAGUAUAGCAUAUAAGUAGUGCAAUGAAUACCCAUCUCAGUGUCCCAACUAACUGGUUAUUCUUGGUGUGUUCUGUUCUGUUCCAAAUAUGGGAAUGUGCCUGGGCUGUUCACAGGGACCUUCUAGGAAGCUUUGGAAGACUGACAGCAUUGGAUUUGCCCCUCUCAUCCCUGUGAACUCAUUUGUGAUCUCUGUAUGGGCUAAGAAUCUAGAGUCAGCCCUUCAGGCUCCCUUCUUCACUUGUGCAAAAAGCAGUGGCACGAAGAUACAUCUCUCGCUCUAUGCUCCCCCUCUCCACUCUUUAUUUUUCCUCCUUGAAUUUUGCCCUGAUGCUGAGUAGGGCUAUCUUCAAAAAGUGUAGCAACUGUGUGAGUAAAGUUCUUGAUCUUCGCAGUCACUGCCUCACAUGCCUCAAAGAGGCAGACAUCAUUAAAAUGUGAAAGUUUUUUGCAGAAGUCUUACAGAAAGUGCUCAGGAAACAAAUUGUUGCCACCAUGGACAUUUCUCCCAAAGGCCAUGCAGUAAUUGAUACUAUGCAGGGGUGUAAAGGAAGGGAUCCAGCAUACCCAAUCUUCCAGAGCUUUCUAGAAAGUUCCACCAGUAGGUUGUGCAGGUGCUUUUCCAUAUCUGUGACUGCAUUUACAGGUGAGCCACUUUAGAUUUUGAUGUUAUUUGUUUGUUUAUUGAAAUCAUGUUAGUUAUGAAUUAUAUGAUUUGAGAAAUUGGGGGGGGGGCUACUGUUGGCAGAAAACAGAAAUCUGAAUUUAAAUUGAUAGGAAUCACUUUGCAAUGGACAACUUAAUUAGCGAUCAGAUUAUUUCUGCUUGGCAGUUUCUGUUUAAACAUUUAUUUUGUAUAAAAAGUCCUUAAGUCAUUGUUCUUCUAGCUCUAAACUAGGGUUUUCAUCAGUCUCAGAAGGAUUUCAAGAGAUUUGUCUCUGACUUUAAUGUGAAAAGGUAGCACCUUUCAUAAGCACUUCUGUGAUGAGUAGCUUGGCCUUUUCAAGCUCUGCUGUGCACUUCACAUCUUGACAAUGAUGUUCUGAUCAGAAAAAUGCCUUAUUUGCGCUGAGAAGUACUAGCUUGGCAUUAGGAACCAGAAGCCAACUAUCAAACAAGGAGCUCAGUAGAAGAAUGUAAUUUGUUGUUAACUGAAACUCAGUGUUGAACAGUUUCAUUUUAUCAAUGCAAACCAAAAUGUCACACUGUAUUGGGGGGGGGGGUUGGAGAGAUAAGAAACUAAAAAUAAAGGGAGUUCUUCCGAUUUCCUUCUAUGUUAGAAGUGCUGUAUUAGCAACUUGCUGGCAAUGGAAGUUUGGUCAUUUGCCCUUAUCAACACAUUUCCUGACAUAAAUUAUUUGAAAAUGAAUUGGGGGGGGGGGGUUGUCAACUAUAAUACAAAUCAUAAAAAUAGAUAAAUGUAGGUCCAUCAAGUGGUUAGAUCCAAGUCCACGAGAACCCCACUAGGACAAUUCUAGGAACCUAAGAGUCUUCUUAUUCAUUGUCUUCUUUCAUGAGCCAUUGCAUCAACGGCAAAUACCUAGUCAUUAUAUAUAUAUUUUGUUUGCAUACCCACUUCCAAUGAAAUAUGUUUAUCUUGCAUUAAAGUAAUGGGACAUAAAAGCUGCAGACAAAAGUGCCUCUCUUCAUUUACCAAAGGUGCAUGUGUCCCCAGUCAUACGCAAGCAGAUGUAUUCCAUGUGUGAUCAGAAAUUAGGAGGUGAUGCAUUUCACUCUCAGUUACUUCAUUUACAUUGAGGAAUAGGCAAAGACGGUUGAAUUCCAAUACAGUGGUGCCCCGCAAGACGAAUGCCUCGCAAGACGGAAAACCCGCUAGACGAAAGGGUUUUUCGUUUUUGAGUUGCUUCGCAGGACGAAUUUCCCUAUGGGCUUGCUUCACAAGACGAAAAUGUCUUGCGAGUCUUGAGAUUUUUUUUUCGCUCCCCCCCCUUUAUCUACGCCGCUAAGCCUUUAAUAGCCUUUUAGCAGCUAAUCCGCUAAGCCUUUAAGCCUUUAAUAGCCACUAAACCGCUAAUAGCGCUAAUCCGUUAAGCCGCUAAUAGGGUUGCUUCGCAAGACGAAAAACCGCUAGACGAAGACACUCGCGGAACGGAUUAAUUUCGUCUUGCGAGGCACCACUGUACAGUGAUACCUUGGUUUACGAACUUCAUCUGUUCCGGAAGUCCACUCUUAAACCAAAGCGUUCUUAAACCAAGGCGUGCUUUCCCAUAGCAGUGGGGGACUCGAUUUACAAAUGGAACACACACAGCAAGGAAGUGAAACAUGUUCAUAUUCCGAGGCAAAGUUUACAAAUCAAAACACUUACUUCCAGGUUUGCAGUGUUCUUAAUUCAAGUUGUUCAUAAAGUACCACUGUAUUUACUUACCUACUAUGCUAAAUUGUAGCCAGAUAGUCAGGGGUGGCACAUCCUGCUUCAUCACUUGAGGAAAAAUGGGAAGUGUUGCAUUGCACUGCUGCCGCCGCCAUCCCUACAACCCCCUGCCUGUUUCUGCCGCUGCUGCCUGCUAUUCCGCCACUGCACACUCAGCCCCUAUGUGUUCUCCAUGUAGGUAGAGGUAGAAGCUCUCUUUCAUGGAAUGCAAAUAGCCAGUUGAUUGAAUGGUUAAGGGUUUGUGUUAUUUGCAAAGAUGUAUUUUGUUCUUGCCAGGGCUAAUUAGUAACUAAACAGGUAUUUCCCCUUAGCUAUAAUUUUUCAAAAUACAUGUACUCAACUGAAGCGCUAUCUAACAUGCUGCGUUUUUCAAUCUUUCUUAGUGCAAGACAUAUGCCUGUGUUCUGGAGAGUCAUCUUAUGGGGCUUACCAUAGACUUUGGCAUGGGUUUCGUAUGCUUUGAUGCUGCAACAAAGGUAAGGCCAUGAGAAGAUGUUUACAUGCUGUUAAUGAUUCAUUACCAAGAAUUAUCUUUUCAAUUGAGAGUUGAGCCAUUGUUUGAAGUCUGCCGCUAUGCUGUAUUUGCCUCCCCCCAUAUGAACCAACCUGGACCCUGUGAUCAUAAUCUGAGGCUCUCCAUGAGAGGUCCUGAGGGUGGCAACACGAGAACGGGCCUUAUCUGCAGUGGAUCCCUGCUUGUGGAAUGCUCUCCCCAGGGAGGCUUGCCUGCCCCAUUCGUUACAUAUCUUUAAGUGCCAGGCAAAAACAUCCCUCUUCACACAGAUUUUAGGCUAAUUUAACAAUCUAUGGCAUUUAAAACUUGGGGGUAUUGUUUUUAUUUGUUACUAUGGUAGGUACACAUUCUUUUGUUUUUAUAUUGUAAAGCACCCUGUGAUCCUCAGCUGAAGGGUAGUUUAGAAAUUUAAUAAAUAAUAAUUUUAUCCUAUCACAUUCUCAAUAUACUUUUUAAAAUAGUUUCUGCAGGACUUAUUUCUGUAGAAUGUUCUUGAGAUGGAAUACAUGACUUGAUCCUUUUCUACAGCCCCUGCUCUUCUACUUGUUCCAUCUCCUUUCCUUUUCUCUCCCCCUUCUCCAUGAACAUCAUAAAGCACAUAAUUCAAAAGCUCUAAAAAGGGACAAACUUCUAGAGAUAUGGCCAAAGUUCACAUGAAGUUUGGCAUUCAGUAUGGCAUUCCAUUUGAAGAGAAUUGUUGCAUCUCUGGAAUUCUUUUCCAGUUUAGUUUAGUUUUUUUUCUAUUUCAGUUCAGAGAUGAACUUCUUCUUUACCUAAUCUCUCUUACCUGGUAGCAGGUACUGCUGCUCUGGUGGCAGAGAAUGUGUGGAGACAUCUUUCCUUGCCUCACACUCCUUCCCACAGCAGCAAUCCUGAUACCAGAAGCUUGGGGAAAUAUAAACCCUUCAUACUGUUACCACAAGAGCAGAAAGUGCUGCCACCAGGCAAGGGGAUUUAGGUGCUUAUGAGAGCAGCAUUAAGCAAUGCACUCACAUUGAUGCCAUUGGGAGAAUGACAGAGUUCAUUCUUGCUUUUAACUGGUUCAGAAUAAACUCAGCCAAUUUUCCAGUCUCAAGGAGGAAGGGGAGAAACUCAUUUUGACAAGCCUAAUUAUAAAUGUAAUCCGUGCAAACUUGCCCAUUGCUACAAAUUUCUUAAACAAAUGAGAAAAGGGACUGAAGCUUUUAGCAUGCAGACAAUAUGCUUUUGAAUCAUAGCCCUUCAUUCCGUGGCCCUGAUUGAGGGAGCCAGAAGCAGAGAAUGGGGUUUUGGUUGUGUUCCUGAUGUUUCCCCCUCCAUAGUAAGAGCUCUGACAGUGCUGAUAACCUAUAAUGAAUUCAAAAAAAAGGUGCCUGUGCCAGCUUCUGUUUCCUACUCCCGCUCACAACAAAUGUUGUGGAGUGAAAUAGGUUUCUACUUGCAGAUUGUUUUCUCUGGAUCAGGGUGAUUGUUUUAUUAUCUAGAUGUUAAUAGAAAAAUCACAAUCCACAUUGGUCAAAUGUCAAGAUUGUACUUUCUCUAUGAGAGUCAUGAAAAACAAAGCACAGUUUGUUUGUUUUCUUCCAUGGUGCUACUUUCCUCUAAAAUCUCUUUCAACACCGUUUCCUCUGAUAGAAUCCAUCAGAUAGGAAACUGCACUAACAAAACUAUUAACAUAGUUAUGGCUUCGGAUUUAUAUUUUCAGAACAGAAGAAACCACACACAGAUGUCUUAAUCAACAUAUCUAGCUGGCAACAGUGUCAGAAUAAGAGAAAUGUCAGUUGCCUUCCAGACAGAAACCAUUAGAAUCAGCCUCAGUCCUUGUAAUAUUUUCUCUAGCCUUAUAAAAUCCUACUUUGCUCAUUCACCUGAAGCAAGUAAUUUGCUUUGACAGGCCACUGACAUACUAUCAGCUUUUACAUUAUCAUGAUUACCACAAGCCUGAUCUAUACUUCACUGAAGUCAGUGGGUGCCUUUCCAUUGAUUUCGCCCCCCCCAACUGCCAAAAUAUACCCCAGGCCUCCUCAAAGAACACUGCAGAUUAUUUUCCCAAGGUAUUUACUUGACCAGAAGAAUAAAUUUGGUUUGGAACCUAUCACAUACCCCCAUCCAUAUUCUCUUUGUGCACAUUACUGUGUUUUGAUUAUUAAGAGCUGGGCCAAAUUUCUGACAGCUUCAAUUUUCAUGUCAAAAAUUGCACUUCUGAUCAAUCAGGGCCUUUAUUGAUCAGCUAAGCAAUGUGCAGGAAAAUUGUGAGAGUUUCUGCAUGUAUCAUCCAUAUCAGUACACAAAUCACUGCUCAGCGGUGUUGAAAAGUCCCUGAUCUGGCCCACAAGAAAAUGCCAGAAGGGUUUUGAGAUCUCUGAGCUUUUCUCACCAAACUUUGAGAGAGCCUCUGACUCAACUGAGUAAAUCCAUUUUUUGAGGACAUGGUGAAGUGAGGGCUGUCACCAGUCACAUGAAUUGUAGGAGAAGGCUUGUCCACAGAAAGCAGAUAAAGGGACUAAGCCCAAGGUUUUGGUCCAGUUAGGAAGCUUCCUUGAGGUUGGUGACACAAGCAUAGGAAUUCAACAGCUUUAUUCUGACAUUCUGUUCACUGCUAACAAUAAUACAAGAGGAGGAACCGAUUGCGCAGGGUUCCAGAUCACAUGGGAGCUUGUACAGUGGUGCCUCGCAAGACAAAAUUAAUCCGUUCCGCGAGAGUCUUCGUCUAGCGGUUUUUUCGUCUUGCGAAGCAACCCUAUUAGUGGAUUAGCGGAUUAGCGCUAUUAGCGGUUUAGCGGCUAUUAAAGGCUUAGCGGCUUAGCGGCUUAGAAAAAAGGGGGGGAAGCGAAAAAAAAAUCUCAAGACUCGCAAGACAUUUCCGUCUUGCGAAGCAAGCCCAUAGGGAAAUUCGUCCUGCGAAGCAACUCAAAAACGGAAAACCCUUUCGUCUAGCGGGUUUUCCGUCUUGCGAGGCAUUCGUCUUGUGGGGCACCACUGUACUAUGAAGGUUCCUACCUCACAGCAAUGGUAUUUUUCAGUAGAAAGCUACUGCUACCCAAUAUUAUUGAUCUUUACAAUUUAUUACUUGUGGCAGCAACACUCAUAACAGCAUAUCAUAAUCUAUCCUGGUAUUUUUAUUUUUUUGAGAAACUCAAAAAGCCUUUUCGUUAUCUUUGAAAUUCAUGAGUGAAGACAAAAUCCUACUGCUGCUUUUCCUUUUAUGAUGCCAGUAAAGUUGAAUAAUUCAAACUUGAGAUCCUUACCCUUUUAUCUCUCCUGCCAUUCAUCAAAAACCGGAAGGUUGGGGUGAUGAGUGAUGGCAUUUGGGUUUCAAAACCUUUGUAAUUCUUGUUUAUUAUUACUUCACUUUUCUAUAGCAAACAACAUCUAAAGUAGCUAGCAAGAAGUGUAAACACAAAGCAUACAAAUAUUAAAAUUACAUGAAGCACAAAUUAAUUAUUCUUUAGUAAGCAUCCUUUAGAUUUGUUAUGGAUUGAAUACAGAGGCCAGGAUCACUUUUUGUGGCUCAAGCAGGCCAACAAGCCAAAGCCGGUUAAAAAGUGCAGGCUGAAUCCAGGAGCAUAUCCAUCUGUACAUACCUUGGAAGAAAAAGCAUCUUCAUCCAGAAGAGAUUGGAUACUCAUCUUCAAAUUAAUGGAGCCUUUAACAGCAUUUCCAUCUUAUCUGGAUGAAGUAUCAAGUUGUUCACCCCCCACCAAUUCUUUCCUGGUACCAUAUGCCAGUUCAAGACUGUCACCUACCACUUUGUGUUCAGAAAGUGGAAAUGUGUCAUUAUCAUUAUACUGAUGGUAGUUCAGUCGUUGUUUCAGUUCCCAUAUUGUAAUUUUCUGUCCAAAAGAGCAAUCAAAUCCCUACAGUCUUUAUUGGAAUCCAGUAUCAUGGCUUUGCAGUAUAGCAUGUAUUGUUAGGGUUUCAUUACCAAACUAUCACCAAACUAGGAAAUACUUAUGAAACACUCCCCACCCCUUUAGCCUGAGCAUAACUACGCAUAAUUAUGCUUGGUAUGAAAAAGGUGACUGAAACAUUGGAAGUUGUGGUCAUUAAUAGAAACACUAGAAGCUGCCUUAUUUCAAAUCAGACCACUGUACUGAUAAAGCAGCAAAUCUCCAGGGUUUCUGAUGGAGGAUAUUUUCAUUCCUAACUGGAGAUGCAGCCAAUUAAACCUUGGACCACCUUCAUGCAAACCAGAUGCUGUACCACUGAGUUGUAGCCCUUCCCCAUAAACAUAAAAUGCUACCUUAUAUCAAGUCAGAUGAUUGGUCCAUUUUGCUUAGUAAUCUUGACACUGAUUGGCAGUGGCAGUCCAGGGUUUCAGGCAGGCAAUCUUCUCCAGCCCUACCUGGAGUUGCCAGAGAUUGAACCCAUGACCUUCUGCAGGCAAACUUGAUUCUCUACCACAAAAGACAAACAAAAGAAAGUCCUUUUCACAUCACAUAGUUAACUGAAUGGAAGUUGCUGCCACUAGAUGUAAGACAGGGGGCUUCAGAGGGUAAUAAAAAUUAAUUCACAGAGGAUAUGCCUAUGAAUGACUAUUAACCAUGGCAGCUAAACUGUACCUUCAAAUUCAGAGGCAGCUUGUCUCAGAAUAUUAUUUGUUGUGGGGCAAACAAAAGGACAGAUGCCUUCUUGACAUAUUUGUAGAAUUCCCGAUAGCAUCCGGCUGAUCACUUCUAGAAGCAGGAUGCUGGACUCGAUGGAUCCUUGGUGUUAUCCAACAGGGAUAUUCUUGGUUUUGAAAUUCCUCAACCCACAAAGCCAGAUGGCUUUAGCAGCUUCCAUGUUUUCUGAAAUCGGGUCAUUAUUAGCUGGCAAUGAAGCUAACCCUGCAGCUUCCAAUUAAAAUUAAAUCACUUGUGCCAAACAAGGAAAAAAGCAAGUGCCUAAGAAGUAAUCAGGAUUCUUCACCACUCCAAACCCAGCACCUGGCACACUUGAGGGUAGCUUUCAUUUUGGUCGAAACAAGCUGGCAUGAUGGGAUGGCUGAUACACUGCCUAUUUCCCAGAGUGCCAAUUCCAAGCCCUGCUAAGUAGCAAAGCUUUGUAACAAAAGUGAAUUCAAGGAAGGAUGUAUUAAGCCCAUCUUGGAAGAGUGUGUUUGCAUGAUACAAUGUCAAGAGCAAUAAGAAUGUGAUGCUUUUAGAGGGUUUUCUUUCCCAAUUAAAUUUAUCCUCUAAUAAAAUCAAGAGGAACAGAUGUUUCUAACAAGAGCUAUGUCGGCCUCAUUUGGAUGUAAUGCAAAACUAUAAUUGAGUGUUGCAGGAAUGGGCCUGGGCUUCAUUAGCCACCCUGCCCUCUGUUUUCCUCUAGUGCAGGCACAAGGAGAGCAGUAGUUUUCACUUCUAUUUUUAACUAACCAGAGUUUAACUAACCAAAUCCCAACAAACCCAUGGUUUAGGAAGUUGGUUUGUUUUCCUAAGCCUGUAGCCCCCCAGAUGCUGUUGAACUACAACUCCCAUCAGCCUUGUCCACGGUGUCUGGAUCUGGUGGGAGUUAUAGUGCAACAACAACUGCAGAGCUACAGGUUGGCCACCCCAACUCUACAUUACGGUUCAGCUGAACCUCUUUAAAGUUUGGAUGUAACAAUACACUGUGGGUAAAUCAGAAUGGAAACCAAAGUUUCCAAUUUCCUCCUUGCAGCCAUACGAGAAGAGGAAAUGAGGAGCACACAAGUCCAGAGCUCAGGCAGUUAAUGCUAAACCACUUCAGACCAGGCCUGUGAGAAUCAACAAAUUAGGUAGGAAGUUCAGGUUUCCUGACAUAGGGUAAAAUAUGUUCAGCCAGUUGUAGUAUGAAAUGUCAAAUUAAUAAUGUUUCCUAGCAAGUGCACAUUGAUAGUUCCCAUUAUUUUCAUUUUGCUGAGAAGCAGUUCUUGAAAUACUGCAUUAUCCUGGAAUUUGGACUGGAAAAUGAGAAGUUUUGUGAUGAUCAAAAGACCACAGAAAAGUUAGAGAGGGAGGGUGCUUAUUAACUUUUUCUUGCAACUACUGUACAUUUUGUUUGCUGGUGCCUGGAUGGCCGCCAUUGCAUGGUUUGUAGCGGUUUUGUGCUUUGGUUUUUUUUCCUGCUCACUUUUGACCUUCUGAACAAGUGCAUUUGUAACCCUCCUUUCGACAAAGCUUCCAGGGCAGCUUAUGUAAACAGAAUACAAAAAAGCCCAAAAAAACUUGUUUUAAAAAACCAGCAGGCAAUAGCAGAAAUAACAAUGAUAGCUAGAUAAAAGCAGCAAGAAAUCAUUUGAUAGAAAUGAAGGCCAACUGAGAAGCUAAAGCAGGUCUAGGAAAACAAAAAGGUCACUGCUGGAUGUGAAGAUGUGAAGGCAGGCACCAGGCAAACCCUCUCCCCUUGCUUUAGCUCCCCUCCCACAUCACUAUAGUCCUUCUAAGUCCAUGAUCCUUGCUACAAUGUUGUGCAGGUGUCCUGUGCCCAAACAGCAUCUGCAAAUGGACAAUUAGGAUCUUGCAUCAAGUGCCUUUGAAGGGUAAUGAAAGUGCAUCAACAAAUGAGACUAUCAGGUGUGGGGCAAGUGGUCAUGGUUUAGAGAAAGCAGCAUUGCGGUCUAAAUUGGGACUCAUGCUGAGCCUAAUCAGGCCCACAGGACAGAGAUUUCCCACCCAGCCCUGAUUAAUAAGCUUAGUCUUCUUAUAGCAAUCUUAUUGUGUCUAAAAAUCUUCUGUAGAGGUCCAUAGCCAAGAAAUUUCUUGAACAGAGAUAUAAUACACAGCUGCAAAGAAGCUGUUGUGGCUCUUUGACUUUGGAAUCCCUCUCUAAGGAGCCACACCUAGUGCCAACAUUACAAUCUUUUCAAGAUUUUGCUCUAUAUCCCAGGCAUUUAGUUGGAACCGUUUUUGUUCUUUUGUUAAAAUCUGAGAAUGGGAAGUUGCACAAUGUGUCAUUGCUGAAAUGAAGUUUAUCGGUAGUCUAGAGGCAGGGGUAAAGCAAAUGAAAGGCUGGAGAUGACUGGUUAAAAUGCUUAAUUUAACCCACUGAAAUUGAUUGCAGUUAUGGCCCAGAAUGCUAGAUUAGUUUUCAAAGAUCAAUCAGUGGAUGUUUAUUUCUUCAGAUUAACACGGUUGUCACCAUCUUGCCCUUCAUGUAAGCUUCCCUUAGGCAUUUGUCCAUAGCUAGAGACAGAAUGAUGAACCAGAUGGCCUGUCUCAGCAUAGCAAUUUUAUACCCAAGUUAAAUAUCUCACCCUCAGUAUCUGCUUCUUCACUUUGGGGUUAAUAGUGACCUGGAGGAUUACAAAUAAGGAUUACAGAGCAUUAUCUCUAUUAGUAUUUUCCACAUUAAUGUGUGGUGGUGGUGGGGAAAUCUUCUAAUUUUUUUGCUAAAUGUAAACCCUGUGUGUAAAUACAACAGUAUUUUCAGGGAGGCUUCAAUUAAACUGAAAAAGAACUACAAUACAAACAAUUAUAAAAUUGUCCACCAUUAUAAAACCAUUAUAUUUCUCUGAUGCUGAGCAGCAAUACCUGUUACUUUUGAAAAGCCAAACUUUUACUGGCUAUUGGAAACGUUAUAAUUUUUGGCUAUAAAUGUGCAUUUAUGAACUUGAGCUCCCCAGCCCAGAGAUCCCAAUGCACUCAUUGUAUAUUACAUUAUAAUAUGUUCUAACAUUUAGUUUUAAACUGUUGUUUUAAGAACUGAGUGAACCUGUGUGAGGGAAUCCUGACACCCAGAAUGGAAUGCUAGACUGCUGUAAAAAGCUUGGAUGCUACACUAUUGUACCAAGUGUACAUGAUGCUGAGACAUUCACAUGAAUAAGUACUCCCACAGACCUGCCACUUUGCCAGAAAAACAAACACUGUUGACCCAUAGCUCCACUAUGUUGUGUGACUCCAUCACGACCCUCAAAAUGGGCAGAGUUUGGGACAGUAUCUUGGUCUUACUAAUUCCAAACAAUUCAAGCAAAUAAGAGUACAUUUUGGCUGAUGGCCAGUUAACAGUAGCCCCAUGCAAAUAUUCAAAUUAUGUACAAAAUGGAGUGUGGAGCAGGAUCAUGGUGGUAGGCCCCAUCCUGACUUAAAGAGCAUUAAGAAAGCCUAAAUGCAUACAGUUCUGCACAACCAGACUCCAGAGAGACCUUGAAUUGAAUGUGCUUAGAUAUUCACAUUUGAAUAUCUUCAUAAGGCUUACAUAUAGCAGCCCAUGUUUACAUCUCGAAAACUUAAAGACGACCAUUUAUUCACAUCCCGUAUUCAGUGAAUGCUGAAUGGCUACAUCUUUCCCCUGACCUUUGACACUUGAGAUGUGUAUUUUUAGAGCCUACCCUAUUUUUUAUGUCUGUAUUCUUUGCCAUUGUAAGUUUUUAAAUGGUUUUUAAUAUUGUAUUUCAGAUUGUUGUAACCAGCCCUGGGACCUUAAAUAAGUAGCAGUAAUAAUAAUAAUAGGCUGUAAUUUUUGGUGUUGGGAUUUGUAGAUGAUGCUUCAAAGCAUUUGCUUGAUAGGUAGUUUGUAAUAUUUCAUCAUUCUUUGGGGAACAAUUUCUCUAAAGGCAGUUGGAUCCAUUGCUCCAGGUUACAGUUUUGGAAUUACAGAUGGUUUCUUUGCUUUCGCAAGAGCUGAAUGAAGCCAAAGUCCCAUGUGUGGCAAUCUGAUUGGUGUAUUUGUCUCACCUAGAAAUGGGCAUAUAUAUAUAUUUUGAUCAUGAUGGGUAGAAGGAAGUUCUAAAGCACAAGAUGAUAGUCCUAUGUUUUUCCCCUCAGGUAGGAAGCCAUUUGGAAACCCUUCUCCAUUACAUAACAUUAAUCAGCCCAUUUGGCCAAUUUUAUUGAAAUGGAAGUUAUCAGAACACUGCACUAGGAAAAUGAGUGAAUCUGCAAUAAAUAGGUGCUCAGGACAGGAGAUGAAGUCUGGCUUAUUUACCACAUAUUUGACAUAGUGUAAAUUGGGGUCUUCACUUUACUUCUAUCUUUUGCUGUUAACCAGGGUCAGGCUGAGCUAAAAGGAUUUCAACGAACAUUUCACAAAUGCAGCCUGACUGCUCUGAACCAGACACUGUCAAAAUGUGAUGCAGUUUUAUGAUCAAAGAGACUUCGGAGCAGAGAACACUGCUCUUGUUUAAUUUUAUUAUCAUUGGUACGUUAUAAAGUUCCCUAGAAGGACUUUUUCUCUGCUUAUAUUUUGUGUGCUGAUGUUCCUGUGUAUGUUUUUUUUCUUCUUCUUCUUCUCUCCUCCCCCCUUUAGGCUGUACUAUGGCGGUACAAGUUUUCCCAGCUUAAAGGGUCUUCAGAUGAUGGCAAGAGCAAAAUCAAAUUCUUGUUCCAAAAUCCAGAUACUAAACAGAUUGAAGCAAAGGUAAAAGCAAGAACUCCAAUAUGUUUCCCUUGUCUGAAGGAUAUUAGAUCAAGUAAUCAGGGGCAGGGAAGACAACAAAAUUUGAGGCUCAUGUACUGAUGCUUAAAUAACAAGAUGAACACUCAGUUCUGUUGCUAUUUUGUCUGAGAACUAGAAAAAAGUAAACUAAAAAUCAGGCAGAGCUGCAUGCAAAGCCAAGCCGAUAACUAGGUUGAUGCAUUGUAGUCUUCAUUCAGUAGGGAAUUGGACAUUGAGAGGACAGUCUGCCCCUCAGUAGCUAGUCCAGUUAUUUAAGGUAUUAUCUAUCUCUUAAUACACAUACAAAAAGCCUAUUGCUGUAACCAUACACACUGCUUGUACUCGGGGGAGGUCACUUGAGUGCUCCUAACAUAGCAGCCCCAUGGGGUGCGCUCCAUUGUCUCUUGAGAUAGAUGGAUGCCAUCAUGGGCCAUCAACAUGUUACCGGCUUGGCUUAUCUCUGGCUAGCUAUGUGAAGCUGCCUUGGCUUGUGAUCCUAAACUGAAUGCAACAGCACUUGGCUUUUAAUUAACCAAACUUUUCUUACUUCAUGAAUUCAUGAGCUUGCUCAAAUUCCAGCUCUUUACUGGGUCUAGAGAUUAUGGAGAGUCUGCCCCUCCCCCAAACACAUAACAGUACAUUGUGAUAAAGGGUGCUAUGGAUAUUUAUUAGGUAUGCAUUUCAACUUUGUGGUUUGGCAGAGCUUAGCAUAUGCUAUGAAUACUAAACUACCCAGGUGAAAUUAUGCCACAUACUUCAUUUAUUAUAUCAGGUAGCUGAUGCCAUUCCUGCUUCUCAGCCACCUGGUAACAGCAGACUGUGCUGAGACAGAAUUUGUACACCUUCCUUCCCUCUGAUUCCUAAUCUUUGUCAGAAAGCGUUGCUGUAACAACAGUUGUGGUGUGGGUGGGGGAAUGCUAGUGCAUUUGUCUAUGUGUUGUGGUUAUACAUUGUGGAGUUAUAUACAACAGAAGGAAUGAAGACUAUUUACUUUUAUAAUAAUAAUUUUAUUAUUUAUACACCACCAAUCUGGCUGGGCUGUUCCAGCCACUCUGGGCAGCUUGCAACACAUAUAAAGACGUCAGACAUUUAAAACUUCUCAAUACAGGUCUGCCUUCAGAGGUCUUCUAAAAGUUGUAUAGUUAUUUUUCUUCUUGACAUCUGAUGGGACGGCGUUCCACAGGGAGGGCAGCACUGCUGAGAAGGCCCUCUGCCUGGUUCCCUGUAACCUCACUUCUCACAGUGAGGGAACCACCAGAAGGCCCUGGGUGCUGGACCUCAGUGUCCAGGCUGAACGAUGGGGGUGACAGCACUCCUUCAGGUAUACAAGGCCGAAGCCAUUUAGGUUUUUGAAGGUCAGCACCAACCAUUUGAAUUGUGUGGCACUGGUCUGAGUCCUAGAACUUUUGCAUGUUAUGAAGAAGCAGCUUCCUGUUUUAUGCUUCUGUUAUAACUUGCAAACCCUGAAAGUGAGAGACAUCUGAUGCCAGGACAGCUUAUCUACAGGGAAGAAAAUGGGGCAAGGGACAACGACUAUAUGUUCUUUUUUUAGUGCCUCCUCAUAUCAUGUGAGUAAAGGAUAAAUUAUUACAAUUACUGCUGUGAAAGCCUGUUCUCUGUAAAAGCGUUUGAGCAUGUGUCUCAGGAUUGCAUCAGGAAUGCCAGAGCAUUUUACAUUUUCUGUCAGACUUUACUUCAUAAAAGAGCAAAUUCCUGUUCACCUGCACUUAUACCUGUAUGUUUAAUCAAGAACAGAGAAUUCAAAUGUGGGUUGAUGUGCAGUCACUGACAGAAUAUUUUAUUGGCCAGUAGCUUUAACAUUAACCUGGGUAUGUCUAGCAAUCUUUCUCCAUUGUGAGUUAAGUUCUGACAGGGGGAAAAUAUAUAUAGAUCCUGACAAGUGAGAAGCCCAUGCUAUUAAAGCAGCCGCCUGCACAUUUGACCAGUCAGUCAUGUUUGCCCGCUUGGACAUAAAACUUAAGUUACAAACUGAACAUAAAAUAACACUAAAUCUAGUUUUAUAAUCUUCAGUGAUAGAGGAAGUCUUGCUCAGGUACAGUUCUAAGGAAAAAAUCUUGGCUCAUUGGGAAUUACCAGCCAAUAAUAAACUUGUUUUUGUGUGAUACAUUUCUUAAAAGAAUUCAGAGAGGAGUUUAUUCCAGAUUAAAUUCCAUGUGUUUGGUUCACAUGCAGGUUUUUGGAAAUGUGAGAUUUACUGCUUCACAACAGAGGAUUGCCACCAUAGGCACAUGAUGUCCUCAGCUGGUACAGGGAAGGGUGAAAGAAUGAGCACAGGAGACUGGUAUUGGGGUUGAAUUAGGCCACAACUUUAUUGAUUACAGGAAAGGGUAGGUUUGGCUUAGGCAUUGGGCAUGUAUCCAGCAUCAGGCAACACACCUACUAUCUGACAGGAACAUGGUGGGGUUUGAUGCUGUACUGUGCCACAACCGCACACAGGCUGCCAUUUGGAGAGUGUAUUGGCCCAUCAGUCCCCGUGUGGAUUCCUGGACAGUCACCCCUCCCAGACCCAUUUAGCAGUGUAUCCUCCAGCCCAAUGCCUUAUCCCCUAAAGUUGUAACAGUGAGGUAGGUGGAAGCAUGCCAAAUUGCUUGCAGAAGAAAAUUCCUCCCUGCACCUGAACAUGACGACCAAGCAAAGCAUAGCAAAGACCAUAUGCCACACAUCUGCUUCUCCACUGGGCAGACCACUAACAUACUGGGGUGGGUGAAAAAUCCUGUGAUGGUCAGCAAAUAGGGAAGCCUGCACCUGGCCACCCCCUUUAAUAAGCUAAAAGUGGAAUGGGCACAGCUUCUCCUGCCACUGCCCCAGCAGAUCAAUUGCACCAGUAAGUGACUUUAACUUAGUGCCACAAUACAAUAUAUUCAAAGCACACAUUAGUAAAAAUCAGGAAGAAAUGUGAAAUGCUCCUUGAGAAUGUCAGACGCAUUAGUCUACUAUUUAUGGUGGAAAGCUAGCCAAAUUUUGGCAUUGUUUACAAUGCAGCCUUAAUUACGAAUUACCAAGUGCAUUAUAGAAAUACAGCAGCAUCAUGCUUCAUUGCUUAGAUUUUUUUGAAAAAGGACAGCUUUCUAUAAUGCUGUUUUUGAAAGCUCGAAAUCAGCCUUUUAAAAUAGUAUUUGUUUUGGGGACACUGUGCUUUAUAUUUCAUGCAGAAAGCAUCCCAGAGAACACAUCCUUUAAGUUCAUCCUCUUUGCUGUUUCCACAUUUAGCUAAUAAUAAAUUUUAUUUAUACCCCGCCCUCCCCAGCCAAGGCUGGGCUCAGGGCAGCUAACAACCAAUAAUAAAAACAAGUUGAUUGAAAUACAACUUAAAAAUGACAUUAAAAUACAACUUUAAAACAUUAAAACAUUAAAAUGCAGCCUCAUCACGGGAAGAGAGAGGAAAAGAGAAAGAGGGGGAGGGAGUCAAAUUGACUCCAAGCCAAAGGCCAGGCGGAACAACUCUGUCUUACAGGUCCGGCAGAAAGAGAUCAGAUCCUGCAGUGCCCUGGUCUCAUGAGACAGAGUGUUCCACCAGGUCGGAGCCAGUGUUGAAAAGGCCCUGGCUCUGGUUGAGGCUAGUCUAACUUCCUUAGGGCCCGGGACCUCUAGGGUGUUGCUAUUUAUGGACCUUAAGGUCCUCCGUGGGGCAUACCGGGAGUGGCAGUCCCGUAGGUACGAAGGUCCUAGGCCGUGAAUAGGAUAUUUCUGUUUAGUUCCUGGGUUCACAGAAGAUGUAACAACUUAAAUGAUGCCAGCAUUGUGGAGAGGGAAUAUCAUCAUGUUUUGUUAAGUCUUUGUGAGUUUCCCAUUACUUUUAGUUAUAAAAUACUAGGCAAAGGUUAAACCAAUCCAUUUAUGUCACUCAUCCAUCACUCUGUUAAUUCCAAACAUAGAGUAACAUUCCCCCCCAUGUUAUUUUAUUUAACAAAAAUUGUAUACCAAUUAACUAUAAAUAGAACCUCUAAGGCAGGGGUUGUCAACCUGGUCCCUACCACCCACUAAUGGGCAUUUCAGGAUUCUAGGUGAGCGGUAGGGGGCUCUACAGCAGAAGCUGAAUCCUCCUCCCAUUGAGCACUGGUGGGUGGUAAGGAAAUUUUACCAUCAAGAAAGAUGCAUUAGUGGGUGGUAGGUAUAAAAAGGUUGACUACCCUUGCUCUAAGGGGUUUACAACCCCGCCCCAUAAAAUAUACAUUACCAUUAUCAAUAAUAGUCAUAGUCAAAAGCAAGUUUUGAAAAAUGGUUCACCUUGAUCUGUUUUACGUCAUCAGCAUAUUGAUGAUAUCCUCAGCCCAUCCCACAGUGAUCUCUUGCCAAUGCUGGAAAAUAUGCAGAAAGUAAUAGAAUUGUGACAUGAUCACAAUUUCCUGACAGAUUCUAGUAGCUAUUAAUGCUGAAAUCCAGUGUGGUGCAAUGACUGAGAGUGUGACAUAUGAGUUUCUGGCUCAAAUCUUGCCCAGCCAUGGUUAGAUGGCCUUUACAUAGGCUGGCAUCUGUGUCUCCAGUGCUAUGUGGGGAUAAUAGUGCUAUCCAUUGAUUUUAAUGGGUCCAGUAUUCAAUAUGACUUCAGUCAGAUGCAACCCAAAUCAUACGUUGCUCAUAGUUGUAGUAAUAAUAUUCGGUGUCAUAAUUUGUGAAAAGGUACCAGACUAUACGGCCAGUUAUUUAGUGAUAGCAAAUUUGGGUAUUAGUAUUAGGUAGAAGGAAUAAUUCUGCCCCUUUAAGAAAAGCUAAUGCCUUUCUCCCUUUUUAGACCUCAAGGCAGGUUGGGAAAUGUAGGUACAGCAAUAUUCUAGUUUCUAUUGGCUCUGCUCAGAGCAGGAAGAAACCUCCCUUUCUCUUUUGUUUCAGUCUAGUGUUUGCAUAUCCAGGAAGAUGGAUGAACUCACUUGUUCUUACAUAACUCAACAGGGAACUUCAUAAAAAGUGUCUAACCACUUUAAUUUUCCUAACUUGUAACAUGAAGUUAAUGUAAUUUGCAGGAAAUCAUCAUGAACCUGGCACAUGCUAAACUGUAGUUAGUGGAUAUAGUAUACAUGCAGCAGGAUAUUUUUAUUCUGAAAAUAGUAGCCUACCGUGUCAUAAAAUAUGGCUUAACAGAGCAUUUUGCACUAGGAUGGUAGAAAUCUCAAAACACUGGUUUGUAUCCAACUAAGUCAUAUUAAACUUAAACUGAUUUAAAUCAAUAAGCUUAGGUUAGUCAGUUCCAUUGCAGCGGUUCCAACUCUGUGUAUGACUUAGAUGCCAUCCACUGAAUGUGGCUUUCCAUCUCUAUGGGAAGAGAUAAGCAGCAUCCCCAGGUUCUAGUAAUCCUCCUUAUUCAGAAUGUCCUCUACAAGCUUUUGGACCAUCAAGGUCACAAAUGGAAUGGGCACCAUUAGGCAAUUCUUCCCAAGGGGUGAAGUAACAUGGCUGCAAAUGCUGCCCAGGAGGGUUUGGUCAGGGGCUUUGAUCCCCGGUGGGACAGACAGAACCAGAAGAAGGGCUAACAGCUGUGGGCAAGACUGUGGCUUGGCAUGGUUAUCAGGAAGCUCAGCACUGCAAAAGGAAGGUCCCACCUCUUUAGGGAAAAUGGGAUUUGCUUAGUUAGUGGAAGGAGGCUGCAAGCUUUAUCAGAGGAAUGUGGUAAGAAAUAUCAAGACCUUGUGCUUACCUGUGUAAAGAGGAAAGGAUCCAAGGUAGGUUGAUUGCUCCAGAUGGCACAAGGACCAGUGUAGAACUGGAAAAUGUCACCUGUGUUAGGAGAGCAAAAAGUUCAUGUUGAUUGCAAUAGGGUAAAACAGAAUGGUCACAAGAAUGGAGCAGCUUGAGAAUGGGCUAUGAUUCAGGAUAAAGGUGGGAUACAAGGAGCAGUGUUUUAGUAGCUCAGCUCAGGAACCUUCUUAUGCCUGAUUUUCCUCAUAAUACCUUAAUCCCCCCCCCACAUGCCCAUUUUUCAUGUUCUUUCAAUAAUGUUGUGGCCAGUUCAAGCCCUUUGAUUGGUUUCCACUUCCUUUUAUCCUUCUCUACCUACCAGAGGGGCAGGGGGAUGAGUUAGCCCAUGGAUUGUAGAAAUAAAGAAACAGUGAAUUUAACUUUCUUCUUUCUAUUUAUUCGACAAAUUUUCUUUUCCAUGCUAAGUCAUGGCUUAGUUUCUAGCAUUCAUUGUCACAAACGUCCAAUAUAAAAUUGCUGUAGCAUUCCACUCAAAUAUUUGAGUGCAUGUUAUCCAAAGAAGGUGUUUCUUCAUUAGCCAACAAAUACUGCAGCUUUCCACAGUGAUGGAUGACUAUCCUUGACUUGGUUAAACCUCUGUUGGAUUGUCUCUACAACAGAGUGCUGGGUGUGCUGUGGAAGAUGAAAAGGUGGCCUAAUCUUACCUUUGACUUCUUUGCUUUCACUUUCAGGAGUUGGAAUUUUCCAACCUGUUUGCAGUCCUGCAUUGUAUCCACUCCUUCUUUGCGGCCAAAGUGGCCUGUUUGGACCCACUCUAUGUUGGCAGUCAGGCCACAGCUGCUGCUACUGCUGUUACUGCUGCUGCUACUACUGGUGCUGCUGUUGCUUCAUCUUCUGGCACUAGCAAAUUGAAGUAUACGACUUGA